CACACGAUCAAAUGACGAAGUAAACGACCCGUCGAAUCCCCUGCCGAAAUCCGGGAGGAUCCGUCUUUUCCCUUUUUCCCUGAGGGGGUGAGAGGCAGUCUGAGUGACAGGCAGAAAUCUGAUCCUGUGAAAGACGCGGAGAGCCAAUGGGAUGCGGAGAUCCAUCAGUUUGGAUUGGAGGCCCCUGGAGGAGAAAUAGAGGAAAAACCACCGAAUAAGAAACCCUGUCAGUGGCGCUUUUCGCUUCCAAGGGGGAAGUGCUGGGAAAUAAUUAAUGUUUUUUUUAAUUAAAUUUGGAGGGACUUCUUUGGGGGUGCGCGUGUGCGCGCAGCCGAUCGUCCGGCGGUACCUUCAGGUGGGUCUUUGCAGCAACUUUGUUGUUCGUAGCUUCGGCUGAUUACGUGGUUGUGGUUUGCAAAAAAAGAAAAAAAAAGAAAGGUAGCUCAGCCUUCUCUCUCUCUCUCUCUCUCUCUCUCUCUCUCUCUCUCUCUCCCGUUAGGUGCAACGCGAGUUUUGUCGUGCGCCAUUGCUAGUUCUGCACACGUUUACGAAUGAACGGGGCUAAUUUUCCCCCCAGCGCGCUCCGAGUCCAAGGGACGAAACGGGCAUGCCAAUAAACAGCUUUCCUUCUCCAUUUGAUUUCUUGUACUGUAUUAAAAAGUCCUUUCCUUCUUUCUGGCUGCCUUUUUCCGGCUCUUGCUUGUAACCCAGCAGAAGGCAGCGCAGAGAGCGAGAGAGGGAGGGAGGGAGGGAUGUGUGUGUGUUUUUUAUGAAUGGGACCCUGGGAGGAUCAUUAGCUAUGCAAAUUCAAGCGGUUCAUUCAUGAGUGUGUGCGUGUGUUGUUUUUUUGAAAAAAAUAAAUCUAAAAGCCAUUUUGUGUUCUUGUUUUUAGGCUGCUGGAAGACUACAUCUGGAGAAAGCCUCUUUUAAGUCCAAUGUCCAGAAAAUAAUCACAAUAACAACAGCAACAAAAAAUACUCGGCAAAAGUCUGCAGAAUGGAUGGAUUUUAUGACCAGCAAGUGCCUUACAUGGUCACCAAUGUGAGUGAUCAGUUCCGAAGUUGUUUAAACUUGGAUUUCUUGGGGGUCAGGGGGAAAUAAAGGGGAGGGGGGAGGAAAAGCUUUUCAGAGGAAAUAUAUAUAUAUAUUUGCAGUGAGAGGAGGAUUCCUGUGCCGUUUCUGUGAGAUAGACUUUUAUUUCGAUAUAUUCUGUUUUUUUUCUUCGAAAGACCACCUCAGACUGGAUAAAAACAAAACCACCACCCCCGCCUGCCCCCCAGUAUUAGUGGAAGAAGAUAAAAGCAGCAAGGUCUGAUCCUGCUUUCAAAGUUUCUGCCAGAUGGAACAAACUUACAUUUUUUUUAAAACCUGUCCAUUUUUUUUUAAAAAGGGACUUUGAUGACAAAUAAGCCUUGAAAACAAAGCAGCCUCUUGUUAUCAGCUCCCUCGUCUCCCAACUAGCUUUAGUGAAUGGUUGACAUUAAAAAAAAAUACUUUUAUGUAGGUGUUAGUGUUGUAAAUUUCUAAAAAUAUGUCAUAUACUUAAUGCAGUGUUUCUCUGUACAGAUGUGUGUUUUGAGUAGGUAGGUUGAGACAUAAAAUAUUCCCCUGAAGAAGAAGAAGAACGAUGGUGAUCCGAUCACAAAAUUCUAGUUUGCAAUUUAGCUUUCGAGCCAUUUUUAAACAGUUUUACCACCUAUCUCUUUCAGCUCUUAAUAUUUUUUAAAAUAUACUGCCAGUGUGAGUUGUUGUGUUGCCUCUCCUUCUCUCCCCCCCCCUUUUCUUUUCUUUAUUCUUUCAAAGUAACCAAUCUUUUCUAUUUGUAGAAUCCCUGUGGGAGAAACUGUAAUGAGCGACCAACAAAUGUCAGGAAAAGAAAAUUCAUUAACAGAGAUCUGGCUCAUGACUCAGAAGGUGAGGAUUUGUGCUGGGGGAGGGAGGGUGAAUAAAUUGUAUUGGCUCCCCCCCCCCCCCGCCAUGCCACUCUUGACGACAUGUUGCCCUAUGGUGUUUUUUCCUAAAUAUUUUGUUGUUUUUAUUCUCCCCCACCUCCCCAAGCUGGGAUUCUUGUCUACCUCUAUUUAUAGAAAUGAGACAAGAAAACCACAUUUAAUGAUGUGACACAAGAUGACAAAAGCAAUUCACCGCUAAGCUGCUGUAUCUCUCCGUGAGUCACCCUUCUCUGUGUUAGGUAUUGCUGCACAGAAGGGACAUAAAUAAUGUCAUGCACCUGAGGUGAGAAUUAGGCGAGGAGUGACAUGAUGGACCCUAGAAGCGUGUGUGCGGCUCCUUUGCUUGGAGGCCUCGCUGGCUCCCCAUCGCAAGAAAGUUUGACCCUAUUGCUCUUCGGAGAGAGAUCGAACUCAUGACGUAGACCACCUGCCCAACCAGGGUGUUGUCCACAUCGGUGAUAGCAGGGCAAAAGGAUCUGUGGCACUAUUAAAAUAAUAAAUAAUAAUAAUACAUUUUAUUUAUACCCCACCCUCCGUGGCAUGAGCUACUCUUAGCAUCCUGCUCUCUUAAUUUGGCCAGGAGCAUUGACAAUACUAUGAAACACAAAGAGGGAAAUGGGUAGCUUAUACCUUAACGUCAAAAAACAGCUCAUACCAGCAAGUCCCCCAAAGCUAACUUCUUAGAAGUUCAUAGCAGUGUCACUGCAAUCCUAUUUCAGGUUGUUUCGGCCAGGAAGGAGAUUCCUGCGCAUGCAGUGAUCAGCUGUUCUGCAGUGGCAUUUCUUGUACAGAUUGUUCUGUGUGAUGACAAUCCCUUGGGCGAGGUGGGUAUAUGGAGACCCACACAACUUUUUCUCACACUGCAAGCGAGGCGCUGCAGCCUUUUGUGAAGUUGGGUGCCCUAAGAAUUUCAUUUAAAAACCUUCACAAUGUCCACACCGUCUGGACACUUGCAACUUUCUCCCCCAAGCUUGGUUUUAGCCAACAAACUUCACAAGCAUUCAACAUCCACCUGCAAAGACUGAUCUGUGGGAACUGGGCAGUGGUUAAGUAUUUGCAAAUAUUCUGUUAAAACUCUCUCUCUCUCAAAUAAGAACCUUUUGAUCAUUCUGAAUCAGUUUUCCAAACUGAGGACUGCUGCAGUCCUGCAAGUAACUAAAUGUAAACCAGAAUGACUUGAGUCCGGAAAAUGCAGAUAUUGGGUUCAAAUUCUGCUCAGGUUUGGAUUUGAGUGUGUAGUAUAAUAAGAAACCUGGAGCCCUUGCUUUACUCUGACAUAAAAAAGGGGAAAAAAUAGUGCUUCAUAUCCAACCUGGGUGCAAAUCACUGCAGCUGUUCGUGCAAAGCUUUAUGGAACAGGUCUUCAAUUGUUUUAAGGAGAAACAAGAGUAUUUUAAAUGAAAACGAGGCUAGGAUACUGUGCUUGGUUACCUAGGAGUAAGUCCCAGUGAAAUCAGUGGGACUUACUUCUGUACAAACAUGCAAACAGUCAUGCUGGGCAUUUGUCUUUUGAGUGACUAACAGUGCAAUCCUAUGUGCGUCUACUCAGAAAUAAGCCCCACUGACUUCAGCCGGACUCACUCAGAAAUAAGUGUGCCGGGGAAACAGACAUGCUGUGCCAUGUGUGCAAGUUAGCUGAAAAGGGUACUGAUUAUUAUUGCCUGGGUUGAUAGCGAAAUAAAAGCGCUCGGUUACAUAUGUUUUUUGUCUAAUUGAAAUCAUAAUAAUGCAGCACGAUGGGGGUAUUUCCAGUUUGAAUCUAGCCAAAAUGAGAUAGAAUAGAAUUAACAAGUAUUUGUCUUUAACAGGGGUUGGGGUUGGGGAGUGAAGUACAUGCAAGCACUUUAUGUAUAAAUUGAAAGGUCCUUUAUCCAUCUCUUCCUCUUUUCCUAGAACUGUUUCAAGAUCUGAGCCAAUUACAGGAGACAUGGCUUGCAGAAGGUAAGGGGAGAAAGUCCUUUUGCAAAAAAAUGAAAAAGGGAAAAAACAACUCUGGAUGAAAAAAGGGGAGGGUGGGUUGGUGGAGCGGGAGGGGGGGAGGAAAAAGUCCUGAACUUGCUGUCUUAAUGUUCAGCCCAAUUAAUUGAGCUCUAAAAAAGCCACCUCAUGUGUCAUGCAUACAUUAGAGCCUCUGAUGAGUUUGUCUUUAGGGACUCUGGGGCUGCUCUACCCAAUGUCAUCACAAAUUACCAGGAGAAAUUGCUUCCAGCUCACAAUCACAUCUGCUUUUGGCAAGAACUAAUGCUCCAAGACUUCAAGUUCCAAGCCUCUGUUCAGAUUUUAAUUGCAAUUGAUCAGGUUUAUAUUAUUGUACCUCAAGAGACUGCAUACAGCCAGAUCUGGGCUUGCUCUUUCCUUUAGAGCAGUGCAUAAAAUUGUUUGGUCUUCUGGUGGAAGUACUUUUCUGAUGGCAGAAUAUAGUUUCUCUGGGUUCAUCAGGACGGGAUGCUUCAAGAUUUAGGUGCAAGUGUCUUCUUCCCACCUUGCUCACAACACAGAACAUUAGGUGUGUAUCGAAAUGCUGAAGGGGCAAUGCGGUUUAUAUGUUUUUUGUUAUUUUGCAAUCCUUUUUUUUUCUUUUAAAAAGAGAAACUGUCUUUCCUCCCCCCCUUGUUUCUUUUAUUUGUGAUCAUUUGAAAUCUGAUGCCUUUGCUGCAGCACUGCUGACAGUUUUAAAGAAAAUAAGUUGUAAUACUGAAGUUGAAUAGCUGUGAAUUUUUGACUUGAACAGAAUGAGAUGUUAGAAGUUUUGCAAAGGCAAGGGAAGUUGUUUCUAGCUGAGUUAUAUUUUGAUGCUGUUUUCUGUGACGCAUUCGGCUAUUUUAAAUCCUGUUUAUUUGCACCAUGAAGAUGACUCAAUAUAGAUUAUCUUGCAUUCUUUUUAAUAUAUAUUACCUUUAACUAGAAACAUCCCAUCUCAUUCGGAUGUAACUAGUACUGUACAUAUAUUCUGACUUGCUUGUACACAUUGAGAAUUCAGGGUUUUAUUUUUAUAUUUUUUAAAUCUCUUGCUGAAUGUGCAUUAUUGUUUGUUUGAAUGGACAUUCUGUUUCUUUCGGAGGGGAGAACCAGAAGGGAGGGUUGAAUGUGAUUGCUUAACAUAGAAAGGAGGAAAUGCUGUAAUGGUAUAUAGACUGACUAGCUUUUUGAUAUUUCUCCAUAUAGUUUUGCCAAGUUGUUAGCACAUAUAUAGCGUAAGCUUUUCCGUCCUUUUUUCUAAUCUUUUAUUCUUAGUCAUGCUUUUUAUAUCCAGCAUUAGUUAUGGAGAAACCAGGUGCCUUGUAUACAUAAGAGAUGGUUAAACUUUAAAUUGGAAGAGCACUUGAAAUAGGACCUGCUCACUGAAAUCCCCCUUAAAAUGCAACAGUAACUCAUUAUAUUAAGGUAACUUUACUAAACAUCUCUGAACAACUUCUUACUCAGCUUAAUAAACCAGAACAUUAUCAAAACUGCAAAAGCUGGAAUGAGGCUCUUAAUUCCCAACAGAGUGAUGCAAGUUUUUUUUUUUUUAAUUUUAAUUACAGUUUGUUUGAAUCUAUGUUGGAUUUGGGCUAAGUUGAUAGUACCUAGGUAUUGGCAGUCAUGCGAGAAAUUAUUAUUGGAGUCAGUAUUCUUGCUGUUGAAUCACUGUUUUUGAAAAGUGAUCGAGUAUUUUCAUACCUUCCACAAGAAAGUUUCUGUUGCCUGUUAUGUUCAGGAAGAAAGGAUUUGAAACCAGUCAUCAAUUUGUAUGUGUACACAUCCAUGCUGGUGAAUUGAGAAUUUAAACUGCAAUCCUGUGCACUUGGAUCCAGCCCAAUGGAAGACAAUGAGACUAUCUUCUUGGUAGACAUGUAUCCCAUAUCCGCUUUCCUGGGAGUAAGCCAGGAAACUCGGUGACACUUAUUUCUUGAGUAGACAUGUGUAGGCUUGCACUUUUAGUGAAGCUAAGUAAAAUAAGAUAGUAUUACUGAAAUAUGCUACUUGAAAAGAAGGACUGCACAGAAAUAUGUAUAUAUUGUGAACUGAUUCAACCACUAAAUAAACUUUUAAAGGUGGCACUGAUCUAGUUACUUCCACAUUACUUAGAAAUAACUGCAGUUUAAAGUUUGCGUGUUUGUGCGUUGGAAGAAGAGGACUUCCUUUUUUUAAAAAACCCCAAAACAAACAAACUACACCAUCACAAUUUCUUAAAUUGCUUUUUGCAUGUUGAAGGGGGUUUAAGGAUGGGAUGUGGUGCAAAGGUUCAAUCCAUCGGGUGCCAACUGCAAUUUGACCAGCGAUGACUCUUUAAUCUCUAAACAGCUCUUUAAACUAAUCUCUUUUUUACCUUUCCCUCGAUUUUGUCAAUUGAUGUCCUCCUGGUUCUUUAUAAAGUUGCAGCCCUGCCAAAUUGGCCACCUUGCUACAUGUUCACAUAAUUAUUUUCAUGAAGCUCUGUGGCCAGGAAAGUGACCGUGACAUUUUGAUUCUCUCUCUCUCUCCCCCCCCCCACUUUUUUUCUUUUAAAAAACUUGGAGCAAUAGCAAUUGACAAGAUUCUCCUAUGAGUUCGGAACUCCCACUGGGUAGUAACCAGGUCAGGGGGAAAAAACCCUCCUCUCUAUUGCACUGCAACAUACUUAACUCUGUGGAUAUGAAGGAUUGAGGGGGUGGGGAUGAGAAAGAAUUGCCCUUAAUAGUUGAGACGCUUCAGCUGCAUAUUUAUCAGCAUCCCUAUUCUUCUGCAGAGAAUGUUGCUUAAAAUGAGUAAUCAUAAACAGUCUAUUCUCUUUUCAGUGUAGGCACAAAAAAGUGCCAUUGGUAACAAUGGGAUUUACAUAUGUAUUGGAGGAAGAAUAUAAUUCAAAGUGGUGAAUGGAAGCAGGCCAUCUUAUUUUGUCGCUGUUGUGUGAUGUGUACACUGUGCCAAACCCAGAAUGUCACAUUCAAAAAUUUGUGGCAUCCUGUAGUGCAAGGACGCUGCAGAGUGUUUGACAGAAUUUGUUCCUGCUUCACAUGGGAGGAACAGAAUUAAAUCACUGGCCCCCUCAGUGGGGGGGACGAAACAAAACUCCUGUUCCUUUUUUGUAGUGGUGCUGAGUCGUUGGAAUAAGCAAUCGAUAUCAGGGUACUAAGAAAUAAUAAGGAAAGCCUGUUAAUAAUUUCCUCGUUUAGUCAAACAUUAAUAUCGUCUCCUCAUAGUGAAAUACUACUUGGGUUCUUUUUAUGCACGCGUGUAAAAGUUCCCUUAAAUCGGGGGAACUUGCUGUCAGGUGAUAAAAGGAUUUCAGUACCCCUGUGUGUGAUUUCUUCCCCUACACUCUCCAAACCGUCGCUGCCCAGGGUGAAGUCAUGGCGGCCCCAUUCUUGACCCAGCAUACUGUAGAAGCCCUGUACUGUAUCAGUCGCUAUUGCAUAAGUUUGCCUUGACAAAUCGAAGUUAGCUAUUGACUUGAAAUAAUCAGCUCAAAUAUGAACGUAAUGUAUUUUUUUCAUUAUGGGAAGCUCCAGCUGUUUGUUCUGUAACAACAACAACAAAGAAGAAGAAAAAGAAAAAGAAAAAGAAAAAGGGGGGAAGUAACUGGUGCUGAAAGCCUGCUGUGUUAUGUUGGAAACACUUUUGUGGUUGAAAGAAAAAUGAGCUAAAAGGGAAGUAUGCUUUUAAAUCCUUCUUGAAAACAUUAAAAAAAAAGAUGAAUGGAAUAACCAUAAUGUAAAUAUUGUAGGAGGGACUAUUAAGCUCCUCUUUCUGUUAACAUUAGUAUUGAUUUGGCAAAGUGUCAUCUGGAAUUUUUAUGUAGGCUAAUCUGUUAAUCAGAAGGGUAGGUGAAGGAAUUGCUUCUCUCUGCAAGGUGGCGCCCAGCUAAUAAGGUCUGAUUUCUUUAAAAUAUAUUGGUCCUACUGAAUAUUGGUCAGCUUUGGUGAGUAAACUUUUUAAGAAAGGCUAUGCAUCAGGUCACUUUCUACUGUCAACCCCUGUAUAUUAUGAGCACCCUUGUCAGCUUUGACUCUUGCCUCUCUCUUUUUAAAAUGAAACUAAAAGUUCCCAGUAGAAGUCGGUGCCCCCUCCCAUAACACUCAAAUUCUCAUUUCAAUAGCAAUGCAAAAUGUGCAACAUCGUGUGUUUUUUCCAGGUGGUGUAAAUCAGACCAACUUCCAUCUUCACCCCGCCUGUCCCAGUCAAGAGAGUUGAAAUAACUUUGUAACUGCAAUUCUAUACUUGUUUACUCAAAGGAGAGUCUCACUGACUUCAGUGGGACUUGCUCCAUGUUAAUUGGAUAUAGGAUUGCAGCCUUAAGUCUAAGGAUCUUGCUCUGCAGUUGUUGGUCCAGUGCUUAAUAAAAAAAUGUCUUCUCUUUCUUUUUAAGACCACAUAAUCCCAUGAAGGAAAUAAUAUCGAGAAAUCAGUCAAUGGGAUUUUGGAACGAACCCAGUACAGUAAAAGUCUAGAAGUAUUUGAAAAAUGAUAUUGAAAUCUAGCACACAUGAUUGUUUGGGGACAGAGGUGGACUUCGGAAACAGCAGCUUCCUGAAGUCGGGGGGGGGUAAGCUUUUAAGUGCCACAAAUGAUGUUCCAAAUUGGCAAUUCUGAGCUUUAUGAGGAUCAGUGAACUAUUUUGUGCCAUUGAGGAUUUCUAGCUUGCAGUUCGCCAGCUUCACAACCUUCGGGGGCUGUUUUAAAAAUGCUUAUAACUUUGUGUUAAGUCUGAGCCGCACUUUUAAAAUCGCCUCAAAUUUUAUACACUGUUUGUAUUUCAUGCAAAGGUGUGGGUUCUUAAAAGUUGUUUGCACAAAACCUUCAGCACUGUUCACAAUUUUAGUACAUCCAGAAGAUGCAGAAAUGUCCUGGCCUUUCUUCAGGUUGUCUCAUACUCUCUUGUAGAGUUCAUUUUUGAAUAUUCACUGGUCGCAUAGAAGAGAGCAAGGUCCAACUGAUUUGCUAAAUUUUAGCCACUCAAUAACUUGCUUCCAAAAUAAUCAAACUAAUAUUUUUUCCUGGUUUGUGUUCUAUAUCCUCUCCCAAGGUGUCUUUUCAGGGCGGGUGGGAGACUUCUUUAAGGAAAUACCUAAUCCCUUCAUAACCCGAAAUUACUGAUAUCAUGAGAGGAAGUGCUACCAUACUCUGAAGAAAGUUCUUUAGACAAGCAAGGGGAUAGAAAUAGGAGUCUCUCCUCUAAUCCACCCCUCUAAUCCACUUUAUCUGCUCCUCUCUUUUCCAACCCCUCUCCUCCUAUGCAUGUCCUAUAACCCUCUUCCUUCAGACAGCACCUUUUUCGUUUUUCCCUUGACUUCCCAUUUAUAUUGAGUUUGCCUGUCCUUGUAGAGCCUGUGCCGUAUGUGAGACGAAGCAGGGAAAUGGAUGUGUUUAUGUAAAAAGUUCAAGUUUACUCUGUUUUCUCUCUCUCUUUUACUUCUUUUUUUUUCCCCCUACCGGGGUGUGACAAGAAAAGAUUGUGGUUGAAGCCAGAUGUUUCUUGCUGGAUUCUGUUUUUUGUGAAUGGAGGCAGCGCUCCAGUUUUGACUGCUUGUCUUGAAGAAUUGCUUAGGAGAUCAGCUGUCUCAUUCACUGGCAGAAAGAAUGACUCCUACGUCUUCUGCCUUGUUUGGCUCCAGGUCAUUGUUACAGUGGGUAGAGCUGGUUUUAAUUAAAUAGCAGCUUCUUUUUUUUGUAUGGGCUGGUGCCUAGUCUUCCAUCCUUUUCUCCCCCUCCUUCCCUUCAGUGCUCUUACUUACUUUUUUUUCCCUGUAUACUUUCCAAGAGAAGAAAGUAAAGUGAUCCUCGGCUUUUGGCUUUUCUUUUCCAGCCUGCUUCUGGCUUGCUUCAUGCGCUAAAAUGCUGCUGUCUCUCCUCUCCUCACCCCGCUCCAGCUAACGAUGUUCAGAUUUCUUCUUCUCCUUAUUAAAAAGGGGGUCUGAGGUUCAUUUCAGUACUUGUAAUAAUAAUAAUAGCAACAACAAUUUGUUAUUUAUAUGUCGCCCAUCUGAGUGGGUUGCUCCAGGCGCUCUGGGCAGCUUCCAACAAAUCAAAACACAAUAAGAUGCCAAACACUAAAAACUUCCCUAAACAGGGCUGCCUUCAGAUGUCUUCUAAAAGUCAGAUAGUUGUUUAUUUCCUUGACCUCUGAUGGGAGGGUGUUCCACGGGUCGGGCGACAACUACUGGGCUUUAAAAUGCCAAGAGAUCAAGCUGCACGGUCCUGUGCACACCUGUGCCCGUCCCAUUAAACUCAGGUCGGACUCAUCAUAAUGCAAAACAUCCUGUGUAGGACAUUGGGCUGAAAGGAGCUCGUGAUUUUUAACUAAGCAAGCGAUUUCUAGGGAAGCUGGGGGGAGACCCCAUCCAAACCAAGAAAGCUCCCCUGAAAGAUCUUAAUUAAUGCGGUGUUGCCUUGGCUUCUACCUGUGGGAAACGGUGAGAAUUUGUGUGGGGAGGAGAAGCAUUUGGCAACGAUCAGUCUUAACCAAAGAACAGAUGUUGGUCUCUCAAGUCGCUGGCAACUUGUCGAUUACCUUAAUGCAGAACGAACCUGACAGAGCUGUUCCCAAUAUUGCCACAUGUUUGAGCUUCUCAAAAUGCUUCUGGUGUUUAUUUUCUCCUCAGUCUUGCUUCAUUAAAUAGAGUGGGGAGAUAGUCUCCAUUGUGGUUUUUUUUGUUUUUUGUGGUGUUUUUUUAAAGGUGUAACCAUUACAUGCAUCUAAACGUUUUUCUGUCUCCUUAUCUGCGUUCGGCAAACACUUAUGUUGACAUGCCCUCUUCCUCCCCCCCUUCUGUAGCCGCCAUCCCCCCCCCGCACACACUGUCACUGUAUUCAAAACCACUGUAGCUUUUAUGACAGCCUCACAGAAUUGCAACGUCGGCAUUGACAAGAAAAGAGGAAAUGAAUGAUAUAUAAAUGUGCCUGCAGUUACAGCACUCCAAAGUCAUAUUUUUCUUUUCAGGCAUCCAUGUUUUUAGCCCAAGUUAACCGUCUGCUUACUGGUCUGACUUGUAAGUCCUUCAAGGCUGAGGUGUGUGUGUGUAUAUAUAUAUAUAUAUAUAUAUAUAUAUAUAUAUAUAUAUAUAUAUAUUUGGGGGGGGGAUAUUGUGAAGGCAUUUUUGACAAGUAAGGGCCUUAAUACACACUUACCUGGGAGUGUCCCAUUGAACCCAGUGGGUCUAACUUCUGAGGCAACAUAUGUAGGAUUGUGCUGUAAAUCACUAAUGUACGUCACCAGCCCCCAUUUUAAAGGGAGGUUUUGUGGUGUUGCGGGACAUGAGCUUUUAGUACUCAUUCUGAUUCCUUCUCUGCAUUUCAUCGACAUUUUCAUUUCUGUUGUUAAGAAGAGGAGUGAAUAUUUGCUCGUAUUCAUCAAUAUGGGAUUGAGAACAUCUCCAAGGGGAAGCGUUUGCACCCAGGGAAGAGCAAAGAAUGUCAGAGCAGGGGCUCAGUCACGAUUUAAUUUAUUCCCCAAGAGAGGUAAAGCUGCUACAUUUCAGACCUUUCCACAGAGUUUUGUAAAUUGUUUUGUAAAGUUCUUUCUUAAAAUAAAAAUAGCUUCUUCUCCCCCCCCCCCCCGAGUCUUGUUGUGUGCUUGUUUCCCUCCCUCCCUCGUAUAUUUUCUGUGAUAGGCAAUUGUGGGUGCCCCUUUAUUGUGAAGCUGACACAUCAAAAGUCAGGGCAAAUGUAAAGCCAGUGAUAAAAAUGAAUGUUAAUGGAGGAUUUGUGCUGCAGAUUUUCAUUCCUUUGAAAGGGGAAGCUGAAGCUUGGUUCUGGUUUGUUUGUAACACUACGAAAACAUACUCAACUGGUGUGUUGCAAAGUAUAAUUUCUAUACAAAUGGAUGUAAAGACCACAUUCUGCAGCUAUCAUAUGUAGUUUUUGCUACAUGUGUCUGGAUUCUAUAACAGAAGGGUGUGUGCUGAUUUACAUAGAUUUUUUUUUUGGGGGGGGGUUGUUUUUAAAAGAACUGUUUGAAAACUAAUGUUGGCCUUUUCAUCCCUGGGCCUUAAAUAUAUUUCCUACUUCCAGUACAGAGAGACUGAAGCUAUAGGUUCUGUUUCGUUGUACCAGAUUCUGAAAUGCAUGAUGAUGCUCAAAAAGUUUGUUUUAUCCUUUUUAUAAGCUUUUAAAUAAAUGAUUUGAUGUAUUUUAAUAGUUUUUAACCGGAAGGGUGUCAAGUUAGUUUGGGAACUUUCAUUUAUAUGUCAGUUUCCCGUCCACAAUAUGCAAUGCAUAUUCUAUUGCUCUGAAUAAAACAACUUGUGCUUUUUCUCUUGGCCUUGAGAACCAGCAUAGUACAGUCGCUAUGUGUUUAGCUUUGAUGUGGGAAAUCUGGCUUCAAAUCUUUCCCAAAUCAGCCAAAGCCUACCUCACAGGGUUGCUGUAACACUAAAAUGCUUUCAUUAAAAAAGAAAGAAAAGUAGGACACCUUCUGUUCUAAGCCAUUGUGGUUUCUUUUGAUGUGAAAUGAAAAGGAAGGUUAAGUUGUCAUAUGGAAUUCAAAUUGUUUUUAAAAUCCAGUCCUUGUGGCAUCUUCAUAGUAGCUGGUCUUAUGUGGGGAUGAGGGAGAGCAAUGGAAAGGAUUCCACACUGCAGUUUGUCAGCUGUUUUUUCUAUGGUCUCAUGGCUUCCUCAGAAGCAUUUAAAAGUGUGGUGGUUAUUCUGACACCUUUUCUCCGUAGCGUGUAAACAGGAGAUGCUAACUUGGUUAUAUAAAUUAAGUUGUAUAGAUAAUGAUGGCUUUGCCUCAGAUAUGCCUUGAGUCUAAUGAUGUCCGGUUAAUAAAAAGAUGAUCAAGUGGUAUUGGGACAGGUGUGAUCUCGAAAACCAGGCCUAGAUCGAAACAAAGGAAAAAAACUUAAUUCCAAGAGCCAAAGGAAUCCUUACACAAGGCUUGCUCUCAGAGAAGUCAUUGUGCUGUUCGGCAAUCUGUCACUGGAACCCCAGGGGCGAUUCAAAAGGAGCUCAUCUUAGGAUGUGGGGCCCAGUUAUUCAAAGAAAAACUGGGCUGGCGCAACCCACAUGCUUGAGUCUAAGCAGCUAUUUGGAUCACAGCCUUAAUAAACAUUUUUUUAUUGUUGCCUGUAUGAACUCAUCUUGUAGUGCUCUAUUCAUUCUUCUUCUUAACUCAUCAACAUGAUUUCACGUUAACCUUAAUAGGCGCGGUACAAAUGCAUCUCUCUUGUGUGUGCUAAGAUAGGAAGCCUGUUUGAAAGUGCAAGUAACACUAUCUUCAUUUAUUAGGGCUAGAAGGGUCCAGUAGUAAGUUUUUGUUCUGCUCACUCUUUUGCAUAAUGACAUACUGCAUAUAAAAUUUGUGUGUGUGUCAUAGAAGGGUUGGAAGGGACCCCGAGGUUCAUCUAGUCCAAACCCUGCCCUGCAGGAAUAGGCAGCUGUCCCACAGUGGGACUGGACCUGAAACCUUGCUGGUGUUAUUAGCACCACACUCUAACCAACUGAGCUAUCCAUGUGUAUAGAUAUUGGAAAGUGCACAAGAGAGAAACAGUGUCAACUUCUGUUGCUUGAUGUGAAAAUGACAGUGUCUGGUAGUAUCUUAAAAGCAAGCUCCCAACUAAUCUUGAUGUUAAUAUCAAUAAGGGCACGACUUGUACUGCUCAUUGCUGAUUAAUUUACCCAUAUGCAUUUCAUUAAGUGACCCCAACGAUGGUUCUCAUCACAAAGCAAACUACCCUGUAUUGAUCAGCAUGAAUUUCUGGUUGGGCAAUAAGCCUCUUGGUGAAGAUGGAAAAUAAAAAAAUACUUAUUUCUGAAUUAAGAUUCAUAGGAUUAGGGGGGCAGAGCUGUAAAUCUAAUUUUGCUAGGAAGUAAGUUGGAUUGAGCUCAAUGGGCUUCAUUUCUGAGUAUCUAUGCAUAAAGAGAAGCCUUGAGUUAUAUAUAUAUCACUUAGAAUAUGGAGACAUGAAACUUUGCUUUAUAAUAUACAUUUAUUUAGCACCAUGUGUCCUUUAAGCACACAAGUAGAUGCGUAGUGGAUCCCUGCUAAUCUUAGCAUCUGAUUUUAGGGUUCUUUGCAGAGAUGCUCUUAAUCUCUAAUCUAAAUUGUGAAUGUGUAAAAUAUAUUUCUGUCUUUAGAAGCAUUGAGCCAAGUUCCCAUUUGUGCUUGAAUUUAUUUGUGUGUGUGUGUGUGUGUGUGUGUGUGUGUGAAUGAUCAGUUUGGAGUUCUUGGUACAAUUAACAAUGUUUUAGAUGGAUCAUAGAAUUCACUAGGAAAUGCAUCUUUUUUCAUCUCUUAUUAGCAACUAUUCUAUUCCCGCUCCCACUGUAGCUUUUCUCUUUUCCAUAAACUGCUACAGUUGUUCAAAGGCAACAGCCUAAAAUGCUUCCAUGGUCUUCUGCAUAUAUUAGAUUUGACCCCCCUUUGCUACUUUCUCUAGUGGUACCAGCUUGAUUUAUUACUACAGAGAUGCAGUUCUACCUCCUCAGUGUUGGUCAGAUGCAAGCAUAAAUCUAAGAUGGGCAACUACUGCCUACCACUAGUUUUACUGUCGGGGAGUACUUGGCAACUAAAGCAGCGCCUGAUUUACCGAUGUACAUACUGCCAUUUUCUAAAAUGGGUGUAAAUGUUCAGCGGUAACAACAAAUACAGAAUUCUCACACUCGGAGUUCAUUUUGGGUUGUUUCUCGUACCUACGUCGGCGUUGUGUUCAUGCUAAAUCAUCUUCUCGAUUUGGGCGCUGGCUAGUACUAAGAGUUAGGAUCACUUCGAUGUUUUGCUGGCUUGUGGAUGUUAAUUCCUUUCUUUCUGUUUCCCCCCCACCCUAUCUUCAGCUCAGGUACCUGACAAUGAUGAGCAGUUUGUGCCAGACUACCAGGCUGAGAGUUGUAAGUAUUGUAUGACUCGCCACUUUUGCUUCACUUAAGAAAAUGUCUUACCUUUCUUGUUUUGGUUAGCCAGUGCUCACAUGAUAAGUGUGGUUAUCAGGCCAUGGCAUCACCAUAGAAACAUGUGAGGAAAGAAAUUGCCGAAUUGCAGCCGGGGUGGUUUUGGUGGCGGGGAAUGGUUUGGCUGAAGGCGGUGAUAUCAUUUUUCCUUUUGUGAAGGGGCUGGUGGGUUAUUGCAAAGAGUGCAUUCUUCUAAUAUAGGGAUGAGCAAGCUCUGGGCCUCCAGAUGUUGUGGGACUACAGAACCCAUCCUCCAUGAGCAAUGGCUAUAUGAGCUAGGGCUGAUGGGAGUUGGAGUCCAAUGAGACACAGAAGGCCACAAAUUGCUCUACCAAAACUGUUGGACUCCCAACUCCCACAGGUACACCUGGCACAUAGGUUGCCAAAGUGUGCAGCAUUUUGCCUUUUGAAUUUCCUUCCCGUUUUACCUUCCUUACAAAAUGCAAUUCACUUCUGUCGAAAUGAGAUGUCAAAGUUGCCUUGUUUCUCCCGGCUAAGAUGGAAUUUGACCUUGGGUGUGGGCUUAUCAGAAGGGGGAAAUGUGGCGCUGGGGCUAAUAAGCCAUCCAAGAGUUUAUGUCAGGUGUUGGGUGGGCAGUUCAGGGCUUCCUGCAUUGUAUUGCUGGAAAAAGAUUCACAUGCAUGCACAUAACUGAGGCGAAAGGGGGUCCCUUGAAAGUUCAUGCCUGCCCCCAAAGUUCUUGAGAACCGUUUUUAGUAGGUCUGUUGUUGUUGUUUUCUUAAGCUGCAAUCCAAUAUACCAGGGAUGAGGAACCUCAAGUAGAGGGGUUGGAUGUGGCCUUUCAUGCCUCUCUGUUUGGCCCUCAGGCCUCUGCCUAGGCCACAACCCUUCACUGACCCUGCUCUAAGUCUCCAGUGAUUUUACCUGACAGGAAUGUGUCCUUGAACCUCUUGCUUGCCUGGAUGGAGAGUGGUCUGUCUCUGGCGACACUUGGCCACACCUGCUAUUGGAUGGAUGCCCAUGAUAGAAUGUGACCCUCAAGCUGCUUUGCACAUUCAACCUGGGAGUACAGUGAGCUUGCUUCUGUGUAGACAGAUAUAGGCUGCUCUUCUGGAACCACUGGCAGUUCUACCAGCAGCUUUAUUUAAAGAGUAAACCUCUUUUCCCCAUGACUGAUUCUGUGGCCAAAGAGUCACCACUGGUGAUUUUCCUCUCUCAUUUUAUGUGAUAAAGAGGUUUUGUGAAAGAACUCCCCGCCGCCCUGUCAUUCGCAAAUCAUAGAUACUGAAAAUAACAUCAAAUGUUCCUUUCAGAAUAUGGUAAUGUGGUAUUUUGCCAUGAUCUUGUGUGUGUCUUCCACCUCAAAAACUGGCGUUCUAAAGAGAGAGAGAGAGAGAAAGACCCAUCUUCCUUGAAAAAAAGCGACAGAGCUUCAAGAGUGUCCCAUAACACAGAUCCUUCCCCUCUACACAUUUAAACAGCUUUAAAGUAUGACUGGAUUCUACUCCAUUGUUCCCCUUGAGGGUAAAUAUGACAAUUCCAGUCAGCUUGGAAUUGUUUUCUCAAAUUUGACUUCCUUGGCAACCCUUCCGUAUUCCAGCAGACUGUAUAACUAAUUUUUUGCUUGCUUAAGUAAGUUCUUGGAUGGGGGGGGGGGGAAAUGUAACCUUUGAAAUCAAGUACCUGUUAAUUUUAACAUUAAGGUGUUGUAGAAGAUGACAUUAAACAGAUACAAGUGAAAGAAACAUGUUGUGCUAUGUUUAGUGAUAUGAGUAAAACUGGGAAAUAAUAGCCUGUGAGCCCCAUGUCAAAUGGUAUCCCCCCCCCCCCCCCCGCAUGAAACGAAACCAGCUGUGUUGCCUUGAAAUGGAGUUUGGACAAAAUAGUUGGAGUUCAAAGACAGUAUGUUAAACUUAAGUUUUCAAACCAAGGACUUCCGUCUGCACAAUACAUUUGGAACAGUAUGAUGCCACUUUAACAGUCCUGGCUUCCCCUCAGGAAUCCUGGAAACUGUUCUUCUCACAGAGCUGCAAUUCCCACAGUAGUAUAACAGUUAAUCCCUCCUUCUAGGGAAUAGUAGCUCUGUGAGGGUAAUGGGAGUCUCCUAAAUACUUUCAGCGCCCUUAGCAAACUACCGUUCCCCAGAUUCUUUCGGGGAAGCCAUGGCUGCUUGAAGUAGUAUCAUAGAGCUUUAAGUGACCCAUAUGUUUUCAAUGCCACUUCCAUAUAUUAUAAUACUGCUUCCUAUAUUAUAAUACAAGAGCCCCUUUAAAGGACCAGAUGACCCUCAGGGUCCCUGCCAACUCUACAGUUCUAUGUGCAAAAAAACCGAUAGUGGAGAGCUCAGUUCAUAUAUUUUGAAUCUGUUACCCUUUGGGCUCCUUUGGAGGAAAUUGUGGGCUGGAAAACUAAUCCUACAAUAUCUUUAAAAAUAAAAUAGCAGGGGUGUGUGACUUGUGACCCACCCCACUAAAUUGGGUGUCUGUACUGAGGUCAAGGGCCAUUUCUAGGUAUUACCCAAAUUCUUUCUCUGGGAGUGCAAAGUUCUGCUGAUUGUUUCACUGACUAUUGUACAAAAUAAAUCAAUGAUUCGUAGAGAAGGGCUAUGAACUGUGAAUGAGAAACCCUGUCAAAUAUUGUCAGGGUUUCUUGAGGAAGCACUUCCCCCUCGGACAGAAAUGCCCUAAUCCAGUUAGAGCCUUUCCGCAGGCAUAAGCAGACCUGUGCCCUGCCUAAUAAUAAUAAUAAUAAUAAUAAUAAUAAUAAUAAUGUAGAAAUGGAUGCUGCAUGCAUAGUUCUCAUAUCUGAUCCAGUUGUUAGAGCUGUGUCUUUCAAUCUGCCAUUGGUUUGGUGAGGAAUCUGGGGCAGGCAGAGAACUUGAACCCAGCUCUCACUUCCCCUGUUUGGGUUGCAUUUUAAAUGGCUUGAAAGGAGUUCAUAUGCAUGACUUUGGCUGUCCUGAGCACACACACCUUUUGGAUUGGGGCAGGCACCCCCAAACUCGGCCCUUCAGAUGUCUUGGGACUAGAACUCCCAUCAUCCAUAGCUAACAAGACCAGUGGUCAGGGAUGAUGGGAACAUCUGGAGGGCCAAGUUUGGGGAUGCCUGGAUUGGGGCAUAGGUGUUUUCUUAAAGUUCUUUGUUAACUGGAACCACCUCAGCUACAAUUUACACAAUCCUAUCAAAAGAGCAUUUGUUUGUUUUGUUUUUUCCUUGCUUUCCCUUUCCAAAGGAAAGGUCAGGAAGCUUCCUGGGGAGUUAAUCUGGCAAAGGUUGCAGAGUUUCCAACACAGAUUUAGCUAUGUAAGUUACAUCCAUGAGCUGUGUAAAAUAUUGGAGUAAGCAAAGCUGUUGGGUGAUUUAAAGAGGUGAACUCGGAAUCUCUUAGAGGUACAUUAUAUAGAUUUGCUAUGUAUAGCGCUAUAAAUGCAGGCAUACGGUUUUGAUUUUUGCAACAGAGAACUUUGCAGAAGUAACAAAGGUUAUGCUCUGCGAGAAUUGUGAAGACCACAGAGAAACUGCAAAUCUAUCUAGAGCGGAAAACAAGAACUAUUUGGGGCAGAGGGGGGCAGAGAAUGGGGGUGAUGCGCUUAUACAUAGGUGAUUCUCAUAAAUUUCAAAACUGAUGGGAGUGGGAAGGUGUGUGUGGGGGGGGGAAUCAAUGCCAAGCCAGUAGCAGAUUCAAACUGGAUACAAAUCCUUAUACAGUGGUACCUCUAGUUAUGAAUUUAAUUCGUUACAGAGGUCCGUUCUUAACCUGAAACUGUUAUUAACUAGAGGCGUGUUUUGCUAAUGGGACCUCUUGCUGCCGCUGCACCGCCAGCACACGAUUUCCAUUCUCGUCCUGGGGCAAAGUUCUCAACUUGAGGUAACUCUUCCAGGUUAGCAGAGUUUGUAACCUGAAGCGUUUGUUGCCUGAGGCGUUUGUAACUCGAGGUACCACUGUGGUGCAAAGUGACACAGGCUUGAGCAAAUUUCAAGGAAGGAGAGGGCCAUUAAUGUGUCUUGCACUGUCAUACAGGCCAACAAAUUUAUUAUGGCAUAAGCUUUAGUGGACUGGAGUCCCCUUCAUCCGUUAACGUGUAGUCUUUAGUCCAUGAAAGUUUAUACCACAAUAAAUCCGUUAGUCUUUAAGGUGCCACAAAUCUCUUUGCAACAGGGUAUGCUGGGUACUGCUUUGAAGACCAUGAAUAGGGUGUCUUCAAGCAUGCUUGGGAAUAUAUUUUCUUUUCUGUAUAUGUGCCCUAACUCCAGAUAUUUCCAUAUAGUAAGUUUUGGCAUUGUUGUAGGGAGCAAAACAGGGAUAGUUGGUACAUAAGUAGAAUUGGCUGCAGCAACAGGUUGAAAGUUCCUUGAGGCUCCUUUGUGGCUCAUGCAAUCACCAGGCAGGUGGCUUUGUUAGUUCUUGGGUGCGCCAGAUUGCUUGGAAGAGCAGAAUCUGGAAUAGUGCCUGAGGGCUCAUUCACUCAUGCACUAGUGUGUUCCACUCAAAUAUCUUUCUUAAUCAACACUCCAGUGCUGAAUUGCCUCUCUUAAAGUAUUAUAAUUUGAGAUAAUGUUGAGUGAUGUGAAAACUUUGUUUUCAGGCAUUCAAUCUGCUACGUUUGUUUCUUACAUGCAGGGCAUCACUUAAUAUUACUAUGAUGGAGUAAUUCUUUUUUGUGUGUGAAUUUGACUCAAAUUAGGUGAUAUUUAAAAAGAAAGCGGGGGAAUAGAUUGAGUAGAAGAAGCAAAGGUAUUUUCUUCUUUGCAAAUGCUGCUGAGGGCCUUUUUAAAAAAUAAAUAAAUAAAUGAUGUAAAGAUGCUCUUAUCAACAGCCUUGCAGAAUAGUUCCCUUUGAAGUUAGAAAAAAAAAUUCCCAUCUCAUCUCAAGGUUUUUGCUUUCUUGGGAAUGUUUCUUAGCAAAUACAGCAUUGGUGUUGUUAGAAGUGAGAAUAUGAUGGUAGAUAUGGCAAAAGUAGCUUCUGGCUUUAAAAAAAGAAAAGAGAAAAGUCUUGAAUAUAUUUUUAAGCUGUAGUUGCAAGGAGCAUCUGAUUAAAGCAAUGAUGGAACCCUCCCUGUGACCCUCAAGAUGUUCUUGGACAGGUUUCCUCAACCUCAGCCCUCCAGAUGUUUUGAGACUACAAUUCCCAUCAUCCCUGACCACUGGUCCUGCUAGCUAGGGAUCAUGGGAGUUGUAGGCCAAAAACAUCUUGAGGGCCGAGGUUGAGGAAGCCUGUUCUCAGGGAUGAUGGGGGUUGUAGCUCAGAGUCAUCUGAAAGGCCAGAGAUUCCCACCCCUGAUCUAAAGCCACCAUAAAUAAUAAACAAAUACAUUUAUAUCCCACCCUCCCCAGCUGAAGCCAGGCUCAGAGCGGCUAACAGCAAUAAAGUGACACAAUUUACAUAAAAUCACAAUCAAUUAAUUGAAAUCAGGCAUUUCUCUUGGGGGGGGGGCAAGGAUGCUAGUUCCGUCUCGUUUUGCUGGUUUGAUCAUCGCCUUCCCCGAGUUGGAGGGAAAUGACUGGAGAAGCAAUGUGGGACAAAUCUAGCUUUUUUGUUGCAAAUCCCCUCCCCAUGAAGAAUGCCUAAAGAGAGUUUCUCUGUCCGUUUGUCUCUUAAAAGCAGUCAUCAGCCCAAAUAUUUCAGCAAAAUCUGUCUGCCUAUUGCACUGAAAUAAUGUACACUUAAAUUUUGCAAUAUGUCAAGCUCCUCUAGUAGUGUAUAAUCUCCUGUGCUCAUACACCUUGGGAUUCUUACUUGGGAAUCUUUUGUUUAUGCUGGGCUCCUUGCCUGCUGAUUCUAGAGCCUUGCAGUUCAUUGGCUGUUACUGCUUUGUGUGCUUCGGACGUGUGUACAGAUAACCACUACAACAUCCUAGGAAUGCUGGAAGAGCCCUUCUAAGUCUAAGGAAAGGACUUAAACUAGUCCAGCAUGCUGCUGAUAAUUUCUAAGGGCGCUUCUAGGCAGGUGUUUUCCACUGGGGCUGUUGCUGCAUUGACUUGCAGUCACCUCAGGCCGUCGACUAUGUUGUCACUCUGAGCUGGAGCCAUCUUAGGGAGUUGCAGGUGGCAUUUACGCAUGACUGGUGUUAUACUGCCGUGAUCUCAUUGCUGCCAUCUGCAGAGGACCAUAGUAGCACUGGCCUAGGUUCCCCGUGUUGCUACUCUAUUCUGUUCUUGAGGUUUUAAGAUCUGUAACAGCCUCCUGCACGCUAUGUUGAAGCAGUAGUACUUCCUCUUUCUUUUGAGCCUGCUUUUGUGUAAAGACUAACAAUUGAUGAUGAUGAUGAUUUUGCAUUUAUAGCCCACUUUUUAUCCAUGGAGCUCAAGGUGGCAUAUAUGGUUUUCUCACUCCCGAUUUUAUGCCCGUGAUGACAAGCCUGUGAGGUAGGUUAGGCUGAGAGAUGGUUGCUGCUCAAGGUUACCCAGUGAGUUUCAUAGCUGAAUGGGGAUUUGAAAGGAUGUUUUAGGAGUAGGUAGUUCAGUAAUGCUUGUUCUGGAUCACAGUGGCUCUUCAUGGUCUCAGGCAAUGGUUUUUCACAUCACCCGAUGCCUGAUCCUUUUUAGAAAAAACUGAAUCACUCUGCAAUGUUAAAAAACAAAACAAAAAUAUUAUGCAUCUUUAUCCAGAAGCUAUCCAAGUCAGAAAUGUUUACUAGCGCUGUGCCAAUUCCCCCCCCCCCCGACCAUAUAUUCAAGAACUAUAAAAGGCAGGAGAAGAUAUUGGAGAAAUUUUCACAGGUGAGGUGUUGCUGUGCUUAACCUUUCCAGCAGUGAUGUAGGUUUUCUGGGACAUAUUUAAUUGGAAAACUUCCCUAUGUAAAUAAUUUGCAUUUGAGUAUAGUCUGCGUAGGGUAACUUGCAUUAGAAAAUUCACUGAUGCCCAAGAGAGUGCUAUAAUUUGGCAUGUUUAUUUCACUUGUAUUUAGUAAACAAUGCUAGAAAAAAUGCCGGAUAUUUAUUUGCAAUUGGCAUCCAUUCAUUUUUACUAAUGAAUUUAGGAAGUAGAAGAUUUUCUGCAGGAAAAAACAAAACACUUGAAAAAAAUUCUGCCCCAUAUUUCAAGGGGGCCCAGGGGUGAUUGUGAGUGUCCUUUCUUCCCAUACCAUCUCUCUGGUUUUCUGCAACUGCAGCCACCUUGGGUGCCUGCAAUCUAUGUCUUCAAACGGGCAUUCCUAUAAGUAGGGGAAGUUGGGGAGGCUGCCUACUAUGCAUCUAACAGCUGUUUGCAAUUUAAAGAACAAACUUCUCUCAUGGGGCCUUUUCAGAUUGAAGAAGUUCAGGCAGUUGAGGAAGCUGCAAAAAUGGGGAGAAAUGUAUAAUUCUGGGCAGAAUGGAAAUUGAUGCCUUCUUCUAUCCAUAUUUGCAGGGCAAGGGGAGUUUGGAGGGCAGGUUUUGGCCCAGCAUUAGCUUUUACAGAUGAGAGUAAAGUAGUCUUCCUUGACUACUUCUCCUCUCACUUCAGCAGAGUGAAAUAAUUUUAAUAAUAUAGUUGACUGCUUUCCUUUGCACCUGACCUCUAUGGUUUCAUUUUGUGGUUAGCCCCAAGCAUUAGUCUGUAUUUAGCCAUAUUCCUCCCUGCCCCCCGCUCUUUAUAUAUAAGGAUGGAAGACUUACUUAAAUUUGAGGAAGGCUAUUCUUCAUGAAUAUAGCAAGAGAGAGAAGGCUUGCCACUGGGCUCCUCCUAGUCAAUAAUACCUUUAAUCUGUGGUUGUAGUAGCAACUUGAAAGCUUUAUUUUGGUUUUAAUAAGUAGUUCUUGUUUUUCUGCAGACUGUGGAGAUUUUUUAUUAAUAUGUAACUCCUAACUCUGAAGGGUACAAAGACCUUGAUAUAUUUAGCCUCAGUAUCGAUCUGAUACACAACUGGCACAAUAUUACUAUAAAAUAAAUGGCUGCUCACUGCCAAUGUAUAUAGACAGUAUUGAUGUUUAAUCCUUCUGGAAACUUGUUUUUUUUUAAUGACCUUGCUGCUAUGAGGUGAACAGGCUUUGCUUACUGAAAUUGCCCUCUUGCCAUUCGUGGAAGUUGGCAGGUCUUGGGCCCUAGUCCUUUGACUUACUUUUUGACAUUUAAGGCACAUGCGUGAGAUUUAAUGACCUGUCUUUUCUUUAACCUACUUGGUUUUUUAAAGUGUAAGUAUGUUAUCAUUGUUGAGGGUUUUUUUCCUUCACUUGUCAGGCCAAAGUUUUAUUUCACUAAGCUCUGUUGUUCACUCUUUUAUUAGGGGUUUACAUCUUGGCUUGCAUUAAGAAGGUUAAAUCGCCUAAUCUUAGUUCCAUCAGAUUCCUUCCACGUGGCCUCAGAUACCUCACCACUCCAUAUAGUUUCUUUUCUUUUCCAAAUUGUGACAUUUAUUUAUAUUUUCAAAUGUUUCCUUCCAAGGGCUAUAAUCAGGGCAGCUUAUCUGAAAACAAUACACUGGGAACUUUGUGACAUGUUUCUGUCUGUCUUUUGUCCCUGUGAUUUCUCGAAACAAGUUCUAUGUGCUUAGCUAUUGAUUUAAGAAAAACUUGCUCACCUGUGUUUGUGCUUGCAAACGCGCAUCUUGCCUUCAUAUUUACUUACCACUGAAAAUGCAGGUUUAUAUGCAGUAAAGUUGGUGCCCAUUUAAAAGUGUGAAUGGCACUCAGCUUUGAUUUCAUGUAAAUAAGCUUUUUCCUUGAUAAACAGCGGUACAUAUGAUUUUGCAUACUGUAUGUGAUGGUUCAGUUCAGACGCUUACAACUGCAAAUCAGGGGUUUUUAUUUCAGGAUUUGAAGUGGUUAUGGGGGCCUUGGAUAUGAAAGGUAAUUCAAGCUCUUUCUCUCUUUCUGUCUGAUCCCAUGCAUUUGAUUUUUGUCACCCUGUCCAGCAUUCAGUCUUGCUCAAUGCCAUCUUUACAUGUUGUGUUGGUGUGCCUUGCCUGGAAAGACACAAUAGCUUUUUUCAGAGAGUUCGAUACAGUUUUAAGGGGUGGGAGUUUCCUGCUUGUAAGCUCAUUCAACUUUCACUUCCAGUAAAGCAGGUUUUGUAGGCAUUUGUUCCAUAACCUCCAAAGCCCACUUGAUCAGAAGAGAGCCCUUCUCUCAACUGGGAGAACAAUCAUGUACCCCAGGAUUUUGUACCUCCAUAGAGGGCACCACCCAACAGAUGACACCAAACAGUGCAAUGUAAGAAAAGCCACGUGAAUGGGUGGAAGGAACCAAGAAGAACCUGUCCCUGCAUUAAGCAUUUGCACUUGCUGGUUAUCUCCCGCUUGGAUUACUGAAAUGCGCUCUACAUGGGGCUACCUUUGAAGGUGAUCCAGAAACUACAACUAAUUCAGAGUGCUGCAGCCAGACUGGUGACUGGGAGUGGCCACCAAGACCAUAUAACACCGGUCCUGAAAAGCCUACAUUGGCUCCCAGUACGUUUCUGAGCACAAUUCAAAGUUGGUGCUGACCUUUAAAGCCCUAGGUGGCCUUGGCCGCCCAGUAUACCUGAAGGAGCAUCUCCACCCCCUUUGUUCUGCCCGGAUAUGGAGGUCCAGCUCCAAGGGCCUUCUGGUGGUUCCCUCACUGCAAGAAGUGAGGUUACAGGGAACCAGGCAAAGGGCCUUCUUGGUAGUGGCACCCGCCCUGUGAAACGCCCUCCCACCCAAUGUCAAAGAAAUAAACAACUAUCCGAUUUUUAGAAGACAUCUGAAGGCAGCCCUGUUUAAGGAAGUUUUUAAUGUUUGAAGUUUUAUUCUGUUUUUAGUGUUCUGUUGGGAGCUGCCCAGGGUGGCUGGGAAAACCCAGCCAGGUAGGUGGGGUAUAAAUAAUAGAAUUAUUGUUGUUGUUAUUAUUAAUAAUAAUAAUAAAAAAGCAAGUUUAUGUUUUUGAAAGGGGCUUAAUGAAGGAUCUGGUGUGGUAGACUAGACUUUUAAGAAGGAUCAGGCAGUGUGCUUCUCUUUGCCUGUAAUAAAACAAGAAAAGAAGCCAUUGUUCCAUGACUACAAGACAUUUGUGUCUCCUCCAAAGUUUUAAAUUUAGACCCUGAAGUGUGCGUGUAAUAGAGAGUGUACACAAUAGAUGUCCAUCUCAAUAAAAACCAGCUUUUUAAUCUUCUGUCUUGCCUCUUCACAAACUUGAUACCUGCCCCAUAGUCAACCUGUGCCAGAUCAUGAGAAGUGAUACAUAGGGAUGAAUGGCAGUCCUUAGAUCUAUCUAAUUGGAUACCUUGGGAAAGAGAUGGAUCAUGCAAUCUUGGCCUUUUAAUAGCUCCGUUGUAUGCCCUUAUGUGAACAGCAGAUUGCUUUUCCUUUUUAAUAAUCUUCAUAGUCUUCAGCAUCCUUUAAUUGGAGCAUUUUCCUGUCCCCUAUUACAGCUGAGGGAAGUGUACGCAGUUUAUCGACAUAAGUAAUGGCUCUGUCAUAACAUGAAAUAAGCAUAUGCUGUUCAUUAGAUUAGACAUGGUUACUACUUACAUUUGGAAGAGCAGUGUAAUUAAUUGAGGUUUGACUUCGGGAAUCAGGGCUGCUUUUAAAUAAAAUAAUCUACGGUUUGAUUGCAAGUCUGCCUAAAGGUGAAGACUGAAAUGUUAUUUUACAUUUGGCAGGUAGAAGUUUGCCUGAGAGAACUGAAGAUUGUACAUGCGCGCACGCGCGCGCGCACACACACAGAAUUUUCCCUUCACUUGAUAUAUAUUAUACAAAGGAUUUGGUAUGCAACUGGACAGAUAAACGGUGGCUAACUGGAAAAAAAGUUGAAGGAACUAAUAAUGAUCCCCUACGGAUCUAAUAACGUCCAUCCUCAAUGGGAAAGCUAUGCCUGUUCAUUCACACUAUGACAUGAUAUUUGUCCUCAGGCCUGGCACUAUCAGGUAAAGGCCAGGCCCCAAGAAGGUCCAAAUGGGAUGCAUGCUGUAUUUCUCUGGGGUUUUGGCCAGCACUUUGCUGUGUGCCCAAUGCUGUGGUAAAAAUGUAAAAAAGGGACUCCUGCCACUCACUUCGGCCUUGUAGGAUUACUGAGGGGUCCCCUGUGAGGAUGGUGCAUAUGGUUCCCAGAGAGCAUUUUGCCCAGGGCCUUCCUAAAGAUGACACCAGCCUUGAUGCUUCUGAGUUAGGAAAGCGUUGAGCAAAUAUUCUUACUGUUACCUUUCUGGUCACUGGAAUAGCCUCUGGCAUUUAUCAGACACAGCCAGAGCUUUUUUUCAGCCAGAGCUCAGGUCCGGCACCUCUCAGGUGGGCACCAGUGCUGCUCUUAAGAGAAGAAGGGAGGCGUUCAUGGUGAGCUCCAGCACCUCUUUUUUUGAGAAAAAUAGCACUACACAGCUAGUUAGUUGUGGUAAGGCUACUAAUCUUUCUAUUGGUGAAAUUGGUGAUCUUUUAAUGAAAAUGUCACUUGGCCCUCCGAUCAGUCUCUAUUCCUGGGCUACUUUUCUGUCCUCAGGUAAUACAAUUUUUUUUUAAAAAAAGGCUCUGGGGGGUGGAUCUUGGUAACUACUGGCUAGUAAGCGUAACUUCUGUCCUGGAAAACUGUUGGAAAGUAUUGUCAAAGAUAAAAUAACCAAGCAUGUAGAAGAAUAGGUCUUGCUGAAGCAGAGCCAGCAUGGCUUCUGCAAGGGCAAAUUCUGUUUCAUGAACCUGGUAAGACGUCUUUGAGAGUAUCAACAAGCAUAUAGAUAGGCAUGAUCUGGUUGACGUAGCACUUGACAUUCAAAAAGCUUUCGACAAGAUUUCUCACCAAAGACUUUUGGGUAAGUUGAGCAGUCAUGUAAUAAGAGGAGACGUCGUCUUGUGAGUCAGGAAUUGAUUAACUGGCUGGAAGUGGAGAGUACUAAUAAAUGUAUAGAAUUCUAUACAAUUCUCCAAAUGGAGAGAUGUAGAAAGGGGAAUCCCUCAAGCAUCAAUAUAGUAUAGAAUGGGGCUUUUUGGUUUUGAAUAAAUGUGAGCAAGAUGUGACAUGAUAGAAGUUUAUAGAAAUUAUGUACUGUUUAUAGAAAUUAUGUACUGUUGCAAACGUGAUCCGUGUGGGAAGCACGUUCGCAACCUGCAGCACUGAGUGUGCGUGGGUUGCGAUUCGGCACUUCUGCGCAUGCACAAAGUGCGAUUUAGUGCUUCUGCACAUGCACAAGCACCAAAACCCAGAAGUAACCAGUUCCGGUACUUCUGGGUUUGGCGUGGUGCACAACGCGAAAUCGCACAACCCGAAGUGUCUGUAACCCGAGGUAUGACUUUAUAGCAUGAAGAAAGCAGAUAGAUAAAAGUUUUUCUCCCUCUUCCAUAACAUUAGAACUUGGGGACAUCAAUAAAUCUGAAUGUUGGAACAUUCAGGACAGAUCAAAGGAAGUAUUUCUACACACAGUACACACAGUUAAACAAUGGCACUUGCUCCCACCGGAAGCAGUGAUGGUCACCAACUUGGAUGGCUUUCAAAGGGACAAAUUAAUGUAGGACAAGGCUGUCUAUGGUUACUAGUCAUGAUGUCAGUGUUCUGUCUCUACUGCCAGAGGCUGUAUGCUUCUGAAUACCAUUUGUUGGGAGUCAUAGGUAGGCAGAGUGCUGUUGUGCUCAUAGGCUUCCCACAUACAUCUGGUUGGCCACUGUGCGAACAGGAUGCUGGACUGGACGGGCCAUCAGUCUGAUUCAGCAAACUCUUAUGUUCUUAAAGUAUUCAGAAACAAACAGGCUUAAAUACACAUCUUGAAAAACAGGAGUAAUUGGCAGGCAUGGUUGUAACCAGCACUCAAAGCUAUUAUGGGCAGAUAUAUGCUCAUCUGUUCUCAACACCAUAACGGACAUCCUCCUUGUGACUUACUAAUAGCAGAAUUCCUAUAGACUCAUCUCAUCCCAUUCAUUGAGGGCUUUGGGAAGGGAGUGUGCUUUUCAUGGAAUGUUGGUGCUCUUUCAAUUCUGUCAGCAACUUAGUAGCUUAAUUCUGCAAGUUAUUCCUCAGUCCCAUUUUGCUUGGCGCAGUCAGAUUGGAAAGGUUUGUUCCACCACAUGCUCCAGACUGAUCUGAUGAAGGGUAGAGAACAGGAACAGACAUUUGUAGUUGGAAUGCUGACCUGAGAAAUGUGUGGUGGUCACAAAUAAGGGCAGCAUCAUUCCUGGUCGCAACUGUGUGGCCUACAGAGAAUUAAACAACUUGCUUGGCAAAUCAUGCCGUGAAUGAUUUUGAGAAUAACAAAUGUUAGAUGGGAUGAAUGGAAAAACUGCUCAGUGGAAGAAGUCUAGUGAUCUGCUCUGAAUAUAUACUUUGCAAUGUUUACACGUGGACUUUUGGGUUGUGUUGGCACUUUUUAGCAGUGUUGUGGAAGCGUUCCUUUCAACUUUACAUUGUCUUUCUCCUUUAAUUUUUUAAUUACUGGCAAACCAAGGAGCAGCUCUGAAGUUAGGAGACUAGAUUUGUAAGCGUUUGAAGUUAGGAUAUCUGAAGAGGGUAAGGGAAAGAAGAAGCAUGAGUGCCCGAGACUCUCCAACCUUCUUUUGUGAGAUGCCUGGGGAUUGUGGGGCUGGAGAUAUUCAGAUUCUAAUUUAAUUUUAAAGCUCUCUUCAGGUGUCAGAACCAGGGACAGGCAACAUGAAUAGAAAAGUCCUACAUUUUCGAGCCUGAAACCCUUUAUCACGCAGCUUCUUCCGGCUUCCUGUGUUCUAGUGUUACUUCUGUAACCCUACAUCUUUUGCUUGCCUGGCAGAGUCUCUAUCUUAAGCUUUGCAACUGUGAGGCAUUAGAACUUUUAGCAACAUCAGCCUUGUAUUGCACUUACAUCUAUUUUCCACCUACAACUUCCUUCGCUACCAGAAAAACCAGGCACUUUAAAGGGGGGGGGAGUGUGCCCAAUGCUCUUUAAUUGUCCAAAGUGGGUGAUGUGCAUUCCUUAAUGCUGUCUUUGCAUGUGAAGGGGUAGGUUUCUGCACAGAGGUAAGAUAAUGAUGGAUUUAUAUGCUAUUCACCUGCUUGAUGUGAAUUGCUUCAUUUUGGACUUAAAAUUCUGUCUGGUUGGUACGUCCAUCAUCAGACGUGUAAGGACAGUAUCUCAGUUCCUUUUCUUUUUUUAGCAACGUGCUUCUAUUUAAGCAGCCUGCGAACUUGUUGGCUUAAGAUAAGGAACACGUGCAAGGUCUGAUAACAACUUGGCUUACAUUUCAUGACACUGUCAUUGCGAAAUUCAAAAGUCUGUGUUCCAAAUGGCAGUGCUAUCCCAGGGUGUUUGUACUUAGAACAUUCUGAAUAUUCCAAGUAUUGAUGUACUGGACUGGAGGAUCUUGUAGCUUCUCAAGAUUUGAGCAACCUUUUGUAUACAGAGUCCAUGUUAGCAAGUGAGAUUUUGCCACAACAGAACGUCAUCCACCUGACAAGAGUGCCUAAAUUGCAGGACAGUGAUGUUUUGUUUGAUUCAUAUCAAAAUUUAUGGUGGAUGUGAAAUUCCACAUAGUGAUGCUGCAAAGGAUAUUUCAGGGAUAUCCUUGGUUGCCUUAUUCUUGGUAUAUCUAAUCCACUUUUGCUUAUUGUGACUGGCAGUGGUGGCAGAGGUCAAUCAAGUCUAUUGAAAAUCCUUUCAAGUAGUGGUGUAGACAAUACUUGCAUAUUUCUUGGCUCAGAAAUAUGAAAUGUGGGGAUUGUAAUGUUCACUUCAAAUAUGAGGUGAUCAUUACAUCACCAUAAUUCUUCUCUGGCUUGGAUUUUAACCUCAUGAGAAGAAUAAAACUCCCUCUCCCCCACUUCCCGGGCAGCAGUAGAGAGGGAGGACAAAAAUGUGGGAAUGGCGUUUCUCCCUUGUGGUUCCUGGCACUGAUGUAACACACCACAGUGUGUAUGAAUAGACCUGGCAGGUGUAGUUCUCCAAACUUUGGAAAACUACAUUUCCCAGGUUUACUUUCAUGGUGUUUCUGCACCUGCAGGGGAAAAAACCUCCUUGCAGUUGUAGGUAAUCAGAGGGGAUGGAUGAAGUUACAGGAAGGUGUUGGAGAGAGACUUGCAAGGAUGGGAGAAUGAUUGGAUCCCAUUGCGUUCCCAACUGGGGACAUGAUGGGGUCUGAAUAAAUUCAUUAUUUGGACAUAAACAAACUAAACAAUUUCUUGAUUUAUUUCUUUUUGAGGUGAGGAAAAUAGGUCAACUUACUCUAAUCCAAAUUGAGAGUGGGGGGUGUUUGCUCGUCAUUACUUGAAUAUGUUAGAUAUUGCACAUAGAAUAUAUUGCAGAGGGAGCCUAUACUUUCCCAUUUUGCUGCGGGCUGUUCCCAUAUGAUAUCUGGACCUGUACGAUAGCUCAGUCAGUAGAGUAUGAGGCUCUUAAUCUCAGGGUUGUGGGUUUGAUCACUACGUUGGGCAAAAUAUUCUGAAUUUUAGGGGGUUGGAUUAGAUUACCCUUGGGGGUCUUCUGAUUCUAUGAUUCAGUGAAAUAGCAAAUGCCUUGUCCCUGUGGUUUCUCUGAACUCUGUCACUAUUUUGCCGCAAUAUGCCUAUUAAUAAAUCAGUAUUGUUGAGCAUCUUAUUGUUCUUUUAUUUCUGGUGGGUGUUUGGGGAGAACAGGCACUUGAAGAGAGAGAGAGAGAGAGAGAGAGAGAGAGAGAGAGAGAGAGAGAGAGAGAGUGCACUUGCUUAUAUAAGAGGCAAAGCAGAACCUGAAUGGCAGUCAACAGGCUCCAGUGUUUUGGCAAUUAUUUUUUUUUAAAAAAGAAACCGCAUACCAAUUAAAUGAGGUAUGAAAUGUUUCAGGAAUUCUCAUUCUUGGAAGGACAGUGUAUGAUUGAGCAAGGUUAAGAGAGUUGAAAACCUAAUCUGUGACUCUUUACCAUUCCACAUAAAACUGUACUUCAUGAUUUGUGUGCACUGCAUCUCCAUUGCUUUGAAAACUUUUACAAGCUUGGUUUGCUGAUCCAUUAUACACCUCUACUUCUGUAUUAAAUUCUUACGGCUGAUAGGUGAAAAUAAUAAUAAUAAUAAUAUAAGAAUAAUUAAUAAUAAUAAUAUGUUUGAUUGGAUCCAACAGCUCUUAAGGAAUAAUGUGUAACUAAAGAGAGCAGAGAAAUCUUACAUGUUUUCUCUUCUGUUGGAAUACUUCUAAUUGCUCUAUUAUGGUGGGGAUGGACAUAUAAUGGCAUCAUCCCUAACCAUUGACAAUGUUGUCUAGGGCUGGUGAAAGUUGGAAGGCCAAGAUUCCCCAUCCUUGUCUUCCUUUGGUAUAAAAUGGAUCUGCAUCGCUUGGUUAUUCUUAGCCUAUCCUUUUGUCUCUCCCUCCCCCUCAAAACGGUUGGCUAAUCUGUAACCUUCCAGAUGUUGCUAGACCUACAGCACACCUCAUACCUGACCAUUGACCAUGCUGGCUUUGACUAGUGGGGGGUGGAGUCCAGCAACAGCGGGAGGAAUAUAGAAAGCUGCCCAGUUCUGACUUGUUCAUCUCCAAUAUUCAAGGAGACAACUCCAGGAUACACUGUAACUUUCUGCUAGCAUUCACAUCUGAAUGAGGCUCCAAAAUUAGCCUGACGGUUUGUGGCCAGAACGCAGGAUGUUUACUCAUUCCUGACUCCCUCAUAAUAAAGUGCAAUAGCUAAGAAACAGUUGUGUCGUGUGCAAUAGGUAUUGUGGCUGUUUUUGUAGUGCUUUUUAGAAACAGAGUAAUGCAACCAAAAGAACAGUCCCUAUUCUAAGGUGCUUCAAGUUCAGACUUAAUCUUGCUGGGUUUAUGGAUGGAAAAAGAGCAGCAGCACAAACUACAAGUGGAAAGGAGAGAAUGUGAAAUAUACAUCUAUAUAUUUAAGAUAGCUACUACCCUGAGUACAAAUGGAUGCAGCCUUCUAAAUUACUGCAUUCGACAGGUUUUCAAACACCCCUUUGUUUUCUUUAAGAUGGAACAUUUCCAUAAGAGACAUGAGGAAUUUCCUUUUGGGAGGAAUAUUCCAGGGCAGGGAAGGAGGUGGAUGGGAUUCUGACAGUUUUCUAUUCAUCCCUUUUCGCCCACCAUUAUUAUGCAAGUAUCUUCUUCUGAUUUUUUUUUGGGGGGGGGGUUGUUGUUUAUGUCUCUUUGGUGUUUUAUCACCACAUCAGUUAUUGCUUUGGGAUGCUUCUUUUGUCUUACUCUGUUUGCAUUUGAUGAGGAGACAUAUAAUUAGGGCCAUUUCCAGAGGCAAACAGGCAAAUGUCUAGAGUGAAAUUAAAGCAUUACCAUACUACAACCAAUACAGGGGAAGGCUCAGAGUAGGCUUAAAAUAACUGUUUUGAGAUUGCAUUUCUGCACCAAGUUUCCUUUUGGAACCUAGUGAGACUGUUUGUAUUGUAGCAUCUGAGCCGGUGUAAAAUAUUCCAAGGCACUGAGAGAAAGAGGAUUUGGAAGCUUUCACCAGCAGUAGAGGAUAGGGUGUUCAUGAAUGAACUUGCAAAAUGUGUGCUAUAAUUUGGUAUGUAUGUCCUCUCCCCACCCCUGCUUUUUAUAAUUUCUUUUCCCCCCCACCCUCCUCCUCCUGUUGACAGAAUCUUCUCUAGUCAUGUGGAUUUCCAGCCUAUUAACAGCUGAAACAAUUUAGGACACUAUCAGUCCUUUGGCCUAACAAGGUGUUUACUGGCAGUGUAUUGAAAAGUUUUCUUCCGUAAUUGCUUUGUCUCUGCUGUUUUGGAAGCAGGUUAUAUCCUUGGCAUUUAGUGGAAGCUUCUCUUUGACUGCAGCAAGCUGACUUUCUUUUUCUCUCUCCCUCUCCCUCUUUCUUUCUUUCUUUGGUGUGUAACAGGAGGGGGCGGGAAUAUCCCUCAUUUGAUAUUUAGAGCAUAUUUGCAAUUGUUAAUCAGUGGGGUGUCUCCCUCCCCCCCUUCAACAAAAAAUAAAGAACUAAUAAUGCAUGGUUAGGCUUUAAUCAUGUCCUCACUGGAAUCAUCAGCACUCUGCAAAUGUAAGUCCAGUUAAUUGGCAGACCACCUCAUCCAUCCCUAAUGUCACAACGACUCUGAGUAGUUGUAAAUAAGUGCUUCCUUUUUAGGUUUCAGGCAAGUGCAAUAUGUGGCAUGCAUGGCUUAUUACCCAAAGAUGGCUUGGAAAUAUUUUCCUUACCAUAGUUUUUUUUUCUAACUAGAGGAGAGGCACUGGGGAUCAGCAGUUUCCAAGACCAUCAGAUUCCCAACUGGGAUUCCCACCAGUGGGCAAUGAGUGUCUUACUGGUCAUUUUCCGGACUAUCUGCAAAGCUUGUUGGGUGCUUGUAGCAGGAAUGGUUGGUGGUUCCUAUUAGUGGUGAAGACUUAUGAAUGGGAUAAAAUUUUGCCUCAGCUACAACAGAUUUAACCUGGCACCUUUGCUAAACUUUGUUUUAAACAUUUUGCUCUUGUCCUGUAGGUUUUGUUAGCCUCCCUGGCUUUCUCUCUCCAGCUGAAAUUUAGCUGUUGACAAAUCCUCCAAGGAGAUGUGGCUGGUUGUUCCUUUGAAUUUCAAAGCACCAGAGUUGUGGAGGCGACAUACAGUAUCAGUGUCAUUAACUCAUGGCUACGUUUCCUGAUGUUACAUUUAAAUAGGCCGUGAUUCCCACCCCCCUUUGCUUUAAAAAUGUUGCUGCAAAACUGUUGUUGUUGUUUAAAUUUAUAUACUGCCCUCCAUCAUAAUAUUUCAGGGUGGUUCACAGGAAAACAGAAUAUUGGAACUUGGGAGUCAAAAUUCCUGAUUGAAACCAAGGCAUACCAUUGGGUAGCAUCAGGUUUUUCCAUGUUUAGUCAAAUGAAAAGACGUUAGGAAACCCUUUUCAGUUUGAGGGCCAUAUUCCUUUCUGGGCAGCCUUCCAAGGGCCGCAUUCCAGGGGUGGGCGGAACCAGGGGCAAAAGUAGGCCAAGCAACAGAUGUUCAUCCUACCUUUGGUAUAUUAGAAUGGUUUCUUCUACACACUCACAAAUAUUCUCUCUAUCCUUCGUCCAGGCAAGCAAGUUCAAGAACAUAGUCCAGGUGGCCAAACUCUCCAGGAGGGCGCGAAGCAGGGCCAGUGAGGGGUGUGGCCUAGCAAGAAAGGGUGUGGCUGGGGAGGUGAUGGGGUCUGAGGAGAGUCUCAAGAGCCAGAUACAGGUGUGGAGGUCCGCAUUUGGCCCCUGGACUUGAGGUUCCCACUCCAGUCCUACAGGGAGUGAGCAAUGUGAGUGGAAGCGGCUACUCUUCUCCUUGUUUUUCACUCUUUGAGCAUUCACAGUGACAGUGACAACAAAUAGGAAGAACGGCAUGGCCAUGGGACUCUGGAGGUUGAUUGUGGGCCUUGGCAGGUAUGUGAUAAUGCUGACCCUUGCUUGGCGCAAGCACAAAACCUCACAGGCAUUGCAAACACACGUCCCAGUACAGUUGCAUCUUUCCUUGGAAAUAUACCUGUGUCAGGAGGGUUGACGUUCAGUUGUCAUAUGUUACCAACUGGGAUACAGCAUCCAUGCUUUACAUUUGAAACAUUUGGGUGAUGUCUUGAUUGGAAGCCUUCCCCUUUUCAAAGGACUUGAGCUAAAGCAAGGUCAGCAGCACAACUUAUUCAUAACUCUUGCUGGUGCAUGACUUUGGCUUGACUUGUGUAGCCUCUUGUCUAUCCUUGCUUCCUCAUCUGUGUGAUAGCCCUUUGGUGCUAGCAUUAUGCUUGUUUCAAAGUGGUGAAAUAUAGUGAAAUGAACUGUCUUGUUCUGAAUGGUGUAGCAUCCAUAAGAUAGAUUUAUUUUAUGAUCUUAAUAUGUGCUGCUUUUAUAUUGGAGGUGGAGGGGGAGAAUUGUUGGCUGGGUAAUGGAUUUGGACAGAUGAUAUUCUUAAAUUUACUUGUCUACUUUUCUGAGUCCUUACUUUCUAGGAAAGGUAGCAACUUUUUCUUUAUAGCUGUACUUCCCUUUUUUCUUUUUUCUUUUGGGUUAGAUAAAUGUCCCACAUGGCUUCAUCUCGCCCACAUGGUCCAUUAUUGCCAGUUGGCUCAGUCAUCCAGUGCUUGGGCUCAUCAUACUGAAUUAGUUUCCAAAAAAGAGAUGCCAUGCUGUUUCCAUCCACUAAUCUAGUGUGGGUUGGAAGGAUCUGAUCCGAAGCCAAAGCAGAACCAGAUAGGAUUGGAUUACAUCUAAUAUCCUUGCCAAAGUAUUGUCAAGUUUUGCAACUUUGCUUUCUGGGAAAAGGCUGCUUUCAGUAUUAAUGUUUUUGUUCACAUAAGUGAUUCUGCAAGUAAAUUCCAUGAUGCAAAUUGUAAUGUGGGAAGGGCUUAUGCUAUAAUUAAGCCAUUAAGCAAAGUGUCAUAUGCAUUACUGAAGAGUAAUGGCUCCUAUACACAGGUAUAAAUCCUUCAUAAAUGGUGGUUUGUAGGAGCAUAAAGGAUAAGCCCACAAUGUUGUCCAAAUUGACAGCUAGUGCAAAUGCAUGGGCAAGUUGAGCGAGGUAGGUUGGGGCACUUCGAAAGAAUGGCAACCGUUCAUAAUCUACUGGAAUAAUGUCCAGGAAUAAUACAUUCACAAAUGUUAAUGCUUUACUGUAGUUUACUUACCUUCUAACACAUAUAACUGGCUAUCGCAAAAGUGUUGCAUGCAAUUUGCUUUCUUCCAUUUUGCAUUUGAUAUUUCCAAUGGAUGCGUUCGUGUAAUUGUAAUUUCACCAACAGAGGAAAGGCCAGCUGUAUGGAUGCUGUUGAAUUUCUCCACAGAUGCAGCUCUUGAGGGCUGGAUUUUUUGGGCCAGCAACACCAUAUGCAUAGAUUGAUGCACCACAGCAAUUCACACUUAGGGGCCCAGGCUAAAGCCAGGUCAUCCCACAGCUGGACCAAGUCGUGCUCAGAGGGUCCAGAAAGAGAAAGGCUUCUGGUGAAGAGGAGAAGGGCGUUUUGAGAAGCGUGUUGGGGAUGUAACCAGGGGUUGAAGGGUUACAAUGUUUGCCAGGGGCCCUGGAGUCCGCAAACUGUGCCCUGGAGACUUUUUGAGGAGGAUGGUCCAAGAUCAUGUGCACAUUUCUGGGUCCUGGAACCAAGGUUUUGGCUGGUGGGAGAGGGUGAUCUCCAUACCGCCCUUCACUCCAGUCAUGCUGCAGUUUUCUCAAAGCCUCCAGGAUAUGUCAAGGGGCCUGUGCCCUUUCCCUCUGACUUGGCCAAAGCUACAACUCAGUGUCUGUUGCUUCUGUGUCUGAUGUGGAUUCUUGCAUGUUAAUGGCAAAAAGGCUGAAUACUGGGGAAUUUCUGAGAGGGAGGUACUCGAGGAAAGAAGCUCAUAGGGUCUAAAAUAAUACUUGUACUAAAAUAAUCAUUGUGCUGAAAUAAUACUUGAAAACCGUGUUUUGAAACCUGUUAAGUCUUUGUGGUCUUAGUCGUCCUGUAAUCAGGAUUUGUACCUGCAUAGGUGAAAGGCUAGAGGAUUAUUUUUGGAGCAUGAGGUCAUUGUUCCCCUUCCCUUUAGCAGUGUAUUUUGGGUGCCAUUGAUAAUGGAGCAGAGCCAGGACCUCACACCCUCAGUUCCUUUUCUUUCUCUUUUGCUACCAUGGCUGUAGGAGAGAGGGCUCAACAGGGGGGUUCUAGUACAUAGUCUACCCCAUCAGUUUCUAAAAAGUUUAACAUUGGAUUAAAUGAAGUUUCACAUAAAUUAUCUGAAGAAGCUAAGGUGGUAUCCCUGCAAAAAUGCUGGAUUCUUUGAAACAAAAGGAAGACAGUGCACCGAAACAAUAUUGUGUCCAAACAAAGAGGCCAAUGGAUUCAGAAAGUGGUUUUUUAAUAUAAAUCUUACCUAUACUUGGAAAAGUUAUCCUAACCUGUCUUGGGCUGAUGGAAGUUGCAGUCCAUUGUAGGGCACCAGGUUGAGGAAAAGAAAGGGACUAUCUGGAUCCAAGUCUCAUGACAUUUGUACAAUUCUAAACUAAAGUGCUCCUGGAAAAUAUAUCUAAUAUCAUUCUUCAUCUCUGUUUCCAGCACACUUCUGUGGUGGGACUCAUGGGGACUCUGUGGUUCCAAGAUCAGGCAAGAAUUCCACUUCUGUUCCUCAUAGAUAUUAAACCCAUAAGCUUCUAGAAAGAUGAUAGGGCUAAUAAAAAUUCAUAAGAAUUAGAUCUGGAGUUUGAUGUUUAUUUAGUGAUGCCACUAGAUUAUGCCUUCUAUAAAACAGGUGCACAUGUAUAAGUGAACAAAUCCUGUUAGCAGGGACUAUAGCUUUUAAUUUUUCAGCAUUGUGGGACUCAGUCCUGAUUCUUUGGAAGCUUAACUUCAAAUUCAAUGGGCAGGUAUGUCUGUAAUUCUUUUCUUCCAGAACCUUUGAUAACAUGCCCUAUGGUCAAUGAGCAUCCUUAUAUUUCCAGCUUGGAGAAGACAAUUGUGGAAUCCUCUCCUGCUGUCCCUUGCAAGAGUUCAUGCCCUUCACCCCAGAUACUUUAACACACAAACAGAGUGCACCCAUCUUUUGGGGAUCUUUGCAGUCUCCAUUUAAGAGCACUGAAGAUCCAGGUUUUUGGGGGGUGGGGGUGGGAUUGAGUAUGUUCUUUCCAUGUCUAUAAAAGUGCCACGCGCAGGAUGGGCGUAAAUGGAUUGCUCAUGUUCUUUCCCCCAAAGCCCUCUGAUCCUUUCCCCUGUGUCUUGUGGUACAUUAAAAAAAACAACAACUCUAGAACAGGAGUGAUGUAGAAACUCAUUUAAAGUUUACUUGGAUGCUGUCUCAGCUAAUAUAUCCCAGUUUAAAGGACAGUAUCUUCUCUCAUCCAAAGAGAAGUGUCUGAAAGGCAUAUUUCACAAGAUUGCUCUAGUCCACACUGCAGCACCACACUUUUAACUGAUGUGAAGUUCUCUGAACUGCUUGCUAAAUGUUCAUUAGAUUGUCUUUUCUUCCGCAUUGUGCUUUUGUAGCAUUUUGGUUACUCUAGGAGAAUUGGUAAGCAGGAGCUUAACAUGGCAACACUUGGUUUCCAAAAAUGGAUGCAGAUGACUUUUUUUUCACAACCCAGUUUAGAAUGUCUCUAUUCGAUAUAAGAAUUUAAAUAAGAUGAUAAAUUGCUGACAAAAUGUUAUAACGAUGAAAGUGGGAGCGGGGGAUGUGAGGAAGUCCAAAGAAAAUGUGAAACUAUGUUAAGACAAAUGUUAUAUUGUUUAUUAUGUUUAUUCUUAUUGUAAAAUCCAAUAAAUUGCUUUAAAAAAAAAAAAAAAUAGAAUGUCUCUAUUCUCCUCUGUCCUGUGUUUUCUGGUAACCAGGACAUAGAUCUGCUUUUAAUUCUGAAUCCAUCUUGCACUCUUUGUGUUCGCAGAGCUCUUACCUUUUAUCUGUACACAUGGGACUUCUUAUUCCCCAGGCAAUACCUAGAUGGAUUAUAUCUGCAACUUAACUGCAAAGUCAGCAGAUUUGUCCUUUCACUUUGAACGUGGAUGUUCACUCAACACAAGCCCAAGCUGCUGCAACAGUACUUUGAAGACUGUUUGGUUGUCCAUCCCUACUCAACUUUGUGAAGUGCAUGGACCCAUUGAUAUUGAUGGCAGAAAAUAAGCCAUUGUAAGCAGGGCAGUCUUCAGGUGCAUUGGUGUGAAUGAGCCUCUACGGUUCCCUUCUGGGCAACUUGAGAGCCAAACACCAAUAAUGGGUGAGGUCACAGGCAAAAGUGGAUAUAGUAACCCAUGUUGGCUGCUUUCUUCACACACCCCUCUAGCUUCCAUUUGGAGAAGAAAGAGGCAUUAUCAGAAUCCAGAGAUACAUUCCAGGCAGCCUGAAAGUGAGGGGGAUGGCCUGGGGAGGGUUCUGAGGGCCAGAUACAGAAGCAUUGAGGGCUGCAUUUGGCCCUCAGGCCUGAGGUUUCCCACCCUUGCUUGGCCCUCUUCUCCAGGUCCAACAUGAAAAAUCUCCCAAUUGGGGACUGCACAGAGGCUUUGAAAGACAAAACAGAAUCAUACUUGGCAAUAAGUGUUGCUUUUUCAAAGACACCAGUCAAACAAGGGAGGGUAGGAAGAGUGAUUCAGACUCCAAAAGGCCUGGGAGUUUCCAUGUAGACCUCAAUGGUUAGGCUGCAGAGCCAUUUGAAGAGCAACAGAUAAAUGCAGCUAUGUUUUUAAUGCUGCUUCUUCAGCAUUUUCACCCAAAUACGUCAGACUAGAAUGCAUCUUGAAAGUCUUCAGUUUUGCAUCCAUCUCUUUGGCAAGUCUAUACAACUAGGACUCCAUGAUGCAUAAAUGGAUUUAAACAUUGUGGGUAGGGCAGUAUCAUUGUUAUUGUAUUUUAAGCAUCUCUUUGCAUCAGAAAUUCUUGAUUCCUCUUGAAAAAAGAUAGUAUUGAUCGGUUCAGUUUGUCAAGAGCACUUAUCGGUAGUAGCAGAGUCUAUGGAGGCAAUUUACAUUUUUAAAUAUUUUUUGGGGGGGGCUUUACAUUUCUGAGCGAUAACCUUUUUUAUUAACUAAAAGAUACUUGAGAUGAUAAGCAUAUCUUGCCUUGUGUAAAACACCCACCCACAGGAGUCCCUCCAUUCCCUGUAAGACCUGCUGUGUGUUUGUGUGUGUGCAGGAUCUGUUUGCCCAACUUGGAGCAGGUAAAGAAAACUGCAAAAACAAAAUCAGGGCCCCUGUCCUUUAAAUGUAUUUCAGUUUGCAUUUUGAUUGCAGUUUAGAAACGUUAUCACCCACUUUGUCACAGACAUAAUUCACAUCUUUCUUCAGGCACUGUAAACAAGAGAAAUGGUUUAAUGGCUCCCUAAAAGGCACUCUGCACUGAUAGCUGAGAUUAGACCCUUUAGUAAUGGAUUUUUGCGUGCUGGAGAAAGAGGGGGGAGGGAGGGCUUGGCAGAGGGAAAUGUACUGGAAAAGAAUCUUUGAGAGGCAGUGAUGAUGUAUCUGAAGUGCCUUCUGCUCUAAGUCUUAUGCAUGGGCAGGUAGAUGGGUUUAACGAGUCUUCGACACUGUGGGUUUUAUGAGUACCCUUUUGCCUCUGGAAUUUAACUGCAUAUUAAUUGAGGUCAUCUCAAUCAGUUCAUCACCUGGAGACAGAGUGAGAUCAGCCGAGAUAGAGGAGUAUGGCUGGCCCAUCUUUUCUGCUCGCUCUCAUGAAAAAGCAUGUGCCCUGUGCACAUUGCUUCGUUAUGAGACUCUUCAUUCCAGAGCACUUCUAAAAAUUCCUUGAUUGGGCCGAAAGUGAGUAAAGCUUUCUUGAAGACGCAGCUUUUGCUUUGUGUUAGAACCAACCCACACACCCAUUUCUGGUAUAUGUUUCUGUGGCAAGUCUUGUGUCUUCUUUUGCUUCCUUUUGUGGUCGAGUGCAAAGUUUCUCUGGUGUGCAUUUUUGGGAUCUGGCAUAGAUAAGUUGCAUGAAGGUUUGCAGAAGCCAAUGAUUUGUAACUGGCAGUGGUUUGCACCAGUCUCUGCAUAGAAUGUGUCUGUACUUUGAUUGGUUUUUAAAUAUACAGAUACCUUUUGCUCUGGAUUCUACAUAAUGCAGAAUCUCAGCGUCUAGGGUGGGAGCUUGUCAAAGAUUGAAUAGGAAGGGUCUUGUGUGUAUAUAUAUGUGUGUGUAUGUAUGCAAACAUGGAAGUCUUACUCCAGGCUUAAUCUCUUUCUCAUUCUGAUCAGGCCAGGCAUUUUAGUUGAAAAGACUUUUAAAUUUAAUGUAUUUUCCAGCCUUUUACUGAGAAGUAUCCAGCACAGUUUGCCUUUGUUCAAGCUUCUCCCAUCAUUCAUGAGUUGUCCUGUUUGAAAAUCAUUGUAAUUCACAUCUAGUACCAGCAUUCAUAUGACUCUUGUACACUUGGCUCCUUGAGAUGAUGAGGCCUUGUCUGCAUGUAUGUGUUGCCUUUUUUAAAAAACCGGGUUCUCAGAGAUUUGAAAAGUGGUUUGCAGGAAUUUUCCUUGGACUUGUUCUUUCUGUGGGUGAUUCAUUUCUUGUCACCCUGCUUCAUACAAGCAUCCUAGGUGAACAUCAAGAUCCAGGAGGUUAGAAAAGGAAGCAAAAAUGAAGGGAAAAUCUAGGUUUCAUGAAAUCUGUACAGAGACUUGCAUGUAAAUGCAAGCUUCUGCCCAGUGUAAGUGCUUGUGUUUGUUAAUGUGUGAUUUGUGGAAGGGGCAUUUCACUAAAACUUCCUGGACUAUAGGAUUUAAGAAGAUGUCCUGAGGGUCAUGUCAAAGGAUUUGGUGAUCAGCAAAUUGCGCUCCCCAUUGGUGCAAUAAUCCACUUCUAAAUGCAACAGUUCAUUCUGAUCUUCCAAGGAGUAAUACUUUGUGUAAUCCAGCUCACAGUGCUCAAUCUCAUUUUUACUACUUUCCUCCUACGGCUUAGUUUUAUACUAGAUGAUAUGUGGUCUUAACGCUGAAAUACUUAGUUGUAGAGAACUGAAUGACAGAAUUAUUUAUCCAAAUCACCAACAACAAUCUGUAUAACUUGUAGUGUUUUAAUCUUUCAUAGAGGAUAUUGGUACAGUAUGUUUGAAAUCUAGAAAUGCUCUCCAGAAGCAAUUUGGGGGAGGGAAAGUUCCUCCCCCCCCCCUGUAUCCAAGGAAUUGAGAACCAGGCAGCUGAAUUGCUUAGCUUAUUUAUAGUUGUGUUAGUCUUUCCAUAUAGAUGCUGAUAGAAGGUAACUAAUUUAUCCAAAGUCCUUCCCUGCAUUGAAAUACAGUUUUGAAGAUUCCAAUAUAGCAUGUAAUUGUAGUAUGACAUCAACAGUGAAAGCGGGUGACAGUGGAAGUUUGGCACUAACAGUCUGGUUCCUAGCACCUGGUUAGUGUGCUAGUAUAAUUCAUUGAAAUUUUAAAUAUGGUCUAACAGCUACCAUUGGAAACAAACACAAAAGUCUGCCUCUUGCUUCAGCAAGCCGGGCCGUUUUUAAAUGACAGUGCAUAAAAGUUUUGCAUAGUAAACAUACCUGCGGAACACCCGAGGAUUUAUUCAAAUUUUAAAAGCAUGCUAUCCGCUUUGGCAGCAGUGAAGAUCAAAAUCCUUGGAACACCAUCUGCCAAACACUACUGCUUUGACCUCACUGCCCUCCCUCAAUGAAGAUUGUACAGAAACAAUGCUUGGUGAAUUGCCUCUUGGGAGUUUUUGAGGGUCUUGUCCCCUAAAGAGGGGAGGGGGUGACAUGAAAGAGUUAACCUCCCUAAUCCGAGAUGCUGCAGUUAAGAGAACCCAAAAUAGCGGGGGUGAUCUUAAAUUAAAACUCCAGCACGGCAGCCUCCUAGCUCUGCAUUGUGGACCUAGCUAGUCCCUCUUCUGUAAAGCAAAAUAAAAUGUACCUUGCAGCCGAAGCAGAAGGCAGGAGCCGUGUUCAGUGAAAGUAAUUUAAUUAGUGUUGAUCAUGACUCCAGAUGAUGGUGAUUUGAUAAGGAAUAAUUUAGUACUUAACAGCCUUUUACAUCUACCAACUCCAUGUGGGAAGGUAAAGCAAAUUGCACAAAAUGAAUGUGCUGCUUUUGCUUGUCUCAGUGCCAGUGAGCUGGAAAACUGCCUGUUAGCAGCUGCUCAGGUUCUCCAUGCUGUGGGUGAAAACACUCCAGCAUUUCUCCACACUGGAGUGUGAUGUGGGAGUUUCUGUGCUUUCCCCCAUUUUGAAAUAAAAACGGGAAGCUAUUUUUACAUACAGUAAAAUUGGCUGCGGGGAAGGAAACAAAAAGGCAGAAAGUUCAGAAAGUAAAGUGGUUUUGUGUUGGGGUACAGGAUAUACCAGUUUCUGGAAGCCACAGGAGGGGAGAGGGCUCUUGGUCUCAGGUGGUGCGCCCAACAAGCAUCUGGUGGGCGACUGUGAGAACAGGAUGCUAGACUUUGAUGGGCCAUUGGCCUGAUGCAGCAGACUUGUCUUAUGUUCUUAUGAUUUAGAAGGGAAAGGAAUGUUCUGAAAAUUAUUUGUGUCAAAGGUCUGGUUCUCUUACCAGUCCUUUAAAAACAUGAAGAAUGGAAUUCUUUAGGGCCUUUAGAUCCUGAUAAGAGGCUCGAUGACCACAGCACUCAUAUCUUGGAAGCGCAAGGAUGACUGCUUGAUAUCAGCACAUCCAAAUACAUCAUAAGGCGUUGAGGAACAGUCGUGCCAUCACUCCUGGGCUUUUCAAAUUAUUGUUUAUUAUAUUGAUAUCCCACCUUUCCUUCAAGGAACUCAGUAUGAUAUACUCUGUUCUCCCCGAGGCCAUUUUAUAUUCACAACAACACUGUGAUAUAGGCUUGAGGGGAGUGGUUAAGCUGAGAAAUGGUCACCCACUGAGCAUCGUGGCAAUCUUGGUCUCCCAAUUCUAGCCAAGGGAUGAAGAAACCUGUGACCCGUUAAGAUGCUACUGGAAUACAGCUCCCCUUAUUUCUGACCAUUUGCUAUGGUGACUGGAAUUGGUGGGAUCUGGAGUCCAAAGCAACUUGAGGGCCACCGGUUCACCUCUCCAUUCCCCUCCAGCUACACUAUACUUGCUCUUCAUUAGACAGCAGACUCGGACCACGAUGGUGAAUAUUAAAACCUAAGAAGAGCUUGAAAACAUAUAUUUCCUUGUCUACUGGGUUCUUUUUCUAGAAUAAAGCUAUCGAAGACUUCUGGGUAGUUUGAAAGUUGCCAGUAGAGGUUGGUCUAGUGAAAGAGAUGCCUUUUCACCUAUUUUGCAUCUUAUUUUCUAGAGCCAAUAUAACGAUUGUCGACGCCGAAACCAAGUUGGUGCCUUAUAAACACGGGUGCUGGUGGCCUCUUUCACAUGUCGUGCUACAUGAAACCACUGGGCUGUGCGUGCAGUUAGGGUGGCAGCAGAGGGUUGAUAGAAGUAUUUUAAAAGUUUCACCACUAUAUUAAUCUUAAGUAAAAUAUCAAAACUGAAGUGGUGGUCUACUUUCCCAUUCUUCUUCUAGAAGUUUAAGAAGUGAACCUGUAAGAGUGAAUGUCUUUUGGCCCCCUGGCAAUGGGCAGCUUCUGCCCACUGGGGCAAACAGGGCAAAGGACAGGGAAGAGAGGGCAGGGAAGCUUAAAGCAGGUGGUGCUGGCCUAGGCAAAGCCAGAGUUCUCAGUACACUGACACAUGCAGAGAGAUAUGCACACAGAGUUUAACUGAGGGAAGGACAGAGGGAGAAGGGAAGAACCAGAGGCUUUCAGGGAUAGCCAACAUGGAGCCCUCCAGAUGUUGUGGGAUUGCUGUUUCCAACAUCCAUGUCGUUGGCCAUGCUGACUUGGCAAAGAGUGAGUAAUUACAAUGUGGAGAAAGGAAGUGGGAGAGGGAACUCUGGUGUUAAGAGCUGUAAUGCUGUAGGUCGAUUUCUGUCCCUUUUGCCAUUAUGGUCCACAGCCCAAGUCUCUCAGGCCAUAACGUGUUUUGCGCAGGUACAUUUGCUCUAAGUCUAGAGCAGCUGUCCCCAACAUUGUGUCUUCCGCAUGUUUUGAACUACAACUCCCAUCAGUCCUGUGGAGAAGGGCCAAUGAUCACAGAAGACGGGUGCUGUAGUCCAACAACACAGAGUUAGGGAAGACUGCUCUUUACCAUUUCGUGGGCCAUUUGUGUGGCUUAGAAUGAUUUAAAUUAUUUUUUUUAAGCAGCUGUAAAUAUAAGUCAUAAUGAACAAAUUUUUAGUGCAUUUAUUUAUAAGACCUUUGUUUCCUAGUUUAUAUGGCAGAUUGAAGGGACACACCCUACCCCAGGGAUUAAAAAAAAAACAACUGCAGAAAAUAUUCUGCGGUAGAAUUGGCCACAUAAUGGAUUGCAUCCAGCCUAAUUUUGGCUGUGUACACACUACACAUUACACAGGUCCUCCUUUUUCUCAAUUUGGAUUGAAGCUGGAUUGGGAAAACACAUAAAAAGAAUGGCAGGAUGGAUAUGGAUUGUGGCUGUCAUGUGAAUGCUGCUUCCCAAAGCAGUGGUGGGAGAGCCUCGGAUGCAAAGUAAGCAGGAGUGUGUACACAGGUAGGUCUCAUUGGCAUAAAUGUGAAUAGUGAGUCAUAUUUUUGUCCCACUUUAUUUCAGUGUGACUCAAUGCUUAGGCUGCAGUCCUAGUAUACACAUUUAUUUGUUGAGCAUUGUAGGACUUACAUUUGCGUAAACAUGCAGCAGGUUGUUCUGGAUCCAGCUGCACAUGUUCUUGAACAUGUGAACAAGUGCAAAGAAUGCUGAAGAGCACAUGGUUUGUAACAACCCUAUAUUGUUUGUUAUAUAGUGGUAGUUAUGCAGUAUGAUGUCCCUGCAUGUGAUUUUGAUAACUGGUGAACUGUGUUAGAAACUGAGAUAUGAAAGCUAGGAGCUAAAUGGCACAUUGAACCUAGAUUAUGGCUGCAACAACGGAAUGUCUAGGUGCAUUUUUUAAAAUAAGAAGCAUACAAAGCUCAAUAUGAGUAAACUGUAGCUAAAAUAGUAUGUUAAUUUUUUACAUGGGAUAGUCGUUCCCAUGCCCACCCCCCUACUAUUCUUAGGAGGGUCUCUUCUCCAGUUUUCAGAGAGUAGCUGGAAGUGGGGAGGCAGAAAAAGGUCCUCCCUUCCUUCCACUCUGCAGUUUUAAUCUGAAGUCUUAGGCACAGGACUGCGCCCAGAGCUCAGAAAGGGCUCGCGCUAAUGAAAUUCCCUGUUGCAAAAUGCGCCUAGAACAAUGGGAGUUUCGAACACUGCUGGUGAAGGCCUUCUGCUGUUAGGCUCUGAAUUCAUUGAAUCAGCGUUGCAUUCUGCAACCAAAAGUUACUCUUCUCCUCUGCUCCCCAGCCCAAUGAUAUUUUGAAGCUCUUUCUCCUAGUAAGUACAAUACCUCUGAUAUAAAUUAUAGUAGCUGAAAACAAAUGCAAAUGGGUCAUUGUUUGUUUGCUUGCUAAUGAGCAGGAAUCUUGGCCAUGCUUCAGUUUUAAAGGCUAAAAGCACUAAUAACACAAAGGAUCCCUGGUGUCUAUUGACACCCAAAGAUGUUCCUGAUAAUUCUCUCUCCCCCCCUCUCUCUCUGCAUUUUUACUCCAGUGAUUUAAUUAAUCAUUCAUUUUGUUAGCUGCACUAAACCAAGGGUAGGGGGGUGGUUUCCUUGUCCCACAUUGAAGGCAAAAUUGGAAAUACAAUGAGCUACUGGGCUGCAGCUCAUUUGCUUACUUUAGAUAUGUUGAGUUAAUAUAAGCACUGGAUUUGCAUAUCAUUUGCAUGAAUCCUGGAAGGUGCCAAACUGGAGUUGAUGGACAUGUGGUGUUGAUGCACCUGUUCUUUCCUUUGAAUGUUUUAUGCUUCUAAUAGGCAUUCACCAUUUGCGUAUACAGUGUAGCCUUUGUAGAGGAGAACAGGAAGCACUUGUAUACAUGGUUGGGGUGCUAGAUUGUGUCGGUUAUCAUCGAACGUGGAACAAAAAAUUGGCAUCCCAGAGUGGGAAACUUACCGUAAUAGGUUGCUUGGAGCAUUGUGAGGAUUGCAGGUUGUGUGUGUGGGAAUACAUUUUAAUGUGUGUCUUUCAUUUUGCUACAAUCCUGAUCCUUAAGCAUUUUUUAUCAUAUUUUCAUGAGGGCUAGAAAUGUGUUUUACGUCUUUAAAUUCUGAAAUCCAGUUUUACAUAUUUGAGGAUCUGCAGACGACAACAAAAUGCUUUUUGAUGCCCGUUUUUAAUGUGAGACUGUGCAGGCUGAAAUAUGCGUGUUUGUGAACCAAGCCACAUGGCCAGGUUCAUGCUGAAAGUCAGGCAGCACAUGAUGCACUUGUGCAGUGCUGAACAAAUCAGGAUGGUGCUGACUGAGGCUACAGUAUCAUAGGCUGAGCCGUACAGUUUUGAAGUUUGAUAGGUGGGAGAAAGUAUAGUCAAUAUGGUGCACUUCAGAUGUGCAGCUCUCAUCAUCCCUGAAUGGUGGGGGCUGAUGGGAGUUGUAGUCCAGCCACAUCUAGAAAGCAUCACGCUUGUUACCCCUAAUCCAGAGUCUUCUCCGAAAAGCAGGUACCUGUUGUCCCGAUGACACACGUACAUCAGUAGAAACCUGAUUUUAGACAGCAGGCGAGAACAGUAUAGGGGAGCAGUUUCAUUCCGCCCAGUGCCAGGUUUAAAAUGGAGCCGAACCCUCUUGAUUCUCUCAUCUGAUUGUUAUUGCUUGAAAUGGCUUAGUUUCUGUUCUCUGUCUUCUUUCUUUCCAGUGGCUUUCCAUGGUCUCCCAGUGAAAAUCAAGAAAGAACCGCACAGUCCGUGUUCUGAACUCAGUUCGUCUUGUAGUCAAGAGCAACCAUUCAAAUUCAGUUAUGGGGAAAAGUGCCUGUACAGUGUCAGGUAAAGUAGCAGGUGUAUUUUUGUAGUAAAAUAGCACAAAACCACUGAUAGGAGUGGGGGGAGGGGGACAGAACUGUAUCUGCCUGGAGAAAGUUAUUUUUUCAGACCUGUGACGUUUUAGAAUAAUCCUUCUUCUUUUAGGAACUUUUUGUUGUCAGUAACAAUUCUCCUCCAGUGCAUCAAAUUGUAUAGUAAAUGAGAAAGGGUAUUCCGAAAUACAUUCAGCCUAAAAUAAAACAGUCUUCAAGCAUCUGGGGUUCAUUCCUAACUCCCUCCCCUCCCCCCUCCACUGUAUUUUGUGGUAGCAUUUUCAGUGACAAGCUGUAGUAUUAAAGCUAUGAUGGUAAUUGAGCUGUAAAAGUUCCCCUUCCCUUGCAGCUGCAGCCUGGUCUAAAUACACAGCAGAAUAAAGUUGAAAAAUCCUGAGGCGUUAGAAUGGACUAUACUACUCCAGAUUGAAAGGGGAGGUAAACAAAUAUUUUAACAAUCUCCUCUGCAGGAGAAUGGGCUAGGUUAGAACCAAUCUCUGAAAUACUUUUUUGGGGGGGGAGUGUUGCUGUUUCUUACUUUCAUUUUAAAGUGGUACAGUCCCCUGUACUGCCUCAGGAUUUUUCGCACAUCAAGCAUUCUCUUCCUUAUUUUUUCUGUUUUUUUGUCUAUUAGAAAAUGAAAAUGAAAAUUAUAAAAACAAACAAACCAAUAUUACGAAGCUUUAGACCACGCACCCCUAAACUCGGCCCUCCAGAUGUUUUGGGACUACAAUUCCCAUGAUCCCUAGCUAACAGGACCAGCGGUCAGGGAUGAUGGGAACUGUAGUCCCAAUACAUCUGAAGGGCCGAGUUUGGGGAUGCCUGCUUUAGACUGAUGAGAAGAAAUUUACUGAAGAGCGAUGGAUAUAUUUACAUCCUUACCCGACACAUUCUAAAUGUGGGUGUCCGCUGGAAUUUUCCCGGUGUGGUUGGGGGAAUCAAAACAGUGAAAAGCGGGGUGGGAAGCAAGCUAGUUUCGCUUACACAGAAAGAGAAGAAGAGUGCCUGUACACUUUGCCUCAUAGCUCAAAUUCUACAAAUACAAAAAACUUUAAAAAAAAAAAAAAAGCUAGGGAGUUGGAGUUUAUGGUUAAUUGGAGGGGAGGCAGCCCGUGAUUCUAAACUCAUUUUAAAGUAAUAAUAUUGUUACAUAUAGCCACCAAGCAUUUGCCUUCCCUUACAAUUUGAAUUCCAAAAGGGAGGUUUUUGGUUGCCCCAAGGUUGGUAGGUAAGGGUGUGUGUGUGUGUGUGUGUGUGUGUGUAAGUACUUUUUAAAAAAUGCAUUACAUGCAUUAGGUUGAAAGAGUCCUUCCUGCAUAGACAACAAGCCUGGGCAAAAUGCAUUAGGUGUUCUGUUAACUUUUGCAGAUGAUAUGUGUGUUCAUUCAUGGAUGAUUACUAAAAAUCACAUUUCAUUCGGCUUUACAGAUACUAUUAUCUCUUCAGAAACAGGUUUCUUCCCUUUGGGGAACGAAGGGUGGAGAGCAAGACUUUUUUAAUGGCUUGUAGAAUAAUUUUUAAUUGGUGUGAUAGCAUUAUGCUCUUUAAUAGCUUUCGCUUUUGGAAGCUUUAGUUUGCCGGCACAAAGUUUCUCCAUGCAUUGCUUCUCCAAAAUCUCAGAAGAAGGAUUAUAAGUUGACUGCAUAGACAGACUUAUUUCUCCGUAGGAACUUUCUACAAAAUGGUCAACAAACUUUUGCACCACCAAAGGACGACGGUCCUCUUAUAACCAGCAGUAAGAACACAGACCCAAUUCUUGCCCAUUAUAUUUCACCCCAAAAUGUUGAAGACAAAACCUCAGUUAACAAAACAUAUAUUUGGCAUACGAAUAUGCUGUCCCACUUGAGCUAGUUCCUUGUUGAAGACCUUUUUUUUUUAGUUAGAGGUUGGCUCUAGCAUUUUGAAAUGUCACCAGUGUCUACAUUGUAUAUACUAUUCCUACCACUUGGUAGGAGAGUUUCCUUUUGGCAGUAUUUGGGCUUUUUCAAGAGCUUGGCUUUGGAAUGGCAUUUGGAUUUCUCAUGUUUAUAAAUUAAAAAAGAACCUAGUUUGCACGUCACAUUAAACCAUAGUUAAACACAAAUAAGAGUCUGCAGGUGCACGCGGCUUAAAAUUCUUCACUUUGCUCCUUGUAGUGCUGGUAGCAACAAACCAUAAGCCUUAAAAUGCUUUGUUUGAACCUGGACUUGUGACUUGUGUCUCUCCAAACAAACCAUAUGCAAUAACAGAGACUUGUUUGGGCUUACCACUCAGGGAAACAAACCACAAGCCUGAGUUCAGAUGACACACCAAGCCGAGGUUUGUGGGGGGGACUUUUGAACAGUGUGCACCGUCACACUCCUUGUUCUUGUUAAACCAUACUUAAACAUUGACUGUGGCUUAAUUGGGCCAAAGGUCCAUGCUGCUUGCAAGACACCUUGGUCAUUUCUCGAAGAGAAUGAAAAGCUUCUGGAGGAGCCUCCUCUAAAAACAUAGCUAUUGGUUUGAAAAAGCUGGGCAUGGAUUGAGCAAAGUGCUUUUGCACAAUGUUUUAAUACGUAGAAGUGUAGGUCUAUUGGUAGACUGGUUCAUUCAUAACGGUCCUGGUCUAAUAAAGUCAUCAUAAGACUGUGAAUGAGUAUUGUGCUUGCUAACUCAUCUCUCCCUUUGCUCACAUUCUUCAAUAAGAGACUACUUGACUUCAUUAAAGCAUAAUUCUUUGUUGCAUCUGAACCAGAAUCUGUGGAUCAGAUCCUGGUUUCAUACACUGAACUGCAGAAUGUUUUGUAUACUAGUUUGUAGCCCCAAGAUUAAUCCACAGUUUAUUAGUUCAGUUGCACUCUGCAAGAACAGACAGAUAGGUGAUCCUUGGGUCUUGCACAGUCUGUUGCAAAGUGUUCCACGAGACUCUUCUGUUGCACAGCCAGUUCACAAUGGGCUUCUUAAGACAACCAGCUGAUUGUUGGCUCUUGCAAAAAACUCAUUGUUGGGGUCCUGUGGGAUACUUUGCAGCUGACAUUUCUAGUCAACAUUUACUUGUUAGGUAUAUUACACCCCCAACUGUUCUUUUCCUAACUUUCAAAUGGACGCAGGAAAUGAUGGAUAGAGAAUGUUUUGUCCAUUAAUGAGGUGUUAGUAAAACCCAGGUUUCCCAUGUCUAUGAUGACCAAUGCCAGUCAUUGGAUCAUAUAGGACCGCUUUAUACUACGUCACACUACUAGCCUAUCUAGUUCAAUAUUAUCUGCACUGACUGUCAGCAGCAGUCUAGAGAUGUUGGUGUUUGAACUGAGGACCUUUUUGCAUGCAAAUCCAUGUGUUCUGCCACUGAGUUUGUGACAGUACUGGCUAUAUGGCACUGUGUAUAUGGGGCUAAUGUGUCAAUUAUUUGCAACCCUUUAUUUAACUGGCAGUGCCUAUGAUCAGAAGCCACAAGUGGGAAUGAGGCCCUCCAAUCCACCAACUCCAUCCAGCACUCCAGUCUCGCCACUGCACCAUGCAUCCCCAAACUCAGCUCAGAAUCCUAAACCUGACCGGGUUUUUUCUGCUCACCUGCCUCCGUCCCAGCCCAUCCCAGACAACAGCUUCCCCAUGGACCACAGGUAAGAGAUUGCUUUUCAUUACUGCUUCCACAACAGGUGCUGUUUUCAGUGAGCAUAUUGUUUGUUUGUAUCAGUGUUCCUCGCAAAUUUGGCCAUCGCCAUUCGCCAUGUUUUUAGUUUUGGAAAGAAAACGAUGAAGCUAAGUGUCCUUGGGCAGUCUUGCUACAUUUCACCCAAUUGCCAGGAAGAUUAUGUAUGUGAAGAUAUCAUACAAGGGAAAGUAAAGGGUAAGGCUGGAGCUGUGUAUUCCAUUGAUUAUUAUUGUUGUUGUUGUUGUUUAUUAGUAUUUAUUAAAUUUAUAUACCACCCUUCAUCCAAAGAUUUCAGGGAGGUUCACAAGAUAGAAAUAUAGGAUAAAAACACAGAACAAAUAGUCAAAAUGAAACAAUAACACCCCCCCCCCAAAGGCCAUAGAAUAUUAAUCGGCCAAAGGCCUGGUUGAAGACUGCCUUUCAACAAUUGUGCUGUCUUCCAUACUUGAAGCUUUUAUAGAGGAACUUGUGAUUCUCCAUAUUCUCUGGAACUACAUGUCCCAUCAGCCUCAGUCAGCAUGGUCAAUGGUAAUGGAUGAUGGCUGUUGUAGUUAACAACAGGAGGGCCACAAGUUCUCCAUUCUUGCUCUAGUGCCUGCUUGUGUCUCUGGGUGUCAGUGAGCAAAAGGCAAACAGGAAGGUCUUUAAGGAAUGUGAAAGGUAGGCGUUAUUCAGAAGUAGUGGAUGUUGUAAACUGACAGCUCUAGGCCCAUAUUGGUACUAACUCUGAAGUUCCACUGCAGCAAAUAUGAUCAAAUGUAGCAUAAUAUUUCUAUAGAUCAUACCCACUGUAUGGGAGUAGGACAGACAGCAUAAAGUAUAUGUACAUCUAUGCAUUUGUUUUUGUGGAGCCAGAUUGAUGGGUAAUGCUGUGUAUCAGGGUUUCCCAAACUUGGGUCUCCAGCUGUUGUUGGACACCAACUCCUUUCAUCCUUAACUAGCAGGAUCAGGGAUGAUGGGAAUUAUAGUCCAAAAACAUCUGGAAACCCAGGUCUGGGAAACACUGUUGUAAAUCAUUCAGUUCAGGAGAAUGUGGCUUUUCAAUACAGCAGGUUACUAUUCUGAAUUAAGUUCUUUAUAGCCCAGGUCUAUAGGCAUUGCUGCUUGUUGUAACAAUUUGCAUAGUAUCCAUUGAAAGGGUGUGGGUUUUUCCCCCUUUGAGCUUUUUGAAAUGCAACAGCUUAGGAAAAGGAAGUUAAGCUGCCAAAACAAACUACGUUCAAAUAACUCUAGGCUGAGCAAAACCACAAAAGCUAAAAAACUGAAUUGAAGCUUCAUCUCUACGUCCCUAAAUCACCCUGCUUAGUCUUUGUGUUUGAAGCUCCUAAGGCAAAGCAUUCAUUGACUGAGCUAAAUCUAUUUUGCUUAGAUUUUGCUGUGGCUAUGUUUGAAUUGUGAUUGUAAUUGUUUAUGCAAGUCUGAUCAAACAUUUACUUAUUUGGUUAUGUUCUAACCUGCUCAGAACAUACUCAAGGAGCCAGCUCUGAUGUCAUGUGUCUUUACUUCCCCAGCCCCUGUGAAGUAAUGUAAAGACCCACAAAUGGCAUCAUAUUUAAUGGAUUUUUCCCAUUGUGGCACAAUUUUGCCAUGAUGGCCCAUGUAAUUUGAUGGUGGCUCCCUGCGUCGUUUUGACAUGUAUCCUGGUAGCAUGAUCAUUCCAACACCAUAUAACUGUAGCUUUAGGCUAUAGGAGUCACCCAUGGGUUCAAUAUUGGUGCCUGUGCCCUGCUUAUGUAAUACUUGAUAACUGAACGAGCCUCUUGCCUUCUAAAUGGCCUCUGUUAAAUCACACGUUUCAAGAGCACGGCCCAAUCUCAUGUACGCUUGCUUGGAAGUAGACGCAUUGAGCUCAGUGGGGUCUUACUUCCAAGUACCUGUUCAGAAGAUUACAUAGCCAUGCUGCUCUAUAGAUGGUGUUAUUGCAGCAGCCUUCUUGGCAAAUUCCUUUUUUACCCGUGAUGAUGAUGAUCUCGCUUGGCAUCCUGGCUCUCCUGUAAUUGUAUGGUGGCAGGGCAGAGCAAGGUUUGGGGUGGGUGGGAAACAGUGCUGUAUGGAAGAAAGAAAACUCCCAAGAAGUUUGCGGAAUUGAGUGAACCUCUGGCUUAGCAUACCUGCUGCUUCAAUAACACAGUUCGUAAAAAGGAACAAGUAUGUGGAAUAUAAAUGGUCCUAACAAGCACCAACAGGAAUCGAAGCCACUUGUAUAAACACAUGGCUUGAUUCCAUACAAAACUUCCAGUGCAAGUAUUAUUAACAUCCUUUGAGGCUUCAUAAGUGAGACUGUUUCUUAUUUUAAGUUCACUCCUUGGCAGUUUUUAAUGAUGAUUUCUGCUUCUUUUCUUUACUAAAGGGGAAAGGGGUGGGGGCAGAACAUGAGCAUAGUGCCAGUCAACUUAGCUAUUUUCUUGUGCUUUGAGGUUAAUACUUUAUUUUCUGAAUACGUGGGCAGACUGCAAAGGCACCACUCCUUUCACCAUGGCACAGAAUAUUUUUAGCGGUGUGAAAUAGACUUGCUUCCACACCAUGUCUUUUUUAUCUUUCUUUGGAAUGAAUGAGUUCAGCAUUACUUUGAAUGAAUCUGUAAAUUUAAAUUAAUCCAAGCGCAGGUUUUAUUUCUGAUCAUACUUUUAGCCCGAUCCUGUUGUUGCUGUAGGCAACGCUGAUCUAGCUUGAACAUGGCACAAGGACAAGAUGCACUAUAUAAUAUAAAUAAUAAUACUCUUCAGUCUUGGGGAUGCUCUGCCUACUGUAACUGCUCCAACUUCAUUUAAUUCUGCUUGUCUGAGUCAAUACAAUUGCCCAAAUAAAUUAAUAUUUCCUGUUUCACUUUUAAAAAUAACUUUCAUUAAUUGCUUUGAAUCUCUGGAGUUAAAAUAAUAAGAGAGCUUACAUGUAACACAUGUUAAUUUGUGGUUUACAUGUAAUGGUCAAACUAUGGCUUUCCCAUUGGGACUGUGUUUCAGGCUUGCUGAAACAAGAAAACAUUCAGUGGGUUCCAUGGAGUGUCUAGUGCAGAGGUUUUCAACCUUUUUGGGUCCACAGCUCCCUUGACCAACUGCAUUCUUUCUUCUGCACCUCUGUGGGGCUCAGAAGCCCAGUUACGCCACCUCUUGCCUGCAGAGCUGGCAGCCCCUUAGCCCUCCCUUGUGGAGGGUUCCCUCAGCCUCCUCUCUUUUCCUCUCUCCUUGGGAGUCCUCUGGACAGCUGCAGCUACCGCCCCUGAUCUCUGAGCUGUCUGACCUGCCCCACAGAGAGCUGCCUCCUCACACUGCCCCACAGGUGCCUGGGAAACACCCUGUGGCCAGCCCCAGAGGAACAAUUCACCUGGGGAGCUUGUAGCCAGGGCUUCUGCAACAAACAGCUGUGCAAGCCUUUGGGAGGCAGAGAUGCGAGAGGGCCUCAGAGGAGGGAAGGAAAGAGGAACAGAGGCCAGUGUUUCCUGCAGCACCCCUGGUCAUCAUUCAAGGUGCCCCAGGGUGCCACGGCACACUGGUUGAAAACCACUGGUCUAGUGAAUCAUCACCUUUGUCUUCUAGGUCUUACACUUUUGCUUUUACUUAUAUGCUUCAAUUCUCUCCCUCUAUUCCUGAUUCCAUAGUUUACCAAAACUUAUCCAUGUAAACUGUGGUUUGCACAAACAGUAGUUUGCUUCAAUAAACCAUAGUUAAUAUUAACCAUACUUAGGGGUUUUGACAUUACAAUAGAAUUAGUUGACAAAAAUCAAGCAAAAACUGCCAAUCUCCUUAUGGCCACGUUGGAGUUGGUUGUGGUGGGGGGAAUGUGUGAGCCUUGAGGACGCUGCUUCUUAUUCCCACUAUUGUUGAGCAUGUUUUCUGAACCAACUCAUAGUUUGCUGCUUGACAUCAAGUAAAAUAUGGUUUAUUAGGGACUCCCUGGCCUAUCAAGGUGAACAACAAAGUGGCUGAGGGUCAUCUAGUCCAACCCCCUGCAAUGCAGGAAUCUCAACUAGAUCAUAUAUGGCAGAUGGCCAUCCAACCUCUGCUUAAAAACCUCCAAUGAAAGAGAGUCUACCACCUUCCGAGAGAGUCCAUUCCACUGUCAAACAGCUCUUACCAUCAGGAAGUUCAUCUUGAUGUUUAGUUGGAAUCUCCUUUCUUGUAAGUUGAAUCCAUUGUUUUAGCUCCUACCCUCUGGAGCAGGAGAAAACAAGCUUGCUCCAACUUCCGUGUGACAGCUCUUUAGAUAGUUGAAGGUGGUCAUCAUAUCUCCUAUUAGUCUCCUCUUUACCAGGCUAAUUGUACCCAACUCGCAAAACGAUUCCACAUAAGGCUUUCUUUCCACACCCUUGAUCAUCUCUGUCAUUCUCCUCUGCACACGUUCUAGCUUGUCAAUAUCUUUCGUGAUUUGUGGUGCCCCGAACUGGACACGGUACUCCAGGUGUAGUCUGACCAUAUCUCUGCUCCAACAAAAACUACAUAACUGAGUGUUUUUCUUUCUUUUUUGCUAGAGUGGGAACAUGUGCAGAAGAGUAUGCACUCUAUUACAGCUGACUGUGCCCGCAAAUACCCCAGUAAUAAGUUCAUUAAGUUUGCAGAUGAUACAAUGAUGGUUGGUUUAAUCGCGGCUGGAGAGAGGGUGGCGGCCUAUAGGAAGGAAGUUGAGCAGUUGGGGAAGUGGUGCAGGAAAAACAAUUUACUCCUUAACUUAAAGAAAACAAAAGAGAUUAUUGUGGACUUUAGGAAAUGUAAAUUGAAAAUUCAUCCACUUAUUAUUGAGGGGAAGUGUGUGGAGCAGGUCUCGGUGUUUCAAUUUCUGGGAAUGGAGUUGAGAGAUGACCUAACCUGGGGAGAAAACAGGAAAGGCCUGAUGAAGAGAGCACAGCAGAGGUUAUAUUUUCUGAGAAUCCUUCGGAAAAAUCUCUCAAAGGACCUGUUGAUGGCAUUUUACCAUUGUACUGUUGAGAGUGUAUUAACUUAUGGUCUGUGUGUGUGGUUUGGGAGCUGCAUGGUCAGGGGAAAAACAAUUCUGUCCAGGGUUGUAAAGACUGCAGAGAGAAUAAUUGGGUGCACUCUUCCCAUCUUGGAUCAAAUCUAUGCUUCCAAGUGCCAUAAGAAAACUGCAGAGAUAGUGCAGGAUAGUGCGCACCCCGGAAAUGAUCUCUUUCAGCUUCUGCCUUCUGGAAGAAGGUACAGGGUUAUAAAGACUAGGACUAGCCGCCUGAGAAACAGUUUCUAUCCAAAUGCAAUUUUGGUUUUAAACGCAGUGUAAGGUAGUCUCUAUGGGAGUAUAUUGUAUUUAAUUAUGGGGUAUCAGAGUUUUUAGGGGGCUAAACAGGCUGGGAUAGCAGGUUUGCUGGUUUUUGAAUGUCUGAUGUAGAUUUUUUCAAUUUCGUUGUUCUGUAUGAGACAAUGACAAUAAAGAUUAUCGUAUCGUACAAAGUACAUUAUCAUAUGUAAGAGAUGGGAAUAUGUAAGAGAUGGUUUAGCAGAAACUAGUGUUUAAACCAUGAUCUUCUGAGCAUUUGGAAGUGGAAUUGGAGAAAGUAAAAACUUGAAUGAUAUGUGUGUUUUAUUCCCCCCCCCCCAUCUCAAGUGACCAAAAAUAUUCAAUAUUGUGGUUUCUAAUAGUUGUUUUUUUUUAAAAAACCACCUAUUUUUUAUCACUUAUGAGUGGUGGUGCUAGGAAAAUAAUUUUAUUAUGAAACCCUUCUCGGGGGCAACUCUCCUUAUCUAAUUCUUGCAGAUAGAUGCCUCUUGCACUGUCUCAUAGACAGGCCAGUCAAGGCAUUACUCUGCAAAAAAAUUAUAUAAGCAGUGUUUACCUUGUAGAAGGAUUUCCGUCCCAGAAAGCAUACCACCACAAAUUGUUUCUCACCUGUUGUGAGAGUUUUUCCCAUUUCUCGAAUUUUUCAUGCUGACUCCCCAUCCCACCUUUCCCCCAUUCCUGGAUUAAUAGUAGUAACAUUGCUCUGUAUCUCGGAACUGAACUCUCUCUGUGUUUGUAUCCUAGAUUUCGCCGCCAGCUCUCAGAACCUUGCAAUUCAUUCCCUCCUUUGCCUACCAUGCCAAGGGAAGGACGCCCGAUGUACCAACGGCAGAUGUCUGAGCCAAACAUCCCUUUCCCACCUCAAGGGUUUAAGCAGGAGUACCAUGAUCCAGUAUAUGAACACAAUGCCAUGGUUGGCAAUUCAGUCAAUCAAAACUUCCCCCCUCCUCUGAUGAUUAAACAAGAACCUAGAGAUUUUGCGUAUGAUUCAGGUAGGUAGAAGGUUAUUCUCUUUCUUCUUUUGUUUGGUAGGCUUUUCUUUAUUCAACGAUUUGCCUCCUCGGUAAGUCUCGUAGGAGAGGAUAACUUUCCUGAUAAAUAAGAAUACUGUACUCCUUUGAGUUUCCAUGUUGAGAUUGUUGUGGUAGAAAAGGCUUUAUUGUACUAGACACCAGACUAGCAGCCCUAUCUCAUCAGAACAGAUAAAGCUGCGUUCAAAUUGCCUUGCCAUACUUUCUCUCUCUUGAAUACUUUCCUGUUAAAUUGCAAUGGAAAUAAAUCAUUUCAGCUGUUGAGGUAGAGAACUAGUUGCUGAACUUGAUGCUGUAGCUCGUAAUACAGUUAUACAUCUGUCUGUGUAGUGAUGUCUGAGCUUCUCCUCCAGUAUUUUAGGAACAGAAUUUAAACCUUUACAUUCACGUAGCCAUAUUAGAGACUUGAUUCUUCAUCUUGAGUGCAUUGGGAAUUCAACAGGCCAAUCGAAACAGGAAUUGGGUGUCUAUGGCCCUCCAUCUCCCAUCAGCUCCAACCAGCAUGGUCAGUAGUCACCGGUGAUGAAAAGGUGCCGUCCUCCAGCAACAUCUGGAGAACCACAUGCUCCCCACCCCCCUCCUCUGGCCAUAUCUAUAUCAUUGAAUCUCUCCAUAAACACCACUUCUAUUGAUCUUAAGAAUUCUCCAGAGAUUUUCAUACUGAAUAUUCAAUUCAGAUGAAUUGCAUUUGGAUUGUAUCCUGGCUUUCAGUUGAUACUGUUCUUUUCUUUUUUAAGUAAUUAGUAAUUAUGAGUACAAUACAUUUUGCCUCUUCGGGAGACACAUGUGCUCGCUUUUUUGAUGCAAGCAGUAGGCAGCCUAUUUCAGGUUAAAGUUCCCAUGGUGUGUUAUUGCCUUGUAUGGUUAUAAGAUAAUUUUCCAUGUCUGGGAAGCCAGGUCAACAGCACCAGAGCCUGCUGUUCAGAGAACCCUUGUCCUUUGCUUAGCAAAAGGCCGAUGCUAUCGGCCACCUAUUAAGUUGCUCAGGAGGGGCUAGUUAAGGUUCCAAUCGAUAAAGCUUGAGCACUUUCCUCUUAGAAUUGAUUCCACCCCCCACCCCCACACACCUUACAGUAGGAUUAAAUCUGGAAAGAUUUGUCCAUGAUUUAAGAGUUCCUCAAAACCUUGGAACUGCUUCCUUUUAGCAUAGCAUAACAGAUGUCGCUCCUGACACUGAAAUAAAAGGGCCUACAGUCCUAGUCACCGUGUUAUGAUCUUUACAAGUGCACUUGUUCAGCCUACUAAAUUUCAAGGGCAACAAGGCUCUAUUGUCAAUGUGCUUUUUAUGUUUAGGCAAGUACUUUGUGCAAUUUCCCCCACCCUUUGUUUCCACGGGAGCUCCUACUCAUUCUUUCUCAUUUAUCCAUCAAAUGAUUUCUCCCCCUAACCUCCUUACCAUUCACAAAGAUGAUCAUCUGGUGCAGUAGUCUGCAAACUUCUGUUUUCCAUUGCUGGUAGGGAAAACUCCGCCCCCCCAUACAGUUUUGGGCAAAUAGGGAGGCCACCUUAAUGCUGUCAGUAUUUUGCAAGAGGGGUUCUGGAAAUGUUAGAUUGCCCAAGUAAAGUAAAGUAAAGUAAAGUAAAGUAAAGUAAAGCACUCUGUUACUGUGGUACAACAAAUCCACCACCCUGCCUGAACUCUUUGCAGUUAGGAAAGUAACAGAGAAACAUGUGGGAUGAACGAUGCAUAGCUACCACACAAGCAUAUGAGCAUAUGAUUUCAUGAUGAAUGAUCGUUGUCAUAUAACUUCCCCACAAGCAAACUGGAACGAAUGACCAAUUAUGCUUGCAGGGCAGCAGCUGAAGAAGGAGCAAAAAGGGUUUUCUUGUGUGUGCGUUUAUUUGUGGCUGAUUACCUGCUCUCCCUGUGCAAAGGUCAGAGGGGGCAGGGUUUCUGUUGAGGCAGGUGAUUAGCUGUGGGAGGAGCUUAUCAGAGCUUGCAGGGCAGCGGUGCAGUUUGAUCCAUCUUUUAGAUUUAGGGGAGCUAGUCUCAAACGUUUGUUGGGGGAGACCUAGGUUUUUUUGGGGGGGAGUUAUUUGUCCUGUCUUCAUGCUUUUUAUGAUGGAGGAUCGCUGUAGCCACCCCCAACGACACGUUCUCAAGAUGGAGGGUGAGGGAACAGCUGCAGUCGCCUGCAGUUCCUGCACAAUGUUUGCCAUCUUGCCAAAGGUUGCAGGCAGCUUUACCUGGAGCAAUUGCAUGUUGAUUGCCCUCUUAGAAGACAAAGUCCAGCAACUGGAGGAACGUGUAGCUGCGCUCCAAAGAAUUAGAGAGCUGGAGCUCUUCUUGGAAGCAACAGAGCACACCGUCUCCACCAAGGAGGAGACAGGGGACUCCCCUGAGAAGGAGGCUAGUUCACCAACACAGGAGCCAGAUAUAUGGAGAAACGUGACUCAAAGAAGUAGGAGGCCCAGGGUUCGCUCUGAUUGUUUAGAAAUACACAAUCGCUUUGAGGUCCUCUCCCCUAGCAUGGAAGACGAAGAGCAGACUCCAUUUGAGGAUCUCUCCCUCAUUACAGUCAAUCAGGUAUAUGAAGACGAGCAGCAAAGUCAGUCCUCAGGGAAUGUGCAGGCGACCUUGGAACAGACAGCUCACAGAAGAACCCCGACCAGACCUAAGAGGAGGUGUGUAGUGGUGAUAGGGGAUUCCCUACUGAGGGGAACAGAAGCAGUGAUCUGUGGGCCUGACAAGAUGUCUCGGGAAGUGUGCUGUCUCCCCGGGGCUAAGAUCCAAGAUGUAACUGAACGACUGCAAGGAAUCAUAAAACCCACUGACAAAUACCCCUUCCUCUUGGUUCAUGUGGGAACCAAUGACACUGCAAACAAUAGCCUCCAGAAGAUCAAAAGAGACUACGAGGCACUGGGCAGGAAAUUGAAGCAAUUAAAUGCACAAAUUGUCAUCUCAUCUGUCCUCCCAGUUGAACGACAUGGCCCAGGGAGAGAGGGAAAAAUAGUGGAAGUGAACAGCUGGCUUCGCAAAUGGUGUAAACAGGAACGGUUUGGAUUCUUAGAUCACGGACUGCAGUUUCUUGAAGAUGGACUUCUGGCAAGCAAUGGGCUGCACCUCACAAUGGUUGGGAGGAAUGUUUUUGCCAAAAAUCUCAGAAACCUCAUCAGGAGGGCUUUAAACUGACUAAUGUGGGGGAGGGAGACAGUGCUCCUGAAGGUAGGAGUCUAUCAAUUGAUGAAGAUGAUCAUCCAAAUGUCAUAGACCAAAUGGAGCAAACAGCACGCAGACCUAGUGGUGGGAGGAAAAAAUCCUUAAAUAAGAGACACGGGGGAAUGAUUAAUGGACUUCAGUGUCUGUACACUAAUGCGCAAAGCAUGGGAAAUAAACAAGAUGAGCUUGAGCUCUUGGUACAGCAAACUAAAUAUGACAUAAUAGGCAUCACUGAAACCUGGUGGGAUAAGUCCCACAAUAGGAAUGUAAUAAUGGAGGGAUACAAUCUAUUUCAGAGAAACAGACCAGACAAGAAAGGAGGAGGAGUGGCGUUAUAUGUCAGGGAUGUGUAUACCUGUGAAGAGAUCCAAGAUUUAGAACCUCAAAGCCAAAGUGAGAGCAUUUGGGUCAAAAUUAAGGGAGAGAAGAAUAACAGUGACCUCCCCAAGCCAAACGGAGGACAUAGAUGAUGCCUUCCUGGAACAGAUGGCCAAGCAUGCAAAAGGAAGGGAGAUAGUAGUAAUGGGGGACUUCAAUUACCCGGAUAUUUGUUGGAUGUCAAACUCAGCCAAGAGCAUAAGGUCAAACAGAUUCCUCACUGGCCUUGCAGACAACUUCAUUGUCCAGAAAGUGGGAGAAACAACAAGAGGAACAGCCAUUUUAGAUCUGGUCCUAACCAAUGUUGAUGACCUGGUUAGUGGGGUAGAAGUGGAAGGAUCAUUAGGCGCGAGUGAUCAUGCUCUUCUGAAGUUUACUAUACAGCGGAAAGGAGCAGCCAAGCAUACUAGGACUCAAUUUCUUGACUUUAAGAAAGCCGACUUCAUAAAACUUAAGGAAGUGCUGGGUGAGAUCCCAUGGACAGUAAUACUAAAAGGAAAGGGAGUUCAUGAUGGCUGGGAGUUUGUUAAGAGGGAGAUAGUAAAAGCACAACUUCAGGCAAUACCAAUGAGACAGAAACAUGGAAGGUGCCUAAAGAAGCCAGGGUGGCUAUCUAAAGAACUUUUAACUGAGUUAAGAUUAAAAAGGAUGUGUACAAAAAUGGAAAAGGGGAAACCACCAAAGAGGAAUUCAAACAAAUAGCCAGCACAUGUAGACACAAAGUCAGAAAAGCUAAAGCACAGAAUGAACUCAGGCUUGCUAGAGAGGUUAAAAGCAACAAAAAAGGCUUUUAUGGGUAUGUUCGUAGCAAAAGGAAGAACAAAGAAACAGUGGGGUCACUCAGAGGAGAAGAUGGUGAAAUGCAAACAGGGGACACAGAAAGGGCUGAACUCCUCAAUGCCUUCUUUGCCUCAGUCUUCUCCGAUAAAGAAAACAAUGCCCGACCUGAAGAAUUUGGAGCAAAUGAUUCAGCAGAGGAAACACAGCCCAGAAUAACUAAGGAGAUAGUACAAGAAUACUUGACUAGUUUAGAUGUAUUCAAGUCUCCAGGGCCAGAUGAACUGCAUCCAAGAGUAUUAAAAGAACUGGCAGAUGUGAUCUCAGAACCACUGGCAGACAUCUUUGAGAAUUCCUGGAGAACAGGCGAAGUCCCAGCAGACUGGAGGAGGGCAAAUGUUGUCCCUAUUUUCAAAAAGGAGGAAAGAGAGGACCCAAAUAAUUACCGCCCAGUCAGUCUGACAUCAAUACCAGGGAAGAUUCUGGAGCAGAUCAUUAAGCAAACAGUCUGUGAGCACCUAGAAAGGAAUGCUGUGAUCACCAAUAGUCAGCAUGGAUUUCUGAAAAAUCAGUCAUGUCAGACUAACCUGAUCUCGUUUUUUGACAGAAUUACAAGCCUGGUAGAUGAAGGGAACGCAGUGGAUGUAGCCUACCUUGAUUUCAGCAAGGCAUUUGACAAGGUGCCCCAUGAUAUUCUUGUAAAGAAGCUGGUAAAAUGCGGUCUUGACUAUGCUACCACUCAGUGGAUUUGUAACUGGCUGACUGACCGAACCCAAAGGGUGCUUAUCAAUGGUUCCUCUUCAUCCUGGAGAAGAGUGACUAGUGGGGUGCCACAGGGUUCUGUCUUGGGCCCGGUCUUAUUCAACAUCUUUAUCAACGACUUGGAUGAUGGACUCAAGGGCAUCCUGAUCAAAUUUGCAGAUGACACCAAACUGGGAGGGGUGGCUAACACCCCAGAGGACAGGAUCACACUUCAAAAUGACCUUGACAGAUUAGAGAACUGGGCCAAAACAAACAAGAUUAAUUUUAAGAGGGAGAAAUGUAAAGUAUUGCACUUGGGCAAAAAAAAUGAGAGGCACAAAUACAAGAUGGGUGACACCUGGCUUGAGAGCAGUACAUGUGAAAAGGAUCUAGGUAGGAGUCUUGGUUGACCACAAACUUGACAUGAGCCAACAGUGUGACGCGGCAGCUAAAAAAGCCAAUGCAAUUCUGGGCUGCAUCAAUAGGAGUAUAGCAUCUAGAUCAAGGGAAGUAAUAGUGCCACUGUAUUCUGCUCUGGUCAGACCUCACCUGGAGUACUGUGUCCAGUUCUGGGCACCACCGUUCAAGAAGGACACUGACAAACUGGAACGUGUCCAGAGGAGGGCAACCAAAAUGGUCAAAGGCCUGGAAACGAUGCCUUAUGAGGAACGGCUAAGGGAGCUGGGCAUGUUUAGCCUGGAGAAGAGGAGGUUAAGGGGUGAUAUGAUACCAUGUUCAAAUAUAUAAAAGGAUGUCACAUAGAGGAGGGAGAAAGGUUGUUUUCUGCUGCUCCAGAGAAGUGGACACGGAGCAAUGGAUCCAAACUACAAGAAAGAAGAUUCCACCUAAACAUUAGGAAGAACUUCCUGACAGUAAGAGCUGUUUGACAGUGGAAUUUGCUGCCAAGGAGUGUGGUGGAGUCUCCUUCUUUGGAGGUCUUUAAGCAGAGGCUUGACAACCAUAUGUCAGGAGUGCUCUGAUGGUGUUUCCUGCUUGGCAGGGGGUUGGACUCGAUGGCCCUUGUGGUCUCUUCCAACUCUAUGAUUCUAUAACCUCUGUGCUAUUUGACGGUGAAUGCUCAAUGUACAGGUUGGUUGGAGGAGCCUGAAAUAUCCCUGAUAGUCAGAAAUAGCCUAGCUGAACAGGGGUUUAAUGUCUUAAGUGGUUCUUUCCCUUGCCAUCUCCUUUAUAUUCGAAAAUUAAAGUCCUUGAUUAUCACUUUAUGAAGAUGGGAAUAUGUAUGCUUAUCUCACCCUUCCUUCAAGAAAGUCAGGGUGGUGUACAAGGUUCUCUGUCCCCUGUUUUAUCCUUACAUCAGCCCUAUGACGUAGGUUAGGCUGAGAGAGUACGAUGGGCCCAUGGUUACCCAGUGAACUUCAUAGCUGAGUGGAGAUUUGGAAGUGGGUCUUCCCAGUGCUAGUCCGACACUCUAAGUCAGGCAUGGUCAGACUUGGCCCUCCAGCUGUUUUGGGACUACAAUUCCCAUCAUCUCUGACCGCUGGUCCUGUGAACUAGGGAUGAUGGGAGUUGUAGCCCCAAAACAGCUGAAGGGCCAAGUUUGGCCAUGCCUGCUCUAAGUGCUCCACCACACACACUCUAUGUGCUUGUGUCUAUUAGAUGCCUUCCACACAACGUUCUUCCCAAAGUCGUCAUCAUUGCAAUUUGACAAAAAUGCAUUGGGCAAUCCCUCCAUCCACUUGCGCACUUACAGUUCACAACCGGGCCCAAUAAAACCUCCUCUCCUUGUACCACAUUGUACUAGCCAUUAAUCUAGUCCUCCAUCACUCUCAUUUGUUUAUUUAAAGUACUGUUUUCCCAUUCUUCAGCCAGAAAAAAAGCUCUUGGAGUGGCUUAGAAAUGUCAGUGAUAAAGACUAUCCCUAUUCUCAGGCUUAUAAUAUAAACACAUGAUAUGAAAAUAUAAGGGAGGAGGAAAACGGAACACGCAGGUUACUAUUUCUCACCCACCUAUGGUGUGACUCGGAAUUUGCAUAGAGUGUUGAAUUUGAGUAUAUUCUUUGGUUGCCUGAAACAUUGACUGUGCUGUCCUCCCAUUCUAGGUAAUGGAUAGUUUGGACACACAAUGGGGAAUGUGAUGGCUGGCUCUGGUGGAGCAUUAUUCUGGCUCCUUGAUGCACUUUUAUUUUUAGUACUCAGUAUGGAGCGCACCCCCCCCUUAUUCCAAUAUGUUUGUUUCUGAUUCCCCUUCAUUUCUGCCCAUCGCUAUAAACUUCAGAAGUUGGUCUCUUUGCUCUUGCAGGAGAAGAAUUAGUUCUAAAAAUGAACCAACAGUGCAACUAGUGGCCAUUAAAAAUUGAUUUGUGGCCUCAGAGUACUUCUUAUUGACUCCAAAAACCCCACAUUUAAGUUGACACAUCUGUACACAACAUAAAUUGCAGUCAACAACUAGGGUCUGAUGAUAUUUUGUCGUGUUGCCAUCUGUUCUCCAGAAACCAUAAUUUCCCCUUUCCUUGCUCUAAGGGUACAUUAAAUAACCCUUUUGGAGACAUAAUGCAUUUGCCAUUGAAUCAUUGAUUUUAUUAUGCUUAUGGAUGUUUGGGUAUAAGUCGCUCUGACAAAGAGCUUGCAUAAUAUUACUUUGCUGUCCAGAUAAAAAUUCAAAAAUCUGUUUUGCAAGAUUAUUAUACUAAGAUGUUCCUUCUGGGAUAUUUUGAAAGAGCCUCAUAACUGCUGAUUGCUUUUGAGCACUGUAUUCUUACCCGUUUUGGAAAUCUGGUGAAUGAAAACCAUUAUUAUGGAAUGAUUAUAACUCUAUUAAAACAUGACAUUAAUUAUGACAUCGGAAAUGGCAGAUCAAUUAGUUGUAAUUGUAAUUGCAGGUAUGCAAUUUCUAUUGCAGAAUGUUGAGAUAAUGGAACAUGGAAAAAAAGAGAAAUGUCAACAGAAUAGAAGCUGUUUUAUUUUUCCACCCAUCCUAGGAGCCAUGCUGAGGGGAAAAUCAAGUAACAUAAAAUAAGGCAGUGCCUUUGAUUUGACUAAUUUCUAUUAGAGAAAGAAUACGCAAGCUUUUCAGUUACACAGAAUUCUGCACAGUAAAGUAUUCUAGGUAAUUCAAUAGCUUGUAUACUCGAAUAGCCAAAUGAAGUUGGUCGAUUUAAAAUGGGAAUUUGCUUCUAUUGUGAUGUGUUGUUUUUAACAACCAUGAGUACAGAACAUAUCCCCAGUCAGCUAUCACCCUACCCCAAUUUUCCAUUCUGGGGAACUGUUUCAAGUGUGCCUGGAUACCUGCCAGGUUUUUUUAAAAAAGCUCUUUUAGCCUGAAUAUAGCACCAGGACUGCUCUUGUGGCUUAGAUUAUCUGUGCUUAGACAACAUUAGGAUAAAUUGUACCCUAUUGAUAUGAUUAGGCUUGAUAAUACUGGAAGUGCAGAUUUCCCUGGGACUUACCUCAAGCUGAUCUGUUCAUUUUUCUGAGGGGAGGCAUCCCAAAGUUUGGUGUUGAGCAACAGCUUAUCCAACCCCUCACUUAUCUGUAGGGCUCUGCAGGGUUUAUACUUGCUUCCCAUCAUCUUCAGAAUAUGGGUGCAAUCCUAUAAAUUGCAUAGCGUACCAUCUGGUGUGGUAAUGCCACACAGCUGUACAUACAGCUCAUUUUCAUUCAGCCCACUUCCUGCCAAAUUAUCAUUUUUCUUAUUGACAAAAUGGACUAUUAAGUAUCUUCUGCUUUAAAGUGGUUUUGCAUAUUACAAACCAGCAGUGAUAGCAAAAGUUGCAAGACACUUGCGUAUGUCCCCCCCCCCCCCAGUCCGGGUUAAAUAUGUCAAGUGGAUGGUGCUGCAAAUAAUAUCUGGUUUUCAACAUCGCGAUAUAUCACCAGCUAAACAUCAUGACAUAUUGAUAUAUCACGAUGUCUGAAAUAAGGAUGGAACUAUGUAGAGACAUUGGCUGCCUUCACAGUUUUUCCCACAUUGUGAUUUUUGCAUAGUGCGCGCGCACACACACACACAGACACAGAUUCACAAUAUAUUGCCAGGUCAAAAACUGAAACCGGUAUCACAAUAUGGACUUCAAACUGGUUUUGGGCGAUAUAUCGCCCAGCUCUACUGUACACACACGAACUUAGCAGUCCUAAAAGACCCACAUUGGUUCCCAGUACAUUUCCGAGCACAAUUCAAAGUGUCGCUGCUGACCUUUAAAGCCCUAAAUGGCCUCAGCCUAGUAUACCUGAUGGAGCGUCUCCACCCCCAUUGUUCUUCCUGGACACUGAGGUCCAGCUUCGAUGGCCUUCUGGCAGUUCCCUCACUGUGAACCAGGCAGAAGGCAUUCUUGAUGGUGGCGCCCGCCUGUGGAAUGCCCUCUCAUCAGAUGUCAAGGAAAUAAACAACUAUCUGACUUUUAGAAGACACCUGAAGGCAGCCCUGCUUAGGGAAGUUUUUAAUGUUUAAUGUUUUAUUCUGUUUUUAAUCUGUUGGGAGCCGCCCAGAGUGGCUGGGGAAACCCAGCCGGAUGGGCAGGGUGUGUGUGUCUGUGUGUGUGUGCGUGUGUGUGUAAUACCCCACAUUGUGCUCUAUAGACACUUUGGGUUUCCUCCAUUGACAUCAUAUCUGUAACAUCAGAUGUAAUCUAAUAUCCCAGUGUUGUGUUGGGAGGCUGAAUGUGGGUGAGCUCGUUGAGGCUAGACCAUAGUGAAAAAAACACGUCUUUCACUUUUACUUUAUUUGAGAGUGUGGGGAGGACUGAGAGAGUAGUAGAGGGUGUCCCAUAUUUAAUGGGUUCAGCUUGUAAUAGUGAAUAAGUUUCACAGCCUUGAACAGUUCUGAAUCCAUUACUUCACCUGGUUCUUAAUUAGUUGUUGUGACACAAAGUAUAUCUCCCCCGCCCCCCGCAUUUACCACCAGCUUUUCAGACACAUUUAAAAUUUAUUAACUUUGUUGCCUCAUAACAUUCAUUCUUUAAAAAUACUUGACUGUCCUUUGACAAUAUUCAACAGGUCAUUUGCCCGUGCCUAAGCUUAUGCAGCCUGUUGCUAAACUGUUGAGUGUCACAAAGAAAAGGCAGCCUACAAUGGCAGUGCCUUGCUGAAACUUGCUCUAUGUCUGGAACAGAAAUUUCUCUGUCAAAAUAUUCCCUCUUCACACUUUGGGAAUGCUGUUUAUUUUCUUCUGUUUGAAAUAUUCAGAGAAAACAAGGCACAAGCAUGACAGCAGUCUGUCACUUGUAAACUUAGUGCUCAGUAGAGAAUUGGCAUGGGAGUUGAAGGAAGGAUAACCAGAGCAGCAAAACUCUUUUAAAGAUAAAUGAUUCAAACUCCAUGGUAUUGUCACCAUACAACGCAAGAUUACCAUAACAUACAAAUAUUUUUUUAAAUAUUUUUUUGGUCAUUGCAAAGGUGAGUAAAAAUCUGGUGUUUAUGCUGUUUACUCCUAUAUGUUAUAGGAGUCAGAAUGAAAAUAUUUUUUAAAAUGGGGCAAGAAGAGUGCCACUGGCGGUGAGGGCAGGGCAGGGAGAGUGACAUAAUCAAAGCAAUACACUAUCUUGCCACAAGAAUAUUAAUUGUCACAAACUGGAGAGGAGAGAAAAUCCCAACAAAGCUGGAGUGGCAAACUAAGUUAUUAGAGUUCUCUGAGUUGGCAAAAUUACAGACAAACUGAGAAGUAAUACUGACCAAGCAUUUAUUAGGAAAUGGGACGUGUAUAAAAAUAUCUUAUUGAAUACUGCAAUAAUAUGACGUCAGUGGCAGGAUUUGAAUUACUUCUGUGUAGGAUGAACAACCAUGAGACACAAAAACAUUGAUGAAAAUUAACAAAAAGAAAAUCAAAGUUAACAGUGUGCUAGAUAGAUUAAGUGGUAAAUACACGAUGAGGUAACGGGAAGUCGUUAGAAACUCAAGAAGAAUGUAUAGUGAUAGGAUGUAACAAAUUGUAUCAUUUUCUUUCCCUUUUUUAUUAGCCCUUAUGUUUGUUACUUCUUUUUAAUCUCAAAGAAGCAUUUAAAAACAAACACACAAAUCAAUACACUAUCUCUGUGCAAGGACCAUAGCUCAGGGAUAAUCACAUGCUUUUGUGCAGAACAUCAAAGGCAACUCAAGGGGGAAAGAACAUUUAGUAGGCAACGUGAAAGAUAUUUGCUGUAGAGCAGGGAUUGGGUGUGUGGGUGUUUUCCAUCCUGAGGGCCACAUUCUUUUGUGGAUAGCCUCCAGGAUGUGGGGCACGGGCCAGUGAUGGGGAAGGCCAUUGUCAAAAGUGAGUGUGCAAGCAAGAGGAGUAUGUGGAGCAGGUUCAUUGAGGGUUGUUGCUUGCUGAGGGGGUCAGGCAAGUUCUGAGGGCCAGGUGGAUCUGAGCCACUGCCAUUAGGAAGAUUGACAAAUAAACUGUGUUGGAAGGUUGGGAGGCUGCAUGGCUUGUCCAUCUCAUCCAGUAUUAUCUACUCUGACCAGCAGAGGUUAUCCAGAGUCUGAGGAAUAGGUCCAUCACAUCCUAACCUCUGCUACUUGGUACUAUACAAAAACCCCUGAAACCUGGAGGUGCCUGGGAUUGAACUUCUCUGUGCAAAGCAUAUAUAUCCUCUACUACUGAGCUACAGCCCCUGCCUGGGAUACACAAAGUCUGUACUGGCAUUGUGCAUAUCUGCACCAGAGUGAAACUCAAGGCUGCUUAAGACUGGUUAAAAGACUUCAAAAACAAAGCUUUGAAAAACUUUUAUGGUGAUUUGGCUGGUUGUGCCCCGGUUUGUUUCUUCAGUGUAAUAUUUUAAGUGAACAGAGUUUCUGUAUCUUACCAGAUGGAUGUCUCUGUAGCAAGAGCAAAUAAGGCCAAGGUGAAAUGUUCUUCUUAAUUUGUAGAUUUGAAGACCUGACCUUCUAAUAUUUAUGCCUUUAGAUUGCCUAUCUCCCCCACCCCUGCCCCGUUUCUUAUGUUUCAAAUCUUUUAUAAAUGCCUUUUUAUCUUUGAUAUUCCAUUCCACUCUGUAAAAGAACCCUUAGACUGUGAUAUACAUUUUUUAGGAAGUAAAACUCAUUGAACAUAGUAGAGACUUCUGAGUAAAAUACAUAUGUUAGCACUGUUAAUGAUGAGAUAUACCUUAAUAUAACACAGUAAUUUUCCAUUUGCUUAGUAGGUUAACAUUAGAGACAAGUGCUGUUCAAAUUCAUGUAACUAUCCUCUGCUCUACUACUGCUUAUAUAUAUUUUUUCCUGGAGUUUUCUAAGGUUUUGUUUUGUUUUUAAGUUCACACUAGUUUUGAAGUUCCCAUCAGUACAAAAGAAGUCGUUUUCAGUGAAUUCCUAAAUGCCUUAUAAUGUGGAAACAACUCUUCUGUUAGUUUAUAUGGCAGGUGGCAGCUACAAUUUAUUGUCCUGUUUUAUCCAAUACAAAGAGUCGUAGGGUCAAAUAUUCAGUGCAUUUUGCUUCACAACAUUCAAGAUUGUUGUGUAUAGUUGCUUCUGCCAGACAAAAAAUGGUAACCACUUGCCAUACGUAUAUAGUAAUGGCAGCGAUUGUCCUUGAUACAUCCUUGGAAGCAAGUUUAUCUUGAUGGCCCUAAUAGUUUUUGUUUUUGAGCCCCUUCAAAUAGCAUAGCUAUAUUGCAGUAGGCUGCUACACUUGUUAAUUGUUCCACAGCCUCUAUAAAGCUGAAUGUGUUGAAUCAAGCUGUUCAGAAAGUUUAUUUUUCUGAUCAGCAAUUGUUCCUGUGUGCAACACAGAUUGGUUAAUUUUGCCCUUAUGAGUCGCUAGGACAGCCUGAUCUGGCAGGGAAACAUCUCUUGAACCACAAUCCUGUGCUGUACAAACAGAUAAAGCCACUGAACUCUGGCCUGCCUUGCACUGAAAAGGCUUAAUCUCCUCUCAUUGCUAAUUCUUUUGCUGCAAUAACACAACCACACAAGGACUGCUCAAUUAGGUCCUAGAAUGGGGAUGAGUUGUGUUCCAUUUUAAGAAUUUAUAUGUCAGGCUGUUGCCUCAAUAUGAAUGAAUGAAAGAAAUGAUAGAUUAGCUGACUGUUACUACUUUCUUAUUUCUCAUUGGUAAAGAAAAAAGAAGAAUGGAGGGAGGGAGAGAGAGAGAGAGAGAGGCCCACAGGUGUUUGUAAUGGAGAUAGGGACAGACAUCCUGUUGGCUUUCAGCCCACACAGCUGUUGUGUUGUUAACAUAUUUGCAACCCCGCCGUUCAUCUGCACAGAUGCUAGGAGAGAAUGCAAGACACAAAAACUUUAUUUAUUUAUUUAUUUAUUUAUAGCAAGCUUUAUGUACUGCUUAAUCAGAAAAAAAAUCAAAGCAGUUUAAAUAGUGUAAACUGUUAACUAAAGAUAGAAAAAAAGCAAACUUUAAAAACAAAAGACACAAUAGAAUUAUCAAAAUAUAAAUAAAAACAGUUUACAAAACCAAAUGUACAUAGUAAAACUGUGUGGGUAGGCUAUCUUAAGCAAAGUUUUUAGCAGGCAUCAAAAACAUUACAACAGCAUCUGCCUAAUAUUAGUAGUACAUAAAUAAAUUAUAUGUGCACAGUUCCUAAUAUCACAUUCAUACCCAAUGAUAAAACCAUAAAAUACCUCCCAGCCAAUGGGGAAGCUAAAACCACAGAGCAGGAUUAAUCCAAUUCCAAUCAGCUAAACUACUAAAAGUGCCUGUGAAAACAGAUGGAUCUUAACUUGGUGCCAGAAUGAUGUGGUGUCACCAUCAACACUAAGGGGAGGCUAUUCUGCAUAACACACUUUACUUGACAGUGGAAUGUGGAGAAGCUUUUCAUCUGAAUUUCAUUGAAAUGGACAGGAUGGGGAGAGGAGAUCCAUCAGGUAUUAGGGUCCCAAGUCAUUUAGGGCUUUAUAGUUAAACGCUGGCACUUUUGCAAAUCAGCACAAAAUGGAGUUGGAAGAGAGCUCAUACCCAGGAACUUGUGGCUUGCAUAGGAACUGCUUGCACCCAUCUAGAAAGGCUUGCCACAUGCUUUGAAGACCAGCAUCAUGUAGUCUCAGUACAUCACUAACGAAAUCAUGUGACUAUGGAAUCCAGCAAUUUCAAUUAUUAGUCUGUUGGCUGGGUGAUCUUGCCUGUUGGCCAUUGGCACUCCUCUCACACCAAGCAUUUUGAUAGAGGUUCACUCUGACCGCUGUCAGAAGAAAAUGGCAUAAACAGACAGUUUUCAUCAUGGCUGUCACAACAAACAUGGAAAUGGUGCAUAUUAUGGGGAGAACAUUGUGCAGCUUGAAACUGUUUGUUCACAUUCAAAAGUGCCUGCCUUAGCUGGUAUUCUUCCUUCACUUCCCCCAUGUCCGUUUUCCAUGUGUACACAAUGUUUAAAAAGUUAAUUGCCAAGAUUAUUUUCUUAUUUAGAGGUAUAACCCCAUAAAAUCCAUAGCUCUCUUGCAGUGAGUGCUGCAUCAGUUUGAACAGGCAAUAUCUAUAAAGUUUUGUCUCCCUCCUCCCUCCCUUUUCAAAGAAACGGAUAAAAUAUCCUCUGAAUCUACGGUUACAGUAAGUGGCACUGGCUAAUGAUUUGAUUUGAGAAUUGAGAAUACAGUCUGGAUUUACUCUCUAUGCAUUAACGCAGGUCAAAUGGACACGGGCUGCAUUUUAAAUCAGUAAUGGAAGGCUGAAGCUUUUCUUAAACCAAUCACAUCGGCCUUUCCAAGACUGACUGAUCCCUAGAGGCCGAGCCUAGUAAGCAAAGCUUUUAUAUGAAUGGACUCUGUGCAGCCUGGAGUUUCAUUCAUAAAAUGGAUGCUGAAGGGGGGAAAGGGGGAGGGAGGCGGCGGGAGGAGUGCACACAUUGGAAUGUCCAUUUAUAGAGAGCUGAAGGGUGUAGUGUUCCAUCAGCUGCUUCCCUUGCCCGUUGACUUAAAGUAAUGAUUAAUGCUUGCUGGCCUCCUCUGCUUGUAACUUGACACCAUUUAUGGCCUUGGUGCGUUCCUAAUGUAUGGUGAAUGAGAAGGCUACAUAAUCCAAUCAGAAACAUAAACAGGAACUGGUUGGUCUGAAUUCCAUUCAAAUAUGUCACUUCAGCCAGGCAGUGUUUGUAGAACUUGAAUUUUAUAGACUGAGAAUGGGAUGGAGGAGGAGCCAUGCAGAUGUGUGUCUUUUGCAGCCAAGGCUCACAAAAGAGAGGGGGGUCUUUUUCUCUGUGUGUUUUCUCUGUGUUUUUUUCUUCUUGUAAAUAGCAACUUAACGUACACAUAGUUUGAAAGUGACCCUGUAUGACUGAAAUAAAUAUAGAGCGUAAAAAUGGAGAGCCACCAGCUGGGACAGGAUUGUACAUUUUUUUAAAAAAUAUGACGUCCUUUUAAUGUUUUGGUUCUGCUGUCAAUAACAAGUAGCCUUUUGUUGAAGGAGGCUGCUGUUGCCUAAUGUGUUUUCUGAAAACCGGAUGUCGUGAUGAUGCCAGAGUAAAUCAGCAGUUAGCUAUAGAAAGCAAUCUGGUGUAUUUCAGGGAGGAAAACUGUGGAUUUUAUUUUGCAUGUGUUUUGGUUUCUUUUGGAAUUGCUUUAGCUAAAUUAGAUUACAACUUGUAGGUUGUUUGCCAGAUGAGAGGUAGGGAUUACGUUCCCUCUCUGUGAAGCCUGGCUUUUGAAUUUAUUGGCAUCUUGUCGUAAUGCGAUGUUUCUGUUACUCCGAAUUAAUUUUAAUUUUUAACUUGAUUUUUCAGAGACAUCUUUUUUGCAUCCUCCUUUAGGAUAACCCUGAUGUCCUUACCCCAAGUAUUGGGAAUGUUGCUGACGGUACUUGUGUGCAUAAAUAGAAUACUUUAAACUAAAUAUUACCUUUAUCCAGCAAUUCUUGGUAGAGUGUGUUGGUACCCUUAUCUGCAUGGACUCUGCUCAGCUAAGCGAGGUAGGAAGUCCUCAAUUCAAAUUCACUAGGUAUUAGUAAACAGUUCUCUUUCUCAUUCACACACAUGCAGCGCUGGAUUACGAAAUAGGCAGAGUAGGCACCGACCUAUGAGCCCCACACCUUUUAGAGGAUCAAAAUAAUAUUCACAAUUUUUUUAGGGAUAUGUGCCCCCCCCCCCAGAAAAAAGCACUGGUAUCAGGAGAUAUUUUGCGAUGGACCCCCCGAGAUUUCAACUGCCUGGGGCCUCCACAGGGUUUAAUCCAGCACUGCACACAUCCCAGUAUGCAAUAUGGGAAUAAUAAUACUGGCUUAAUUCACAAAGAUUACUGAGUGAAGGUUACUAUAUGGAGUGCUUUGAACCUUAAAAGAACUACAGUGGGUUAAGUACUUAAUUCGUUCCGGAGGUCCGUUCUUAACCUGAAACUGUUCUUAACCUGAAGCACCACUUUAGCUAAUGGGGCCUCCUGCUGCUGCUGCGCCGCUGGCGCGCGAUUUCUGUUCUCAUCCUGAAGCAAAGUUCUUAACCUAUUUCUGGGUUAGUGGAGUCUGUAACCUGAAGCGUAUGUAACCUUAAGCGUAUGUAACCCGAGGUACCACUGUAUGUGGAUGUAUUGAUACUUCAUAGUGGAUCCGAGCGCUCUCUCUCUCUCUCUCUCUCUCUCUCUCUCUCUCACACACACACACACACACACAAAAUCAAAUCAAUCAAUCAAUCAAUCUCUCUACUAUAUAUUUUGGAAAGUGGUUUAUUUGUCUGGCUGUUCUAUAUGGGUUUGAGCACCAAUUGAGAGAUCGCCACCCUGCAAGAAGGGUUCAACUUGCCUGCUCUCUGCAAUGCAGUUGGGAGAAGAGGCAAAGAAAGUGUGCCGACUCCUUCCCCACCCCCUCUCUUGACGAUAUACAGUUUUAAAAUCCUAAUUGCGAACGGGUCCAAAACUAACAAAUGACACUGUCCGUUUAAAAACUCCAGUAUUUGUGGGUUUCUUAGAUUUCAUGGACAAUGCUUUAAUUUAGCAGCCUAUAAAAGAAAGGUGUCCAUUGUCUUCAUCUGAAUCCCAAAUGAAAAUUAAGAUUGUCUUGUUUUACUUUCCGUUUCCUUUCAAGAGUCAUAGCUCAGUUAUGUCAUCCAUUGUCUUUGAUUCUUAAAUCCUGGAAAUGUUUCGCGUGAGAACAUAGGGAAAUGCCUUAUAUCUUUCGCAGGGUGGAUUUGAUUUAAAUCAGAUUGAUUUAAAUCACAAUUUAAAUCACUAGUCAGUAAGACUUGAUUUAUAUCAUUUUUUUUUAACAGAAAGACUCAUUCUUGCUUGUAUCAUCUUAAUAUUGACAACCAGAGGAAGGUUUCAUUUUUGGAAUAAUAAAUUUUCAGAGUUGUUUUUACAGUUAUAUUAAAAAUUACUGAUUUGGUUAUACUAUUAAAAAUACAUAGACAGAUAAUUAUUAAAUUAUUGUGAGAUUUAAUAUGUUAACAGUUUAUUUUCAGACAACUUUUCUGCUGUACUUUAUUGGAAGGAGAAAAAUAAUCAUUUCCUUAAUAACAAUUUAAACAAUUUAUUUAACUAAAACAAUAACAUUAUAGCAUAUGUAUCCAUGUUUGUUAACUGAUGUGGUUAAACAUUUUUUAAAAAACAAAACAAAACACCAUAGACUGAGUUUUAGCACACAUGAAAAACUUAAAACAAAUCCUUAUUUCCUGAUUAAUAGCUUUUGGACUAUAAUGUAACUUAAAUAGAAAACUAUCUUUAGAAAGAUUUUUCCUCCAAAAGCAUUUUAUUUUAAAAAUCUGAUUUAAUUUUUUUAAAAAAUUGUUAUUUCCCUCCCGUUUUUUUUUUUUAAUCAUUGUUUUUUUUAUCCACCCUGAUCUUUGGACCAUGGAGCUCAUUAUUACUUGCAUUCGCAGGCACUGUCUCUCCAGGAUUUUGAGCAGACAUCUUUUUCAGAUUUCCUUGGUAGGGGGUUCUACCCAGGGCCGUCUUAAGCAUAUGCGGCGCUGGGAUGCAAAGAUCCACUGGGCGAGAGAACCACCAAAGUUGUUGACCUUUUUUAAGGAAAUAGUUGUUUACACAGGGGUGUACAAAGGUGGGUGCGGGGUUCACGGGGGGGGGGGAAUGUUGGGCGGCAUAGUCGCAGCACUGUACACCCGCUGCUCCCCCCCCCACACACACUGCAUGGCGGCUAACUGUUUUGGCUGCACGCAGUACCCAGUCAUGUAAUGUUGUGGGUGCUGCGUGGCGCAUCCUGUUGCAUGCGCCAAGCUGAGGGUUCCUUUACUGGCUUUUCCGCUGUUAGAGCACACUCCCAGCGCCACUCACCGUGGGGUGCCAGCACAGAACGAUGGGGGAUGCAAGCGGGAGCAGAGGAAAGAUCUCUGGGGGGGAUCUGCGCGCUCCUAUUUGUCGGGUUUUGUCAUUGUCCAGAGAUGUUUCCUCCGUGCACCCCUAGUGUCAACGGUUAAGAUGGCCCUAGUUCUACCUGGUGUUCAACCUACGUGCAAAACAGGUGGUCCUGGAGAAGAAGGAAUAUUUUCCCCAUCUGAAAGCUAGGGUUGCCCCCCUAGUGCACUAGUGUCAUCCUUCUGAAACUAUAUCUCAUUGCUAUUUAUCACAUCUGUGUCCCUAUUAGACGAACAUGUGUUGUGUAGCAGAAACCAUCAAUUACGUUGCGACUAUAAUAGAACAAGCUGGCGGGAUUUGCAAGGGGAGCCAUCAGUGCAAAAGGCAACGGUAUCUGUGGAACAAUUGCCAAACUAGCUUUCCAGUUAAUAGAUUUAACAACUUGGAGUCAAUAAGCUGUAUCCCUAAUAAAUACAUCCUAUGGAUUUUCCUCCUGUUUUCAAUAUUCAAAGGCUGUUGCUGAUGUCAAGAUAUGGUCGCUGGUUUUAAAUUGCAUUGUACUGUACCAGUCAGGUAAUGUAAAAUUGAAGGUCUUUAUCAUAAUUAUGCAGGCUGAAAAUAGAACAAGUCUGUGUUUUUAGGCAAAUUUCUUGAGACAGGGAGAAAAAUUGGCGCAAAAUUUCCACAUCCAUCUCGCCUUAUGCUUGGGAUUAACAGUAAAUACAUAUUGCUGCCAUCACACCAUCCUUGUUUACCUCCCUAAAAUAGUUAUCUGGCCCCUGCAGGGAAAAAGGGUUGUGAUCUUAAACGGACCCCCCUGCUCUGAUUCAGAUGUGAUUCUUGAAUUACGAACAUAAGAUGAGCCCAAUUCCAGCUCCUCUUCUCAUGGUUGCCAACCAGAUUCCUGUGGAAAGCCUACAAGCAGGCCUUGGGUACAGUAGGGCUCUCCCUACCCUUCAAGUUGUGAUUCCUGGCAGCUGGCUUUCAGAAGCAUUCUGCCUCCCAUCUGUGGCUAGAAGCCAUUGGCACACUGAUUCUCCAUUCAUUUGUCUAAUGCUUUGCACAGUCAAAGCACAUAUCCCCUCCUCAAACGAUUCUGGGUACUGUAGUUUACCCCCAACAGAAUGAAAAUUCCCAGCAACUGAAUUAAAAUUCCCAGGGUGGGUGGCCCUGUGGUCUAAACCACUGAGCCUCUUGGGCUUACUGAUCAGAAGGUUGGUGGUUCGAAUCCCCACAACGGGGUGAGCGCCCAUUGCUCUGUCCCAGCUCCUGCCAACCUAGCACUUUGAAAGCGCACCAGUGCAAGUAAAUAAAUAGGUACCACCAUGGCGGGAGGGUAAACGGCAUUUCCGUGCACCCUGGUUUCCGUCAAGGUGUUCCGUUGUACCAGAAGCAGUUUAGUCAUGCUGGCCACAUGACCCAGAAAGCUGUCUGUGGACAAACACUGGCUCCCUCAGCCUGAAAGUGAGAUGAGCGCCACAACCCCAGAGUCGCCUUUGGACGUAACCAUCCAUGGACCCUUUACCUUUACAAACCAAAGUGGCCAGAGUUCUUUGAGAAGGGGGAAAAGUGCUUUAAAUGGUAUAUUGUGUUCACCGCUUUAUCCUCUUUUAAAGCAUCUGAGUUCUAAUCCUCUACAGUGGUACCUCAGGUUAAGAACUUAAUUCGUUCUGGAGGUCCGUUCUUAACCUGAGGUACCACUUUAGCUAAUGGGGCCUCCUGCUGCCGCCGCAUGAUUCCUGUUCUCAUCCUGAAGCAAAGUUCUUAACCCGAGGUACUAUUUCUGGGUUAGAAGAGUCUGUAACCUGAAGCGUCUGUAACCCGAGGUACCACUGUAUGCUGUGGUGAUAGGAGACAUUCAGCAUUCUCUCUCUCUCUCUCUCUCUCUCUCUCUCUCUUUAAGACAAUGUGAGUUGGUUCCAUCACCCUGUUUACUUGUUGCAUCUUGCUGCUGCUACAUGAUUCAGUUUACUUCCUCCAACUUUGUGAGGAAUACGGUUGUGAGUGAUUUGUCGCGUCUCCAUUUAUAUUAUGCUCUCCCUUUACGCAAGAUUGCUUCUUACACUCCUGCAAGUUUAUGGGCUGGAAGGGCUGCUAUGGUUCAGCUCUACUUCACACGAGCCAUAUAUUUGAUGUCGCCGUGUCAAUUUCUGCAUCUAACUUAACAAUUUGUGGCUCAAGUAAAGCAACGGAGCACAAUUGCUAAACUGAAAACGUCGUAGGCAUGGAUGUUGUCUAGAGUUCUGCUGCCUGAUAAGUCGUCCUCCUCUCUUCUCUGUUUCUUUCCACUUAUGACUACAAGGAUAGCCCCUAUUAGGAUGGCAGGCACCCAGUAUGUGAAAAUGCUCCAAACACUCAAACAAGAAGGAGAGGGCCAGAGCAUCUUGCAUUUAGGGGGGAAUCCCACAACUAGCCUUCAGUGUAUGCCACUGAAAAGGUGGAAUAUAAAUGAUAUGAAUAAAUAAAUAAGCCCUGGCCAGGGAUGGGAGGAUUUAAUUGUGCUGGCCAAACCACAGUCAACUGGCACAGUUUUGCUCUGAGACAGAACACAUUUUACCAUGCUGGUCUCAGAGCUCAAAAUUACAAAAGAACUCAGGAAACUGCCUUACACAGAUUCAGAAUAUUUGUCCAUUCAGCUCAGGGCAGCAGAUCUCUACAGUUUCAGACUAAACAUUUGAAGGCCUACCUGGAGGUGCCAUGGAUUGAACCUGGGGCCUGCCACAAACAAGGCAGAUGAAACAGUUGUUUCAGAGCCAAAAGUGGCCAUAAAAUAUGGCUUACAGAUAAACUAUAUACUGCGUCCCAUAGGGAGAUAUCAGGGGUAGGCGGGGAAACAGGUUUAGAGACAGUGUGAUCUUAGGCACAGUGUCACUGAGCUCACAUCUUUCUGCCCAGUGCUUCAGGGCCAAAGUUGAACUAUUGGUUUCAAAACAGUCACUGGGGGAAGGGAUUUCCCCUGUGAAUGUUGUCGGGCGGACACAUUUGUAUUUCCUUCUUAUGGACCAGCUGAUUCUCUUAAAUCGGCUGACUUCUUUCCUCUUUAUUUUCUAGGCAACAAACUUCCUUUAACACAACACUUUCCUCUUUAGACGUCUCAAGUUACCAGAUGACUAAUGCUUCAUCUUCUCUUGUCUCGGGCAAGGGGUGUUAAAACUGCCAGGGCCAUGAAGGAACAGAGGUUUUGAUUGACCACAUCCCCUCGUCGAUGCCAAUGUUCUCUGUUACCCACGUGGCAAUGGGAUAGGAGUGGCAGCUUCCGGCAUAGAAACUGGCCUCAGGAUUUAGGCUCAUUGAAUAAAACAUGUCCUUUGGGAAGUCUUGGGUUAAAAAAUUAUAAUGUAAAAAUACUGUUCUGUUCAUAGACCAUGCAUAUGGCUCAAAACGGCAACUUGCUUUGCAGUCUGAAUACUACUGAUGCAGAUUCCUCCCCACCCAGCACUCGUUGCUCUGAUUCCUGCUCACUGCUUAAACUCAUAUGUUUAUGAGUUUACCAUGUACAGUCUACCUAGGUCAGCAUUACCAACACUUACCGGCCAUAGCUCUGCAAGGUUUUGAACAGGAGCAUUUCCUUGCACUAGCCGGAGAUGAUGGGGACUGAAUCCAGGACCUCUGCACACAAACAAAGUGGAUUGGCAGCCAAUGUGGUGUAGUGGUUAAGAGUGGUGGACUAGUAAUCCAGUGAACCGGGUUUGCGUCCCCGCUCUUCCACAUGCAGCUGCUGGGUGACCUUGGGCCAGUCACACUUCUCUGAAGUCUCUCAACCCCACUCACCUCACAGAGUGUUUGUUGUGGGGGAGGAAGGGAAAGGAGAAUGUUGGCCGCUUAGAGACUCUUUCGGGUAGUGAUAAAGCGGGAUAUCAAAUCCAAACCCUUCUUCUUCAAACUCUUCUUCCAUAGUGGAUUUUAAUCUGACAUAGGGUAGUAGGUCUUGUGCACAACAAAUUAUAGCAAAAUAUAGAAGGUGAACUGGUGAAUUAUGCUGGGGGGGGGGCAUGUGCAAUUAAAAAAAAAAUCUAAAAAGUUAAUGGCUCUGUUCUGCCCAACAGAUUCAUUCCAUUGUGAAGCCAGUGCCUAAACUUUGCUGCAUGGCAUCUUUCCUUUCCUCCUUUUUCUCUUUUAAAGGCCAUAUUGGAAACAAGAAGUAAACAUACAGUUUCUGUUCUUCAUUUGCUGCUCUCUAAUGUAACCCCAGUUAGGUAGUUAAACCUAUUCCUGGGUCUUAGUCAAGCAUUUAGCACAAUUUAAAACUGCAAUGUUAAAUUUCAUUGGUUGGCCUUUUUAUUAGAUAAAGUAGAAAUGAAAGCAGAAGGCAAUUUAAUUGGCAGUAAUUUUUCUGGGCAAGUCAUUACUUUGAUGAACUUAAGAGCAAUGUUUAUGGCUCCUAAUUAACCAUGUUAGUCAUUUGAUUGAAUAAUCACUUUGGAAAUGUUUCUACAAUUUGAUUAGAGUUUGACCCAUUCUGAUAGUCAUAAAUUAACCAAUAGCACUUUAGAAUAAUAAGACUUUAGGUACUUUGCAAGGAACAAAGUCUUCUCAGACAUAUCCCUCCCCGCCCCCGCCCCAGUUCUCUGUGGAUUGUUUAAUCAUAUGCUUAUGCUGUAGUUAGCGUUGCUAAAUACAAGUUCCCUCUUCACAAUUGUUAGUUUUAUCCCAGACCUGGGGAUCCUGUGACUCUUCAUGUAUUGCUGGACCACAGCUCCCAUAAUUCCUGACCAUUGACUAUCCAGGCAGGGCCUGAUGGGAGUUGGAGUCCAGCUACAUUUUGAGGCUGCAGGUUCCCAAACCCUGUCCUAACCAGACAUACACAACAUACAGUCUAAUGCAGUGGUUUUCAACCAGUGUGCCAUGGCACCCUAGGGUGCCUUGAAUGAAAGUCAGAGGUGCCGCAGGCAACACUGGCCUCUGUCCCUCUUUCCUUCCCUCCCUCCUCUGAGGCCCCCUCGCAUCUCUGCCUCCCCAAGGCUUGCACAGCUGUUUGUUGCAGCAGCCCUGGCUCCCCUCUCCCUGAGUUUAGUGCUUCCCCACUAUAGGGAAUUCCAGAGUCACCUGGUGGAAUUCAGGCAGAAUGAUUUUGGUUGAGUAAGCCAUGGCUUGUCAGACCCAAGACUCUGAGCAUUUUUGUGUGCCUUCGUUCCUCCUUUCCUAAUGUCAACAUGCAGUCCUGUUACAUCCCUACCAGGAAACUGGGGCUACAAGCCACAACCGUAAAUCAAGAUCUGUUAGAUAAAACUUUGACUCUCUUAUCCUAGAAACACACAUGCCUAUCAAACGUACCUAGCUUAUUAUGCAGCUCAUUUCGUACAGGUGUUUUUGCCUUUUUUCCACCAAAGCCGCAUAUCUCUGAGAGAACUAGAGGUGAUACUUUACAAGUUCACCGCACACUUCUGCUAAUGUUCAGGUGGACUUAAGAGUGUGAUUUCUCUGCAAGAGGUAACCUUGGUGUUGAUGUGGGGCAAAUGCAAAACAUGAGGUUGCAAUACAAGUAAGUCAGCCUAAACAUUUACAGGAAGAAUUUAGCCCAAGGCCCUCAUUUUUGGUGGUAGCCUCCUGUCAAUCAUUGCAUCUGGUUCUGUCUUGAGUUUUGUGACUGCUUUUUAGAUAGGGAUUCUGAAUCACUGGAGGUCCCAAGCGAUAGACACACUUCAUAGUGAAAAAGAGUAAUGAAAAUUUGUGGAAUGAGACUAUGGGUAGAUGAACUUCCAUUGUAAUAAGCACUUGCUUAGUGAAUUCAGUGUAAAAUCUCAUUUUCUUCUCCUUCCAAGUCCUUGAUACUCAUCCCUAGUCAGUGAACAGUGAAAUUCAGGAUUGCGUUUUGGAAAAGGCUUGCACACAACACUGGACAAAUUAUGUUUGGUCCUGUUGCAGGUUUUACGUGAGUGCUUCUCCAGUGGCUGAUUGAAGAACAGAAUGCAAUGGUGUACUGAACAAUAUUUUAGCUUUCAAAUAGUUAAGGUUCAAAUGCUGGCUACAUGGGAAUAAGCCUCGUUGAAUUCCACAGGACUUUAUUCCAAGUAAACUUGCAUAGGCUUGUGCUAUAUGUGCAAUGGAUGUUUUGAACAUAAAUACUUUUAUUAGCAAUGCAGGUGUACUCAGAGUUAAGUCUCAUUUCCCAGGUUUACUGCUGGCCUACGAGUGCAGAGAAUUGCAGUGUAAGAGAACAAAAGGUUUUCAUGUAUGUGUAGAUACUUACAUUGUAGCAAGAGUGUGAGAUUUAACAGAGUUACCGUAUUUUUUGCUCUAUAAGACUCACAUUUUCCCUCCUAAAAAGUAAGGGGAAAUGUGUGUGCGUCUUAUGGAGCGAAUGCAGGCUGCGCAGCUAUCACAGAAGCCAGAACAGCAAGAGGGAUUGCUGCUUUCGCUGCGCAGCGAUCCCUAUUGCUGUUCUGGCGUCUGAGAUUCAGAAUUUUUUUUUCUUGUUUUCCUCCUCCCAAAACUAGGUGCGUCUCAUGGUCUGGUGCGUCUUAUAGAGCGAAAAAUACGGUAAUACAGUUUUAAACAGUUCAUUUAAUAUUUUAACUGAAGAGUUAAAUUCCUUUUUUAAAAAAACAACAACCAACAAUGUAAGUUCAGUACACACACGGUACAUCGUGUCCCCAUUUGUAUGUAAUGUUAAAAUGUUGUUUAUUUUAAAUCAUGGUUUAAUUUGAACAAGCCAUUGCAAACUACUCAGAAGCUCCCACUUCACUCCUCCGCUGCUCGUAUAUGUGCCAUACCAGGAGGAAAACAAACCAGAAGCUGGCUUAAUGUUAAAUCUGAACCAGCACUCGUGGUUUGUUUCUCUCCAAACAAACCGUGAGCAGAAGCCAAUGUUUGUUCUUGGCUUACCAUGUGUGGUUUCUUUAGAGGAAAUAAACCACGAGUGCUGGUCUCCAUGUUAUGCUAAGUCAAUCUCUGACUUGCUUCCCUUUUGUCCCACCCGCAUAAUCAAUCACAGGACACGACGCGCACAUCCCAUUUGAAUGGCAACUUGGGGGGGGGCUCAAAUAUUUUAUUAAGAGGGCUGAGGGGACCUCGGCCCCUAGGAGUUGGCUCCUAUGGUCAGUACCCAACAAGACUUGAGCCUCCAAGUGUUCAGGUUUUAGGAUCUGCAAAGUAGGGUUAAUGGUUGAAGAAGAACAGGCAUGCUUUGAGUGGCCAGGUGGCAAAUAAUGUACAGUGGUACCUUGGUUCUCAGACUUAAUCCGUCCCAGAAGUCCAUUCCAAACCCAAGGCGUGCUUUCCCAUACAAAGUAAUGCAAAAUGGAUUAAUCCGUUCCAGACGUUUAAAAACAACCCCUAAAACAGCAAUUUAACAUGAAUUUUACUAUCUAACAAGACCAUUGGUCCCUAAAAUGAAAGCAAUAAUCAAUGUACUGUACUGGAAAAUAAAUUAGACCGUAUUGUAGAUGAUAAAAAUUUAAAUUAAUUUUUUUCCUGAUGAUCGCAAUUGUUUGGAUGGGGUUUCUUUAUCCCUUUCCGCAGUCACACAAUCAAUCAAUCAAUUAGUCAGUCAGUAGCUGAACUGGGUUCCACACAGUCACAAAAACAACUUAACCGAAAAAGCCUCAAAAACAAAAACGCAAAAUAAAUAGCAAAAACAAAAGCGCCAAACUUAAUCCAUUCCGGAAGUCCAUUUGACUUCCGAAAUGUUUGAAAACCAAGGCGAAGCUUCUGAUUGGUGCAGGCGCCCCGGAAACAAUAGCUGUUUGGCUUCCGAAAAACGUUCAAAAACCGGAACACUUCCGAGUUUUUGGUGUUUGGGAACCAAGGUCCAAGAUAAGGAAAAAAGCCAAAUUCAGCAGGUUGUAACAGGCAGGGACUGGGCUCCAAAAGUGAAGUUGGCAAGGUCCUCUCUAAUAGUUGAGCUGCUCCUAUUGCACAGCCCAGUACUGAAGCCACUGCUUUAUCGGGCCAUCUGGACAGCCUCUGCAGAGAGCUGAAACAAUACUGCAAUAGCGGACAGGAUCUGAACCUCGGCAAAUAUGGUAGCAUUCUGAAGGUUCAGAGCUAAGUCUGCCAGACUGGGCUGUGGUGGCACAGGAAGUUAAGGUGCCAGACUCUUGUCUACUGGAAUCCUGGGUUGCAGCAGUUGCAUGGCACCCUAAUGUGGAUGAAUUGAUCUCUUGCUACAGGUGGAAGUUCUGUGGGUGAAUGCCUUCCCCUUCCCCUGCUUAGCCAGCACAUGGCAGAACAAGGCUAUCACCUAGGUGGAGCUGCAUUAGUAAAUUGCAGCCUGGGUACGGCAGCUGUGUAUUGAUUUUGGUAGAACCUACUCCCACUUAAGGUUGUUUUUGGAAUCCAGUGCUAUUGCUGAUCACUUCCCUUUUGUAUAUGCUGAAUCAUUAGACUAUCACAUGUUUAUAUGUUCUGGGUAUACAGGUUCAACUUGGUUAGCAUGGAAACUGACCAUGUGUAACAUGUAGCCUUUUUCACUGGGUAUGUCAGACGUUUUAUUGAAACUUGACUCUGAGGCUGAUUGUGACAAUCAGUUUGCUAAUGAAUUUGAACAACUGUUCUUUGUGGAAAUAUCUAAUCUUUCAAAACUCAUUGUUUUGCUUUAGGUUUCUGUUCCAUCUAGCCACAGUCCUUCAUAAGCAUGCUAUGUCAGUUGCCUGUUCAAUAAGGAGGAUUCUGAAUUAUUAUUCCAUAUUAUACCAAAUUUGACAAACAACGACUUUAUUAGUUUUUCUUUUUUUCCUGCUAAUUGUAAUGAACUUCACCAUAAGCUCCAGUGACGAUUUAAAUACUUUGUUUAAUGAUCUAUGUUGGGUAUGAUUUAUAUUAAUUACAUUAUAGUUUUCCUUUCCCCCCCUUUAUUUUGCCUUCCACAUGCUACUCUAAACUCCUAAAUGUUGACAGGUUGCCAUUCCCUGUAGCUUCAAGUGUGCUCUUUUUCUCUCUACAGCUUCCCUUAUUUGUUGACUUGUGCCAUUCCAAACAAUAUUCUAACUAACUUUUGUGAUACCAAAUUGUGGCAGUCCUCCUCACGCAAGCAGCAUUCCACUAGUGGGAGCUGCAUUCUUAGUGCAAAUCCAAUAGGCGCCUUGCAAUUAUUCCAGAUCUCUUACUACAACAGCUGUUAUUAUUAUAUAUUGUUAUUCUCAGUAACAAUUAAGGUUAUGCAUUGCUGCUUACAGAAUGUCGCUCUCAGACUGUACGCUGAAAUCUCACCCAUUGCCUUCCUCUUUCCAGAAGUGCCUAGCUGCCAUUCCAUUUACAUGAGGCAAGAAGGCUUCCUGGCUCACCAAAACAGAACAGAAGGUAUGUAUGUAAGAGUGUGUGUGUGUGUGUGUGUGUGUGUGUGUGUGUAGUUCUGUUUUGUCCUGAAGCAAAAUUUAGGUAUCCACAUAAUAAAAAAGAGGAACCUUUGAGACCCUAUUCUCAUAAAGGUUGUAAAUAAGGCUGGUUAUAAUCAUGCAUUUAUUUAUUUAUUUCCUUUUGCAGAUUAGGCACCUGAAAGCUCUAGGAGAAAUUCUGGAGCUUGCAUGUCUUUUCUAACAUAGGAAAAAUAUGUUUAAAUUGCAGCACACUUUCCUUUAUGUUCAGCCAUGUUGUGAUUACCUGAAGGCACACAUCUGAACUGGCAAUUUAAGCCCAUCCCUUAAGAUAUAGCCUCGAGACAGCAAAAGACUAGUGCCUCUUUGAAGCUAUAAACCCAUCAGCAAGGGGUACUGAUUUUUAUUUUUAUUUUGAAGUGAGAACACGUGAAGACUAGUCUUUCCUUGACCACUUCUCUGUAUGGAGAAGCACCGUGCACUCUGUAGAGUACAUGCAAAUUCUCACCCAUGGUGAUUUCCUCAAGGAUCAGCCUUCUUGGCAAAGCAAACGUGUGACCGUGGGUUUUCUUGUUUUCAAGACCAUGAGCAGCUAUACUGUGUCUCUCCUCCCACACACACUCUCUUGUAUGCUUCUUCGUCUGUGCCUCUUCUGGUAACUUCUUAUGGCAAGGCCAUAUGAGGUGAUGACAGUACUGGACAGAGUGAUGGGGCUCUGCUGCUCACCUGACCCUCCUGCAACUGUGAUUUUGCUGCAUACCAGGAUGGGUCAGUGGGGUCUGGUGCUCCUGCCAGUACAUUUGCAUAGUUGCAGCCUUGCCUCUGCUACUGUUCCUCCUGGUAUGCAACAGCAACACAAUCAGAGGGUGGUGUGGCGAGCAGCUAGGCUUGUGGACGAUUGCUUGGAAAAUUCAGUUGAUGCAUGAAGCUUCCCAUUUCUGCCUUUUUGACCGGGCAAAACCACCACUUUAAAAAUAUGCAGCAGUGGGGAUUCUCUAAUGGUGAAGGCUGGUAUUUUGCACAGGACUUCCCAUUACUAAUGCAUUCUCUUGUUUGGAACAACAACAACAAAAAGACUAACACAACAUACGCACGUACCUUUACUGUUUAGUUUUAAUGGGGAUGCCUGCUUUAAAUUGGUAACCCUUUCCCCCCCAUUCUGCUUGGUAAAUACGUUUCUCUUUCUCCUAAAAAAAUCCAGGUUGUAUGUAUGAAAAGGGGCCGAGACAGUUUUACGAUGACACCUGUGUUGUUCCAGAGAAAUUUGACGGUAUGUUAGAUGCCUGUGUGUUUGUGUUUCUUCGCGCGGAGAGCUGGAACCGUAAACGAGUCGUUUCUUUUUCCUUGAUAGAUAGUAAAAAUGAAAUGAAAUGAAAGGUUAGCAGCAUUCUGACUCCAGGCCAUUUAAUAGACCAUUUGUCGCAUGUCCAACCAAAGACUGACCUUUCCCUCCAGAAACCAAAGACUGCUUUUCAAUAAGAUGUCAUUCUAUUUUUGCUAGCAAGAGAUUCUGUACGCAGAGACAAGAUAAAGCACUGUCGUUCUGGCUGUUCUGAGAAGUAAUAGGAGGAUUUCCAUUGCACUGAUGAUCACAUACAGCUUGUUAUUAGAGAUUUAUUGAAAGCUGAUCCUUUAAUUAACGAAGCAGAACAGAAAGCAGCUACUCUGGAUUUACUGAUGACUAAUGCAAACUCUUGUCUUUUUUUAUCCAUGAAGAGAUGAAUUAUGGAACACAAGUGCCACCGAGCUAUUCAGGGGUUUCUGUGUGUUUAAAGAGAAAGCUGUGCUUUGUUGAACGUUGCAUUAGUUUGCUUAAUGAAGCUGAUGCCUAAAGAGCAGAAUGUAUAAUAUCCGUUUAUUUUUCUGAAAACGUUCUUGGGGAUGGCUAACUAGUAUCAAAUGGCUUAUGAAACAAAACAUAGCCUCCUCAUUAUUAGCUAUAAAUCCAGCGUGUAUUCUGUGGGGAGAAGCGCUAAUGAGGUUAAUGUUGCUUUUGUAGCCAAAGGAAUUUGGACCGGUGUUCCUUCUCACAGUAAUUGCGCCGCUCUCCAGCUUUUGGGGGAGUUUGGUUUGCAAAACAAACAGCUAAUUGAUUUAGUUGCAGGUAUGGUGUCAUCUCCAUACUGGUACAGAGCUAAAAAUAAUUUAGGCAAUGUUAGUUAUUGCUGCCAAAGAAUGAAGACAGGCAUAAAACGAAAACGGGGCUUGCAGCUGGAAAGACGUGUGUGGAUGCCAUUUCAGAACUGAGCUCAGCUGUCAGGCUUGCUCCCACCUGCCCGUCCACUGCUACCAUCUUCAGCUGAGGACAGUGGAAAAAGCACUCUGCAGCCAGGUGCCUGAGAUGCGAAAAGGUCAUUCCACUCCCUCCUUCCCCUCCCUCCCUCCCUCCCUCCCUCCCUCCCUUCCUUUCCUUUGCACAGGGGUCACCUUUCACCUUUCCGCCCAUUCUGCUGGGGAGUGAAUUUCCACCAAGCUCUGAAGGAAAGGGAGGAAGUGAUGUAACAUUCCCUCAUCCUAGCCACCCAGUUGCAGGGUGCUCAGUUAAUUCCCUAAUAGAAUAGGUAGGUGGAAGAGGUGGUUAGCAGCAGGAGGAGGCAAGACCAAUGGCUGAAUUCAUGUGUUAUUUAUUUCACUGGUAUGCACCACCUGUCUUUUACAUAUGGGCCUGGGCUUAUGGUAUUUGUUUUGUUUUGUUUCUUUUUUAUUUAUUUUAUUUACCAUAUUUUUUGCUCUAUAAGACUCACUUUUCCCCUCCUAAAAAGUAAGGGGAAAUGUGUGUGCAUCUUAUGGAGCAAAUGCAGGCUGCGCAGCUAUCCCAGAAGCCAGAACAGCAAGAGGGAUUGCUGCUUUCACUGCGCAGUGAUCCCUCUUGCUGUUCUGGCUUCUGAGAUUCAGAAUGUUUUUUUUCUUGUUUUCCUCCUCCAAAAACUAGGUGCGUCUUGUGGUCUGGUGCGUCUUAUAGAGUGAAAAAUACAGUAUAAACUGCCCUUCAUCUGAAGGUCACAGGGCAGUUUGCAGCACGAAAAUACAAAAUGAAAACGCAAAACACAUAACAUAAUGAUACAGACAAACAAAAACCCAAUAACCCUUUCCCCAAAAAACAAAAUUAAAAGACCAUAGAUUGUUUAAUCGGCCAAUGGCCUGGUUAUAUUUAUUUAUUUAAUAAAUUUAUAUGGUGCAGCUAUAGAGUGCACUAUGGGGGAGAGUCUUCUUUUUCUGCUAUUGUAAGUAUUGUUAUAAUAAGCUUGACAUAAGCGCUUUUGUGCCAGGGGGGCAAAUUGAGCCUUCCUCUGUGGGCUGGAGAUUAUUCCACAUCUUCAUGGUGCCCAGAGUUGGAAAAUUUACUUAUUUUAUUUUCAUACAAUUUUGUUACCUAUUAGUGGCAGGAUUUGAAUGCCAGCGUUCAACAUGUACCCUUUUUUUGAUACUGAACUGCUGUAUCUAAAAGACCAUAUUCCCUCAUAAGAACCUGCUCGGGUUUCCCCCCCUUGAAUGCUCACAGUUCAAACAAGAAAAUAUAGAAUAUCUAUCUAUCUCUAUAUCUAUCUAUCUAUCUAAAUUUAUUAUGGCUCUGUCUUUUCCCUGACAACGGCUCAAAGUGGCUUGCAGAUGAAAUAAGAACAGCUAAAAACAUAAGGGUGGGGGGAACAGGGACCUGUUAGCAUUUGUCUUUGAUUCACUAAUGUUAAUGAAUAGAGUUUACUCACAGCUUGGAAGGGUUCCGACAUGAAAUGUUAGUUGGGAUGGGGCACGCCUGCUUCUGAAUCAUAUUAUGGAUUCUCUUCACCCAGUGGAGGUGGCACUUCUCUGCACAAUUUAAAAAUUAGUUUUCUUAUCCAUUUUAGAACUGAUUUUGCUAACAUAAGGCUGACACAUCUAUACGCAGAUGACUUUCCUGAAAGUCAGCCUGGUACUCUGGGAAUUCAACAUAUGCUAACUAUGGUGUUUUUUUUAGCAGCUCAUAUUGCCUGUUUUUUUUCCCCUGGAGUGCCAGACCCUGGAGUCCUAGUUUUUUUGUUUUCUUUUGGCUUCUACUGCAAAUUUCCCAUUUAGCAAUGAGGACAUGUCUGGCAUAUAUGGUUAAAUAUCACCAGAUAUCAUGUAAAGUAAGGGUAGGGAACUGGAUCGAACUAGCUGUCUGGGUCAUUCUUUCCUCUCCCCGCACCGUAAACUGAGGGAAAAGUUUGACAGUUGCACUGGGCUGCCCAUCAGCCAAUCACAAUAGUCUUGGGCGACCCAUUUUUGCAUAGUGCUGUUCACAGGUUCAUGAGCCACAGAUAAGCUGAUUGCUGCCUGCAAGCCCCCUUUUGGCCCAAACACAUAUUUACCUGCCCCACAAAGGUGUAGGGCAGGUGGACAUGGCUUGGUCAAAACAGCAACAGAGGCCUAUCUGGGCUGCAAGCUGUUUUAAAAUAAUGUAAGUUGGCAAGACAGAAGAAUUAAUUUAGCUUUCAGAAAUAUUCAUUCACUCCACCUGUACUCUAUUCUGCAUGUGCAGGAGCUAUAUAUCUGUGUCCCUCUCAAGACAUUUCACAACACUUUGUGGAAUGCUUAGACGUGAAGACAUAAAGUAUUGGUCAUAAAGUAUAGUUUACCAUCAACCCUUUGUGCUACCCCAAGAACAGUAGACGGUAGCAAAGGAUUGGCUUGAUAACAAUUGGAACAUUGAAUUCUAUUCCUCUAUUUAAGAAUCAGGUUUUCAGUCACUUUUUAUCUGUUUACAGAUUCCUCAGAUGUAAACAGCAGUAAGGAUCUAAUUGAAAGAAGGGUGCUUAAAUAGCAAUAUUUCUAUUUGGUUCGAAACGAUAGGGGUGCUAGCAUGUUUGUAAGCGUAUAGUUGUGAAUAGCCUUCUUUUGCCUAUACUGUAUGAACAGGAUUACUGUAAAGUUGUUAUGUACCAUAGCACAGGGCUUCAGGAUGCUUUUUAUAUAGAUUCUGUACUUUGCAUCAAAGUGGGAAAUAAUGCAUUUUUGCUCGAAGAUCAGGCAUUGCAGUCAUCGUUAGUGGGGGGGGAAUUGUAAUCUUACUUCUGAGCUUUUCAGCUGACAAUUCUGUGAGCUUCUCAGUGAGAUUAUAUUAAAAACUGUCCUCUGUUGAGCAUUUGAGUUUUGUUGGCUUUUUUCCCCGCUGGGGACAACUUAUGAUAAAUUUUCAGAUUGCUCUUGUUUUGCCUUUGCAAUUGAUACAGUGUUUUUCAGAAGAAUUGCUAAUGCACAGCUAAACCAUGCUAAAUAUGAACCCAUUUUGCAUGCAAGUCCAAUAUGCCAAAGAGGAACUUGUCUAUCCGCAGGAUUUGCAUACCCAUACCCAUACGUACAUAAAGCUCACGCUGUUUAAGUCCUAGUCAAAUACUCUGUCAAAUUUUUCUUAGAAGAAUUUGCAUGCUAAAGGCACUUCAGUCAUAGGGUUUUGCAGAUAUAUAAAUCAUACAUUGCGUUUCCAAAUGAGGGAUUGUGCAAAGUACUGUAUACAAAUGGAGUCCCUCAAAUACUCAAGUUGUUAUAAAAGCGGGUCACGGUCUUUCAAAGCUAAGUCUUGCGUGAUGUUUGCAAGUUGGUUUUGCAUGGAUCGGGAAUGGGACAAACAAGUGAGACAGCAAUUAAUUUUGCCACUUUUGGAAGACUCGUAUUUGGCUAAGUUGAUAGUGAUUUAUUAAUUGCUUUGUGUACCCUGUACCCAUAUCUUGUGUGCUGGACCCUUGCCAAAAAGAUACUCAGUACUGUAGGCUAGAGGAACAUGGAUUCUUUUCCUGCAGGUGUUGGCUUGUGGUGAUACUUGAUGUGACAAACUGAGUCUCAUUAAGCUGCUUUGUUUUGUGUAGGUGAUAUCAAGCAGGAGCCAGGAAUGUACCGCGAGGGGCCCACAUACCAGCGACGGGGUUCCCUUCAGCUGUGGCAGUUUUUGGUCGCCCUCCUUGAUGAUCCAUCGAACUCGCACUUCAUUGCUUGGACUGGCCGAGGGAUGGAAUUCAAGCUGAUUGAACCGGAAGAGGUGAGCAGCGUCUCUCUUGGAAUGCGUGUGAAGGUUUUGGCUGAAGAGCAUUGAUGCCUUGUUCUGUCGAAGUAUACUUUUCCUUCCAUAAUGGUUUCUGCAAAAUGGAAGCUAGUACGUUUAUGCCACAGUGGACUUCGAAGAUAGGUUUCCAAGGGACACUCAAACCCUGGAAGGGAGAGCUGGAAAAAGGGCAGCCAAAAUGAUGAAGGGGCUGGAGCAAUUUCCCUAUGAGGAAAGGUUACAGCACCUCUUUACCUGGGCCCUUGACACCUGAGAUAUGUGUUUUCAGGACCCAACCUGUUCUUUUGAAUGUAACAUUUAACUGUUUUAAUUCUGAAUUUUACAUUGUUGUACCGCAUUGUUGUACCUGCUGGUGAAGGGCAGGUAAUAAAUUGAUGGUGGUGGUGAAGGGGCUUUUUAGUUUAGAAGAAAGGUGACAGGCGUAAUUUAUGAUGCAUCCUGGGAGGAAAAAUGGUCUCCGUGAGAUUCAAGGCCAACAUUAAACUCUGGAACUCACUGCAGUAAGACAUCACAAUGGCCACCAACUUGGAUAACUUUAAAUUUCUUCUAGUUUCAAAAGCAGCAUGCACCUGAUGACCAUUUUCUGAGGAUCAUGAGUGGGAGAUGGCUUUAGUCCUCCUGCUUUCUUGCAAGCUCCCCAUAAGCCUUAUCUGGUUGGCCACUGGAAACAAGACACUGGACUAGAUGGGCCUUUGGUUUGAUUCAACAGGGCUCUUAAUAUAUUCCUACAUUCUUACAAUCUGAUUUGUUGACAAAUGCUUCCCUGCCAUUAGAGUAGAGCCUUGCAAUCUGGUGGGGCCUUGUCCUAGGGAGCAUGCAUGCCUGGCCCCACCCAGAUUAGUGAAUUGGAAUAUGCCAUCUAUCUUGAGAUGCAUUUUCCUUCCCCCUCGCCAGAAAGGCAGACCAGACCGAUCAUGUGAAGAUCAAAUAUCUCAUUAUGCAUAUUUGUAGGCUCAGCUACAUUGCUGGAUCUGGCCAAAGACCCACCUAGUCCAGCGUUAAAUAAUCAAAUUUAUUAUUUGUACCCCGCCCAUCUGGCUCUCCACUUGUGAAUCUCAGCAGCUGUUAUACAGAAGUAAACUGCCUCCAACACUAGAUAAAGAUUUCAAAAAUCUAAACUAAAGUUAGAGAGAUUCAUAUUAUAUAUAGAAACAGCAAACUGUCUUUAUGGAAUGAAAAUGUCCCCAUUCACACAGAAGGGGCAAAGUAUCAAGGUUUGCCAAAAGUGUGUGUGUGCGCGCGUGUGCGCGUGCAGUAUAUAACUAGAGGAAAAAAGACCUCUGUGAGGGCUGAGAAUGGCAUCUGGACUGACUACUGGAAAGCAGGGAAAUAGAAUGGAGUAUCCUGGGAUAAGGCAGAGCUGGAACCUUGUUGCCAGUUCCACUUGUGUUCUGGAAUAAAUUGCAUACUUGAACCCUGAGACUUCUGUAUUACAAAACCUUUGGUUUGUAUUUUUGGCCUCUAGGUUGCCUUUUCUUUUGUAGAAUGCAGCUGCAGGUAAGGCCUGCUUGUUAAAUACAUUUUAACAAAUCGGUGCUAAUCUCUUUCUGUGACAGGUGGCACGUCGCUGGGGGAUUCAGAAAAACAGGCCAGCCAUGAACUACGAUAAACUUAGCCGUUCUCUUCGUUAUUAUUAUGAGAAGGGAAUCAUGCAAAAGGUGAGCGGUUAAUGUGGUGUUAAAUAUUUCAUUGGAAUGUUGCAUCUAUAAACUGCGUUUAUAAGGGCAAAGCUGUUGUAAAUUGCCUUGUUCUGAAAUGGUUUGUUACCAAUAUUAGGGAAGUGCUGCAAACCUUUAAAGAUUUUUAUCUGCUUAUGAAAUGGAGGUUUUUCUUUCUCUUAAUGCAGAAUCCAUGGGCCCACAUUUAGAAUUUCGCCACCACACUGGUGAAAAUCCAAAAAUUGCACAUUCUGUAUUGGAUUUCAAAUUUACCCGUUUGUAUCUUCUUAAACACCCUGACAGAUUACCCACAUUAUUUAUUUAUAGUAUUCCUUUAUUAUUAAUAUUUUCAUCCUAUUCUUCCUUCAAGGAGCUCAGGGUUACAUGUUGCCCCUUACCCACCAAAGAUCCUGUUUUAUCCUCAUAACAACCUUGUGGGAUAGGCUAGGCUUAGGGAAACAAGAAGCAGGACAAGAAAAAGCCACCUUUGUUCAACACAUUUAUUCGCAUUUCUUAAUUUAAAAACAUUUGAACUGCUUUUCUUCAAACCAGUCCCAGCUCAAAACCUGUUUAACAAUAAUCAGUAUAGAGAACAAGACUUUGCCUACAUGUUGUUGUUGUUGUUAUUUCCAUUCCUAUGAUGCUUUAUAUUUUUAAGAAAAAAACCUCAGUUUACAUUAAAACAUCAAAUAAAACAUUCCAAAAUAAAACACUACAGAAAGGAAAUCAAAUAUAAAAUUUACAUUUGAAGCAACAUAAUUAACAGGAAACCAAAAUAUCUUAAAGAUUUCAAAACAAGACCUUACAAAGGAGGGUCAAGUACAGAAUACACAUUUCACGCAGGAAAAAUAACAGCAACAAAAAAUACCUUAAGCUUGUCAAAAUAAAACAUUACUAAAGGAGGUCAGUUAUAGAAUGCACAAUUAAAACAGCAUAAUUAGCAGGAGAAAACAUUGCAUUUCUGCAGCUGUUGCUGACAGUGGUGGUUUAUGGCAGGUGGCGGCUAUGAAAGCUCAGGCUCAAUUACCUGGGCCUGCACUAAGAGACCUGCAGGGGGGAGUGCGGGGGGUGCAGGACACCCUGGGUGUCAGCACUGAGGGGGGUGACCAAAUGCUGGGCAGCACUCACCGCGGGGCCUGCAGCGCACCCGAGCCAUGUGUCUCUCCUGCCCAAACGGUCUACCCGCUGCCUCUUGCCCCCCCCCCAGCUGUAGGGCGGCUGAGUGGGAGGAGGCAGGCAGACUCUGAAGGCCCCGCAGUGCACCCUGCCCCUAUGAGGCCCAGGCCCCCGAGCUGCUUCCUCUGCCCCUGGAGACCUGGUGCUUGGCAGAGAAGCAGGGGACUCUGUGACUCUGAGGUGCUGCCCCUGGCAACUCUUCAUUUCUGUAUAGCUGAUGGAAAAGCAGAUUGAGGGCUGUUUGCCUGGAGCAGAGUGCAUCCAUGCCUCCUUUCCAAUCGUUCCACACACCCUCAUGAACGGUACUUGUAUGCAAGGCAGAAAGUUAGCUGCUGCAUAAGCCCUUGGGCAGAGGACACCUUCCCCUCCCACAAGGCUAUGGCUGGAUUGUUCAAGCGGCAUUGCGUAUAAAAUAUCCGAGGCAUCUCCAGAAAGAUUCCUGGCUGUGUUUCACCCCUGAAUUUGGUCUCUGUCAUCCUUAUACCAGAUCAGACAACUGGGCCAUCCAGCACGGUUCUGUCUACGGACAGCAGCUCUCCAGGGUUUCAGCCAGGAAUCUUUCUGGAGAUGGAAGAGCACUCAAGGAGGGAUCAGGGCUGUUGAAGGGUGUGGUCUGGGAAGGAGUGUGGUCUGGGAAGAGUCCCAAGAGAGGCCUAGACCUGUGGUUACUUAUUCCAGUUUGAUCAUGCCAUUGCUGCCCGAAUAAGGACUGGAAUGUGUCCUUCAACUCCAGUAAUGUUUCUUGCUUGCUGGAUGGACAAUAGAGAGAGGUGCAUGAGUGUAAACAGAGGCCUGUGACUUUUCUAUACAAAAGUAAGAAUCACACCUGCUGCCUCGUUCGCUCCUGCCUCUGGCCUUGACCGCCAGAAGGCUGCCCAUGUGGGAAUGUGGUCCUUGGAUUGAGAAAGGCAAUAAAGUGAUCAUUGGAAAGCGUUGCAUUUCAACAGUGCAAUCGGUCGAUCUCUCAUUCCUCUUAACCGGGGUCUUCUGCUUCUCUUGUACGUGAGGAUGAAACAGUGCAUGAUCUUGCUGCUGGAAGGAGAUUCCACGUCUUCCUCUCACAACCUUUUCCCACCCCCUUCUCUGACCUUGCCCCUAAGGUUGCUGGAGAAAGAUACGUCUACAAAUUUGUGUGCGACCCCGAAGCCCUCUUCUCUAUGGCCUUCCCGGACAACCAGCGCCCGUUGCUGAAGACCGACAUGGAGCGCCAUAUUAACGAAGAGGACACCGUGCCGCUGUCCCACUUUGACGAGAGCAUGGUCUACAUGCAGGAAGGAGGCUGCUGCAACACCCACCCUUACAAUGAAGGCUAUGUAUAUUAACUGCAGUGACACUGAAGAAUCCCACCCCACCCCAAGCUUCUCCUCUUUCAUGAGACCAGAAGGAAACCCGAAUCCCCUUAAGUUGGUUUUGUAAAAAAAAAAUAAAACACAAACAAACACAAAAAAAGAAUUAAAAAGAAUAAAAUAGUACUAUAAAGGGGCUUUUCCUGUUGCAUCACUCCUAUGGUCUCCCAUGGACAGUGCACUUUAUUUGAAAGGGGGAGAUUGGGAUCUAUUGAUUUUAUUCUGUGGAACAAGAAGAGAAGGGUGGGUUUGUGUCCCCCCCACCUUAAGGUUGGGAAUAGAACAUACAGGUUUUAAGUACAACGAAGCUGUAUCAUGUCUGUUUUCUGUUUCAUAUUGGCUUCAAGAUAUUGUACAAGUUCUCUGGGUAUCCAUAGUACAGUUAAUUCUAGAUGUGAUGAAUAACCGUUUUUGUACAUGACUUGGGAAAUUCUAUUAGCCACAAACAUGGCCCUGACCAGCCACACCCUUUGUGCCACACCCUAGUCUAUUUUCUACACCUGAAUUUUAAAAAAACAAAACCCCUGAACCAGACCAUUUGCUCCAGCUUAGUUCAGUACUGCAUGCGCACUGACUUGGCAGAUCUCCACGGUUUCAGGCCGGAGUCCUUCCCAGUCCUACAAGAAAGUGCUUAGGGAUUGGGCCUGGAACAUAGUGCAUGCAAAGUGUGGGCUCUGCUGCUGAGCUGUGGACCAGUUUUGGAAGCUGCAGAAUUAGCUAGGAGCUAGGAGUGCUAGUGCACCUUUCUGGUUUUGUUUUUCAAAAGGCAUGUUUGUUUGUUUGUUUUUUGUUUUUCCCCUCUGUUGAUUUUUUUUUUAAAAAAAUGUUUCUACAUAUCGUUUCUGUUGCCUUGUGCUCGUUAAUGGCUCAUUAAGGAAGGCAUUGAGGGUGGAAUGGAGAGCACUAUUCCUGGCUUGAAGCAGAUUGUGGUUUCGCUCCUUGUAUCUGGUGCCAUCUUGCUAUGCAAGUACAGCGAAUGUAAAGCCUUUUAGCCUUUUCCAGAGCCACCUGAGUACAGUAAUGCCAUGUGCUGAACCAUUCUGGAUAUUAUUUCAAGACUGAAAACAGAAUUGUGAUCACAGAGGAAGAAGUCACAUUGUGUCCUUCCAUUUACUUUUAUUCAUAAAUAAGUUAUUUAAUCGAUAGGAAUUAACUGUACUAGGUCACAUAUCUCAUGCUGUUUAGACCACAGCAAGCACUCCUUGAGCAAAAUAUCCAAUACACGAAAAUAGGUACUCUAGUAAUGUUUUUUUUUUAGACAUGGUACCCAUUAAUAUGCAUUUAAACCUUUUACUGCUGUGUUACGUUGAUAACCUAUAUACAUACUAGAUAAUGCUAAUGCUUCUGCUGCUGUCUUUUUUUCUGUAAUAUUCUCUUUGCUGAAUUUACUAUGCCCAUUUAUAAGCAAUGCUGUAACUACAGGUAGCAUUUCAGGACAAAAUAGAUGACUUGAACCAUUUAUUGCUUAGGAAAAAAAAUAGCUUAUGCCACAGCUGUUCUAUAAGCAGCUUUUACGCGCGUUGAGAAAUGAAUAGUAAGCUUCAGCUUGCUAAGAGGAGCUCUGCAGAACAUUUUAUACCUUUCAGUGGAGCCGAGACUUAUACAAAGCGUCAAAGAAUACAAUGACUUUGCUGUAUGAUGUUGUAGUGCUGGCACUGAUGCUAUCAAUCAAACUUUUGUUUUUUGGACACUAAAUGUAAAUGUGAUCAGAUACGUUUGGGAGACGAUUUAAAGGUUUUUCUGAUUUUUUUUUACAAUGUUUUUAAUUUUUUAAUUUUGAGAAGGGUAAUAGUGAAAGCAAGAAACACCUUAUUCUACAUAUAAAAAGAGAGAGAGAAAGUUUUAAAUAUUUAUGAACACCUUUUCUGAAACGUUGAGUUUCCUAGUUUGAAAAGGAUAGAAAUGAGAUUUGAGCUGUCCAGUGAGUAUUUUAGGCAGUGACUCUUCCAAGUAUCUUCCCCCCCCCCCACAUGCCCAUCUUUCCCAGAUACUAACAACUUUGGAGCAAAAGGAGAUUGAGAAUAGGACUCCAUAAUCAUUAGCCUCAGAAAUAAUGUUUCAUUGUAAAUGACAUGAUAUCAAAGAUGCCUUGAGGUAGAGAUUUACUUUGCACUGUGUGUCGGUCAGGAAACCAGUGCAGUUAUACAUGAUUUAUUAUGCAAUUCAUUUCAAAGUAACAAGUGUUAGCCACUAUAAACCACAGUUACAGAAAAGCACACUGGAUAUGUGUCUUAAUACACCUAGAAGCAUAAGAUAUCUUAAUAGGUGCAUGUGUACAAAUCCAGGGCAUGCAACCCCCUAGAGAAACCUCAAUAGGAAGCCUUUUAUCUUAUUCCCACUAAUAAUCAAUAGCCCUAAUGCUCCAAUUGACGAAUAAGAGAACAGACAAAAAGCACCCAUUGGUGCAGACUAGAACCUUUAAACCAGGGGUAUCGAGCCCUGUAGCUCUUCAGAUGAUGCUGGAGUCCGAGUCCCAUCAGCUCCAGCCACUUUGGCCAAGAGUCAACUUGUCUAUAGGCCAAACCUAGCUGUAAUACAGGAGGGGCCAAUUUUUAAGGUGGGGAACCUUUACGCAUGCAUAGGUUGGAUUACAACUCCUAGCACCCCUGAUAUUUGGGCAUACUGGCUGGGGCUCACGGAGACUGAAGAAGUAUAGUGUGGGGUAGGGAACUCCUAAGGUAGACGUUAUUUUCAAUGAAAUAGAACCCCUUUGAAUGAAAAGUUAUUUGAAUGCUUUCGAUUCCAUCAAUAUUGGCAUGCAGCGUUUAUUGUCAGGAAGAGAUGUAUAUUUGGUGAAUGGGGCGGGUGGUUUAAAAGAAAAAGAAGCCUAACAUUAAUUCAAAUGUCUAAUACUAUUUUUUACAAAAUUAUAUAUACUGUAUAAGGUAGUGAUUCACUGAAGAAAAUAGGCACUUCACCCACCAUUGAAUGAAUUUGUGGGGUGGAUGGGUGGGGGAAAUGGUACAAAAAGAUGUUAUAUGGAAUUGAUUAACCCUUUUGAAACUGUACCUUUUAAAAGAGUUUAUUUUAAGUUCUGUUUUUAUUCCACAUUUUCCAGGUAGAUUAAUAAAUCUGGCAGCUGAUUUCUGAAA